CCCUUCCUUCCUUCCUUCCUCCUCGCGCAGGUAUACUCAGGCAACCCAGUCCUUCAACACACACACGCACGCACGCACACCCCCACCCCUCCUGCGUCCCUCCGCUUCCCCUGCGUGACCUUUGCCCUCGGGCCGAGUCCCCGCCCAAUAGGGAAGCUGGCAGUCCCGCCUGUUCCGCCGGCUGGCUGAGUCGGGCGACAGGCAGCGUGUCGGCACGCGCGAGGGGUCUUCUCGCGGUGGGGGAGAGCGCGAGCGAGAGUCCCAACCGUCCCUCCCUCCCCCCUCACAGGCAACGGUGAAGACGCUCAGCUGGGCCCGCGCGGCUUUCGUGAGGGGUGGGGGGUGGGGUGUCCGCGUUUCAUUCUUCGCCGCGUGCCUCUCAGGCGGCGGACGAGGCGGCGGCUCGGAGGAGGAGGAGGCCCAGCUCGGCUUUUCCCGCCUCAGUUGUGGCGGCGGCGGCUGCCACGCGGGCCGGGCUUGCUGGAAAGAGAGAGAGAGGCCUGCUGCUGCCCGUCGGUGCGUUGCGUGGCUGGGAAGCGACCCUCUGAGGCUGCGCCGGGCUUCACUUGCCCACCGCCACCUGCCAGCCCGCUGUGGUUUGGGGGCCGUGGCCGAGCCGCCUGAGGUGGGGUGGGCUGGGCCGCAUGCCUUACUGGUUGUGACGGGGUGGGGAGGAAAGCGAAGGUGCUCCCCAUGCCCGGUUCGUGAGGCGGCGGGGUGGCUUAAGGUAAAUGGGCCGCUCGCUGUUUUCGGCCGCCCGAGGCCGUGAGGUAGGGCAGCCGGUAAGCCGAGCCCUUUCUCCGCGUGCGCGCAGGCGCGGUGCUGGCAGGGAAGCGGGCGGUGUUGGCUCGCUCGGCUCCGGGGUUUUUGCUGUAGGAUCCUGCUCUCCUCGCGAGCCGCCAAGUUGUGCUGCUCGCCCGGCCGGUGUGCUGCUCCCUCCGCUCAGCCCUCCCGCCAGCUCGUUUGACUGCCCGGGGAAGCCUCCGCGGCUGCCACUCAGAGCCGAGCACGUCAGGUGGAGCCGUAGCGGGUGCUGAAUUUCAAUCCGUCCUUUGGGAUCCGAGCCGGUUAUUUUUAGCACGGCAUUUCUUAGGGACUUUGCAGAAGCUGCUGCAGCAGCAGCAGCCCAGUCCAGCUGGCUUGGGAUUUGUGGUUGCACGAAGGGUGCCAUGCGCAGCCCUGUUGUGCCUGGCUGGUGGCUGGCCCUUGGGCAUCCCAGAGGACAUUCUCGCCAUGGCUCCCAAAAAGGUAUUGGGCAUGUUUUAGAAAGCUGACAUGUUCACCUCGGUUUAUGUAUCAGAACGCAUGUUGCCUUGGGAGUCCUGGAGGUAAGCAAGGGAGUUUGGGAUUUAAGUGGCUUCUGUUUUUCAUUUCAGAUGCCCCCCAAAAAGGGAGGUGAUGGACUCAAGCCACAUCCAAUCGUUGGAAGAUUCGGGACAACCCUGAAAAUUGGCAUUGUUGGCUUGCCAAAUGUUGGGUAGGUGAUUCAAGGGGGAUAAACUUUGCUUAGUCAUCCUAAAGAUAGUAGGCCCUCCUGAAUAAAUUAGUGUUAUGCUGCAGUAUGAACACUGUGAAAUAUUGGUUGAGAUUAGCAUUUAUGCUUAUAAGUUCAUGCUUAUGUUUUACUUAAAUUAGAUCAUUUUUGAACAAAAGGUGUUUUGAGUUGCUGUUUGAAAAAAGAUAUAUUUUACUGAACUGGGCUUAAUAAAUAGAUUGAUAGAUAACUGAUAAGAAAUGAAAUUAUUUUAAUGAAUGGAAAUACCUUUAUAAAUAAUUGAAUUUUCUCUACAAACAUUUUAACCUUAAUUAUCCAACCGUUGAUUUUUAUUGUGAUGUUAUUUUGUCUGUAAAUUAUCUGGAAAGGAAUAGUUAUUAUUUAUUGGAAAUAUGUGUAAAAGAACACAAGUCUUUGUUUCAUAUAGGCACUUUUCGUUAGACCAGCUUCCUUGGAUUGUUUAAAGAUGUGAGGAAGUUUAAACAUUUACUAUUAAAAGCAAUGCUGCACUGAAAGCACAUUAGCUGACAGCUUCUAACCUAUUUAUGGCUGAUACAUGCAGAAUAAUAAUAAUAAUAAUAAUAAUUUAUUAUUUAUACCCCCCAUCUGACUGUAUGGAUACAGCGGGUGGAGAGAUGAAGGUAAAGAACCUUGUCAGACUGUCAACUUUUUUCUGUUUAGUUAGGUAUUUAAACUCGAUAAAGGUAAUUAUACUAUGCAGAAAGAAGGGGCACAGUUUAUAUAGAAACAAUCUUUCUUUUGGGGGUCUGUCUCUUUCAGUAUUUAGUUCCAACAGUGUACUAGAUGUUCUGAAGAAUUGGUGCUGUGGCCUCUCUCUAGAGCUUGUGAAGUCUGAGUCGAGAACUGACAGAUAAAUAUUGGGGAAUAGUAGUGGAGAGAGGUGUAGCAAUAGUAAUAUAGGAAUAUAUGUUGGUGUGGUUCACAAACAGAAAGGAGGCCUGUUUUGGAAAUGGAGCAGUAUAGCUGAAACUGGGAAUAGUACUGGAAGGUGGAGACAGCGUUUAAAGUUGUUUGUAAAUAGAAUUAUGAUGGGUUAAGAUGCAAGAGACACGGAGAUACAUAAGAAUUUUGCCACUGAUUUCUGUGAUAAGAGAUGCUGUCAUGAGAUAUUGAUGAAAUAGUGGUCACAAAUUGUAUUGCGGAUACAUUAUUGCACUUCAGGUCUUCAAAUAAGUGCUUUGAGUUAGAAACCAAUGUAACCUAAAACACACUCAUCAUUGGUAGAAAAAGUUUUUGCUGAUCUGCCAGUUUUGUUCAGAGUAAAUAGGCUGACUUUGCUUUUACCUAAGCUUCUGUCAGAUUAUGCCAUAGAUGCCACAAUGGUGCAUUAGACCAAAAUGUUGGAAUUGUUUUAGCAAAAGCAAUUUCUAUUUUUUUUUAAAAAAAAGUUUCAGCAUGAAUAACUGUUUCCCAGAAAGAAAGAAAACUUGGAAGAGGCCCUAUAACUGGGAAGUUACAGUGGCAGAUGGGCAUUGUUUUCAUGCUUGUGGGCUUCUCAGAAGCAUGUGGUGGAUUGCUGAGGGAAGCAGGAUGCUGGACUAAAUGGAGCUUCUGUAUGAUUGAAUAGGGCGCUUAAUGUGAUAACCAAAGCCUGAACAUGAGCUGUCCAAAUCUAGAAAGUCAUUACAGUGGGUAAGAAGUUGAAAUGUUACUUUAAAGAAUUGCUGAGCUACAGAUAAAACAACUUUGGAGGGAUUCCAGUGGAAACCUGGAAAGACUUAGAUGUUUCCCUUGCUGUCUGUGCAAAAAUAAUGCAAAAAUAAUGUAUAGGCGGCAUUAAAAGUAUAAAAGAACACGGCGGUGCCCAGCGUCCAACACAAAUGUACACUAUAUAAUGUUGCACAUAUGGUAUUAUUGGGAAGCUGAUCUCAAAUAUUGCAACAUUUUCUUUUCUUAAAGGAAAUCUACCUUUUUCAAUGUAUUAACCAAGAGUCAAGCUGCAGCAGAGAACUUUCCUUUCUGCACUAUUGAUCCAAAUGAGAGCAGAGUACCUGUACCAGAUGAAAGAUUUGAUUUCCUUUGCCAGUACCACAAGCCUCCAAGGUUAGUACCACACAUGUUAUCAGUUGGUUGUUUCUAUGUAAAGAAAUAAGCUUCUCAAUAAGCAAUAUUUUCGCAAAAUCCAUUUUUAAGUAUUUAAGUGUUUUGAAGUUGUGUUGUUUGGUUUUUUAAAAAAGGAUUGCUUUUGAACAAUAAUCUAGUGAGAGGACCUCAUAGUUUGAAAAUAGGAAUUCUUCAGGCAACUUGAAAUAAUCUUGCAAGCAAGUCAACAUGCCUGAACUUUCUUAUUAGCCUGCUUGUUCAUACAUGUGAAAGCCAUUGUGGCACAUGAACAUCUGAAAAGAGGGGGGGGAAAGAUUGUGUUUCCAUCUACAAAAUUCUCCUUACCUGGAUAUUAUUCGUAUUUACCACAUACAAGUGGCUGCUUAGAUGUCUGCCUUUAAAGUAGAUCACAUAAAAAGCUUCACUAUUGCCUAUUUUCUUCAUACCCCUAUAUCUAAGGCAGAGUGAACAGUGAACCAAGAAAUUAAAACCACAAAUUAUUCCUUUAGUUUUAAACACUAAAACUAAAUUCUUUCCAACUUCUAAUUUCAUUUGCCCCUGAUAUUUGGAGCAUCAAUUCCCACUACUUUCCCACUGCUGUUAUAUGAGCUGAUGGGCCUUCUGGGAUCAAACUAACUUCUCUCCCAUGGAACUAAUUCUUGUAGAGUCCUCUGCUUGUGACCUAUAUCCUUCUAUCACCAUUCUGUAUAGUGUAGCAUUAUUUUCUGGGCUCUCUUUGGUGUUGACUGUAGAGAACUUAAGCCAUUAUUCUUAGGAUGCUUUGCAGGGGGAAGUUCUUCUGCAGUUGGUGGGACUUGCUUCUGAGUAAACAGGCUUCACAAUUGUAUUGUUUAAAAAAGCUAUGUUGAGCUCCUGGCUCUUUUAAUCUGAUAGUCUGUUAAAUCAUUUUUGUUAGUAAGAAGUUAGUUUGUUGUAUAUCCCAAGCUUUAAUGGAGUUAAGGCAUGCUAACGUGAAUAUAAUGUCUGUAAAGAUUUAGUAAAUACCCAAUUUUUCCAAAGGACGUUCUUUUAGUUGAAGAUCAUUAGUAAAGAACAAGAAAUUCCAGUUUUUAUAAUCAUACAUAGAUAACUUUUUUUGGUGUCUAAACAUUUUGGUGUGUUUUCAGUUUUUGUUUUGGUUGUGGGUAAGAAUGCAUUCCAAAGUUUAUACAAGAAUAUAUAGUAUGUGAAGUAUUGUCUGAUGUCUCCUUUGUGAACUAAGACUCUUUAACAUAAGUGUGGGGAAUGUCAGGCCUGGGAGUCAAAUUUGGCUCUUCAAUACUCUCUAUCUGGCUCUUGGGAUGCCUCACUGGCUCUGCUGUGUGUCUUCCUUGAGUGCUUCUGCUGUGCUGUGUAUUUGAAUUGUGAUAAUGUGUCUUGCUUGUCUGCAUGAUGUGAUGUGUUUGGAAAUUGUCUGCAUGGUAUGAUGUGUUUGGAAAUUAUUUUUUAAAAAAUUUUUAUUAUUAAAUUUUAUUUAAUAAAAAAUAAAAUAAAAAUAAAAUUUAUUUAAUAAAAAAUAAAAGAAAAAAUAUACAAGUAACCAACUACAAAAAGAUAAAGAAAAGUACAUGUGUUUGGAAAUUAUUUGUUUUAGGUGUAUGGCCCUAAAAUAUUAAACAAACAAUAAAAAACCCAAAUCUGAUCUACUGUACAAAGACAAGAGUUCACUCCCCCUUUUUUUGUGUCUCUGGUCCUGCCCACUGUUAAGGCAUGAUAGCUCAGUUGGUAGAGUAUGAGACUCUUAAAUCUCCGGGUUGUGGAUUCGAGCCCCAUAUUGGGCAAAAGUUUCCUGCUUUGCAGGGUUGAACUACAUGACCCUGGUGGUCCCUUUCAGUUCUACAGUUCUAUGAUUCUGUGAGGCACUGUGGCUCCUGCCUGAAAAACAUUCCCCACCCUAAUACUUAAGUCAUGAGCUAAAAUUUCUGACUUUAAAUAACCAUUUAGGUAUUACCUUGAAGAUUUCAUGAUCAUGCUAUUAAGCCCAGGAGCUUAACAUACUCAAAAUGCCCCUUUCUUCAGGAGGAUUUUUCUAUCCUUUUUUUAAGUUGUCCCACCCUAAAGGCAAACUAAAUCAUAACUAUUUAUGAUUUAAGUUAAUACUUAUCAAAAUGGCAUUAGAAAUAUAAUUCAGAUUUUUAUUAACCUGUAAGUACUUGGGUUAUUGCUAUUGUGUUGCAAAACAUGUUAGAUAUAGUGCAUGGUUUAGCUAUAUGACAGCAAUAUUAAAUAUUUAUAUGAACUACUUAUCUUGUACUUUUCUUUAGGAAAUGAAUGUUUGCCAAAUAGAAGUCUGAUUAAAAUCAAUUCUAUAUAUAAAGUGCUGGUUUUAAGCUUUAAAGCAAGGGUUGCUAACCUGAAGGCCAUCCAGAUCUUGUUGCCAUGCUGAGUGGGAGCUGUAGUCCAGUUACAUCUGGAGGACCACAGGUUAUGCACUCUUGUUUUAAAGCUUUAAAUGGCGUGGAGCAAGGUUACCUGAAAUAAUUGGUUUUUCCUAUAUAUACCUAUUUGAAGCUUAACAUCUUCCUCAGAAACCCUUGUCUAAGUGCCAUCCAAGAUGCGGCAGGUAAUCACCAGGGAGAGACCUCUUUGGUAGUAGCCCAAUUAUGGAAAGUUUUCUCAUACAGGUUUGCUUGAUGGCACCUUUGUAGUCUUUUUGGAACUGAAGGAAGAGUUUAAAAACCACACACAACAACUUAACAUAUUAUUAUCUGAUUAUCUUAUAUUCAAAAUCUUAAUUGUGCUUUUAGUUUAAAAUCAUUUUUAAUGUAUUAUAAGUUUUUGUUUUGUAAGUUUUGUAUUUGUUUUGUAAGUUGGCCAGGCAACCUAUGUUAGGGAGCGGCUAUUUAAGUUCCAUUAGAAUAAGAUUUAUCCUUGCUGGUGGAAGGCAGUAGGAAGUUUCAAAGACUGGGAAGGCCUUUUUAGGGUGGCUUACAUAGAAAGGAUAAUUCCAAUAUAAUACAAUCAAAGUUAAAUGAUUAAAACAUUCAAACUAUUAGUUUGAAACUAGCAAUAAUAUAAAACCCUAAAAUGAUUAGCACAAAGUAGCUCAGAAUAAAUAGGUUUUAAAAGCUUGUUCAAUAGCCAGCCUCAAAGGGGUUAAACAUAUGUACCUUGGGAGGGAGUUGUAAUCUAGGAUUUGUAAUCUAGGAGUCAUAUACUCCCUAUAAGUGGCUUUUUAAAAAUAAAGGCCUUACCACCACCUCUUUAGGCCCAGUGGAAAAUUUCCCUCUUCUUGAGAGGCAUUGACCACUUCCAUUAUUUUAGUAGCUGCUGCAAAUAAUAAUAAUAGUUAUUAUUAUUAUUUAUUUCUUAUAUCUUAUUUGCCAGGAAGGACAAGGGUUGAACGUCCACUAGUGGCCAGAAUUGUGGAAACCUUUUUGAAAAUAUAUAUUUCUGAGCUUUGACAGCAGUCAUUUUUAGAAUAGUGCCAUAAAAUUAUCUAUCAUUAGAAAUAUAAUUUAAUGCAUAAUAUAAUGCAAUAAACUGUUGAAUUAUCUUUAUUCUAGUGAAAGUUAUAGCCAAAUGAAAUAAGUUAUACACAGAAAACCAUGAUAAAGGGUAUCUCAUAACUUUUCACCAUUUCUGUUAGUACUUAGUGUGGAAACCUUUUGCUGCAGUUACAGCCCUACAACGGCAUCCCAUUGAGUGAACCAAAGAUUUUAGUUCAUCAGGUGUUAUAACGUGUAACCAAGAUUGUAUGAUUGCUUCUAUCAAUUGUGCUCUAUUCCUUGCUUGCUUCUGACUGACAGGUUUCUUUAAUCGGCUCUACAGAUUUUCUUUUGGAUUCAGGUCAGGGCUACUACAUCGCUUUCUAGGUGACUAGUCAACUCUUUUCACUCUGUUUGUCAUUGGUCAAUUUUUAGUUAAAGAAAUCCCCUUCAUAUUACAUAAGGCAGUUGUGCUUUCUUUUUCUGAUUAUUUGACUAUAACUUUUAAUAGAAUAAAGAUAAUUUGACAGAGUUUGUUGCAUUAUAUUCUGCAUUAAAAUUUCUUUCUAAUGAUACAAAAAUUUUAUAGUAUUAUUAUAAAAAAGAUGGAUGUUAUGAGCCAACAGACCUUAGAAAUGCAACUUUUUCUAAAGGUUUCCACAAUUUUGGCCACAAGUAUGCAUGUGGUAGGCCUCAAUUCUUAAAGAGUCCUUUCCACAACUUCAGGAUCUGCAAAUUGAAAAGUCUACAACAGCAAAUAUUGAAGUUACAAGGGGUGUAUGUUUUCUUUAUUACUAGUUUCAGCUGUUCACUUAAAACUGCAUGUAGGUGUUCAGAGUGCAGGGUGGGUGGCUAAUUUGUGGCCCUCCGGGUAUUUCUGGACUCCAGCUUGGAUCAGCCCUAGCUGGCAUGAUCAGUAACCAGGGAUGAUGGAGGAUAUAGAUGGAGGAUAUAUAGGACUAUAUGAUGUAUAGGGAAGUUUUUAAUGGUUGGUGUUUUUCUGUGGUUUUGCAGCCCAGAGUGGCUCGGGAAACCCAGCCAGUUGGGUGGGGUAUAAAUAAUAAAAUUAUUAUUAUUAGUCCAUCAACAACGGGAGGGUCACAUGUUCCCCAGCCCAGCAUAGAUUUUUCUGGGUGUGUGUGCUCUGAAGAUACUUGCAGAUAUGUGGUAAUAUUGAACUAUGUUUCUAAUUACAAAAAUCUUAAAUUAUCUUUCAGCAAAAUUCCAGCCUUUCUGAAUGUAGUGGAUAUUGCUGGCCUUGUGAAAGGAGCCCAUGCUGGACAGGGACUAGGAAAUGCCUUUUUGUCACACAUUAGCGCCUGUGAUGGAAUCUUUCAUCUACUGCGUAUGUAAACUUACUUUUGAAAUUUUUUUAUAUUAUUUAAGGAUGUGGCUUGCCUAAGAACUGGGGCCUCUAAAGACAAGCUACUCAAGCCAUAUUAAAUGUGCAUCUGCUACGAUUAAGUCAUAACAAUAUGAUAACCUUACUCCACCGUGGUAUUCUGAGGAGAACACAGUACAGUGGUACCUCAGGUUACAUACGCUUCAGGUUACAGACUUGGCUAACCCAGAAAUAGUACCUUGGGUUAAGAACUUUGCUUCAGGAUGAGAACAGAAAUCGUGCUCCGGCGGCACGGCAGCAGCAGGAGGCCCCAUUAGCUAAAGUGGUGCUUCAGGUUAAGAACAGUUUCAGGUUAAAAACGGACCUCCGGAACGAAUUAAGUACUUAACCUGAAGUACCACUGUAGAGGCUUCUGCUGAAGAAAGGGGUGGGUGAAACUCAUUUUUUGGCUGUUUUCCCCUUGAAGCCAUCCUCUCCCCAGCCAUUUCCUACACUAUUCUAUAGGGUCCCCAGUCCACCCAAGCAGAUUUUAGGGGCUCAGGAGGAUAUAGGUAGAAGAGAGUAUCAGCAAAAAUAACCCACCCUCUAGCAGCUGAAAUGUCUUGUUAGUGGAGUUUCAGUGCUGAAAAAUAUGGACCCAAUCUUGUGUUUCCAUUGUAAUGCGUGGCUUUGCCCAAAUAUACUUUGCAUUUAGUACAUCAUGAAGAAUAAUUUAUUUCAGAGAUACUGAAUUGUAUUUUUCAUAACAUUUCAAAAUGCUGAGCAAGGUAACAGUAUUUAUUUAAGAUGUGAAGGAAAUAAGCAGCUAUCUUAUCUUUAAAAGACAUCUGAAGGCAGCCCUGUUUAGGGAAGUUUUUAAUAUUUAAUGCUGUAUUGUUUUUAACACUCGAUUGGAAGCCGCCCAGAGUGGCUGGGGAAACUCAGCCAGAUGGGCGGGGUAUAAAUAAAUUAUUAUUAUUAUUAUUAUUAUUAUUAUUAAUUAAGGUAUAGGACCAGGGAAUUAUUAUUUAACCAUAAAGAAUAAAUUUUUCAUCCAGUCUAAAUACUUUGAGGCAAAACGUUUCUUAUGCCCCAGUGAAAAUAUCCAUUUGAUGUUCAAAAGUCAAAUCCAUUUAGAAUAAGUAGCAGGGGCACCGACUUGGGCCCCAGAUUCUUGGUGCCCAGCGUUCGUGACAUGACGUCAUGACAUCAUGUGCCCUGUGGCCUCAGGACCUAUCACUGGAAGUCAGAUCCCGAGGUCUCACAAGGCUUCGGACGUGACUUGUGGGUGCUCGGGCCGCCAGGGCCCCCUAGAGAUGCUGCCACUGAUAAGUAUUGGACUUAAGUUAUAUUUAGGAUAAUUUCCCACUGCUAUGGAUUUGUAGUAGUUUUUUCUUCUUCAUUUUGGAAAAGCACUGACUUCCAGAACAUUUCUAGUGUAAAUAUAUGCAGAUUAAAUUUGGUUUUGGUUAGAGGAAGUUGCCAUUCUCCAAGAGUGGCAAAAACAUAUUGGUGAAUCAAAUUUCAUUAGGAUAAUUGUGGUUUGAAUGCAUUGAGGAUCAGAGGUUAGUUCUACUGUAAGGUAAAUCUGUAAAUCAAUCAAUCUAUUGAUAUUGAUUAUUGGAAUUUGGUCUGCUGAGGCAGUUAAUAUUAAAUUACUGAAUAGUGCUAGAUUGAGUAUUCAGCAAAUGAUAUUUCCCAUGGGAAUAAAAGUUGAUAUUGUUCAGCUACACAAAGUAAACUUAACAACAUACAUAGCGAAAAAUAAUUUUCUUCAAGAUCAAUACACUGUAAAGCAAUGGAAAGAUAAAAUUACUGUCAAGUCUACUCAGCUCUUGUAGUCCUACUUCAGACCUAUUUUUAAACAGUUAUCUGCUGUUACAAGCAAUGCUGAGGUGUAACUUCAGAUAUGAAAUGGUGGUUACUUUAUAUCUUAUUUUCUCCAUGGGAGCCAAUGAGACAAUAUUGGUCUCUUAUCCUUUACUGUGGUACCUCUGGUUACAAACGCUUCAGGUUACAAGCUCCGCUAACCUGGAAGUAGCUGCUCCUGGUUGCGAACUUUGCCCCAGGAUGUGAAUGGAAAUUGUGCACUGGAGGCUCCUUUAGCAAAAGCGCACCUCAGGAUAAGAACGGUUUCAGCUUACGAACGGACCUCCGGAACAAAUUAAGUUUGUAACCAGAGGUACCACUGUAUUGCAUUCUGGUUCUUCCAAGUCAGAAUGAAGUAGGGGUGUGUGUGUGUGUGUGUGUGUGUGUGUGUGUGUGUAUUUCUUUAAACACAACUGAGGGCAACUUGUUUAGUUUGUAAAGGUUUUUUAUUUUUUAUAUAAACUCUGCUCAGUUUCAAGAUACAUCCAGGAAUAUGUUUGCACUUCCAACUUAAAAAAAUAUGUUUUGUAAGACUUGUUUGUUUUACCUCCUGCAAGCUGAGUUUUUGUAUAAUGUGGUUGCUAGAUGGUGACAGCUUACCUAGAUGUCUUCUUUGUGGUUAACACACUGUUGUAACAAAUCACAAUUAGUUGAACGCUACGUAUACAUUUUUGCUUGAACUUUUGGCAAGUUUUCUUACUUAAAAUGUAUAUCAGUAGUGCAAUUUGCCAAUACAUGCUGUUGAAACUCAGAAAUUAUGCUUUCAUGAAUGUGUCACAGCAAAAAUAAGCAAUGUGCUCUGCAUUAAAGGUGAUUUGAAAAUGCAAAGUGUUGUGAGAGAGAUUGGUUGGUUUGACAGUCACUUCAGGAAAAAGCUUCUACAAUGACUAAAAGUUUGGGGUGUGCAUUGGAUUUUCAGUAAUCCUGAAACUAAAGUGGGCCACUUCAGAUGGAUUUGGGGCUUAUCCAAGCCGAAGAGGAAUCUUUCUUAAGCUCUUUAAACUGAAGAGGGGAUCUCCAAAGCGUUUUUAGAUUUCUGUGUUAAACUCUGCAGACACAGUGUCUGCAAAACCUGAAACUUUUCUCUCCCAAGCUUGUCAUGCGAGGAAAACACUGUCAGGAAGCUCUUUUGUGUCCGACACAUCUUGCUUCUUACCAGAGAAAACCAGGAUUUAACCAGGUCUCUCCAGUAACAUUGCUUUAGGGUAGGGAAGUUGAAAUAAUGUAGCAUUUUUCUUGUCUGUUCUGUGGUCUUUUGCUAGUUCUGCCUAGUGGUGCUUGGUUGGAAAAUGCCAAAAUAUUCAAGUCCCGCCUUUGUGUAGCAUGUCCACAAAUCCUCUCAUGUCAAGCCAGCUUGGCAUUUAGUUUUUGUGACUUUGGAUGGCAGUUCAUCAGAACGCAAGCCCGAAGCUGUUCAUUUUAUGCAUCAGAACUCCUUAGCCCUUACACCCAGCCUUCUUAAAAUUUGCAGGUUAUUUUCCCAGGAGCACAUAUUCAUAAGAAAGUUGUUGCCCGCAAAACUAGAGGGAGGGCAGCAAAUCCCUUUAAGUUCACCCAUGCCAACAAAGUCAACUUUAAAGGUGCCUAGCACAAAAACUGCCAUAUACCAAUUUGUAAUUUGGCAGAUUUCUUACUUAGGGACAUCUCUGUCAUGUAUGCUAUUUUAUACAAGUUGCUCAUAGAAGAAUAGGGGAGCGUAAGUGAAUCCUUUUAAAAAUCACUCCCCAACUGUAAAGGCUAGCCUUUCAGGAAAGCCACUGCAAUUUUCCUUCUGAAAUUUGGCAGGACUCAACCUCUCAGAAGGGACAAACAAUCCUGCAAAUUUAAUCCAAUUCUGCUCCCCCCGCUCCCCCAAAUCAUAGACAGUUCCUUUAAAAAAUAAAUUCUAAAGGUGACCAGCCACCAACUCUCUGGACCUAUUUGUCUGUAAUUUUGCAGACUUUAUUUAGUCAAGUGGGGUAACUUUGCAUGAAAAUUUCAUCCAGUUCUGUCGAAAGGGACUUGGAUGUAGCAUCUGCAACAUCUUCCUUUUUUUCAAACUCUGUAUUCCCCAGGCACAUUGUAUUUUUAUGUUCUCAAAGUAGAAAUCUUCCCUGCUGAUAGAUAUUGCUGGAAGCUGCUUGCAGCAGAGGAGAGAUGUAUGAUGAUAUCACUUAGCCACACUCCAUUGCACCACCAUUUUAGUGAACAAAGCAAGAGCCACAUCUCAUCCCCUCAGCAUGUGUGGCUUUCCUUUGCCAAUUAUAGUAGUACUGUUUGUGCAGCUCUAUUUACGCUGUGACACUUUAGCACAUCUCUGAAAACUUGUAACUUUAGGUGUCACAUGCAUUUUGAGAUGAAUUUAAAAUCACAGAAGUGUCAACGUAUAAUGCUUCGUUCAGGUAGGAUAUAUUUUUAUUCAUUAAUGCAGGGGUGUCUAAUCUCUGGCCUGAGGCCUCUGAAACAUAUUUAUCUUCCCUCCACCCCAAUAAAAAGAAGGCACAGUAUUGGGCAUGAAGAGAGGUAAAUUUGGGUUCUGUGUGGUGCAUGUGCAGGAGUGUGGGGUGCCCACAUCUACGUUUAGCCAUACUUACCCCUAGAAGGCUGGCAAAGAGUGAGCGCUAUCUUAACGACUCUUGAUUUAAGGACUGUAAAUCUUCCAUUAUACAUGCCUAGACACUGUUCUGAAACUGUCAUUAUUAGUUAAAAUCUUCUAUCUCCUUUUUAGCUUCUGAAGGCUUAGACUUGGCCAAUACCUUGCCUUCAAACAGCUUUUGAUUGCUACAGACCAAUACCUAUUCAGUAGAUUACACAGAUAACAAUGGCAGGGACUGAAAUGGAUUCAGGGGGGUAUGCUGUACAAGCACUGGAACCUUUCAGUUUCGCCUUAUGCUAUCCAUAAAGCUUCUCCUGAAGGUUGCGGAGCUUCUAGAAUGAGAUUUAAUGUGGUAUAAUGGGAUUUCUGGAAAUGAAAAUGAGCAACUCCUCCCCUCCUCUGUGUGUGUGUAAAUAGUAGUGGCUGGUUCGGCAGCAUGGGCAGGGCAAGCAUUGCUCACCUGGCUUCCCAUUGCUGGCAGGAGUGUCAUAUUGGCUCUGCUUUUGCUUCCACACUGCAUUAAAGUACUCCUUGCUGCGCCCCUCCUUUUCUCGCUCUUGGUAACUAGCAGCAGAAAGGGAGAGGGUUUGUUGCAGUUGUUUCUGGUUGUUCACAUCACUUUUAAGUUUAGCAUGAUGUCUCUGCAUGGCCCAUGUGUCUUAAAUAUUUGUGGCCAAGGAAUGUUGCAACUUUUACAUUACAGUGUAACACGCGAUUUAGUUUUGCAUCUUACAUGGUUCUGUUUGUUUGGGGGGCGGGGAUGCUUGACUUGAAAGAUUGUGUCACUAUGAGUAUUUUGAAUCUACCAUUACAACAGGCUUGUUUUUGGCGAGUCAUAGGUGAAGGCUAAGGGUGGCCUGUUUUAGUAUUUUCUAGCUUGUCGCAGUCUUGAGUAACUUCACAAAAUGUGAACUUGUAUACUGCUGUGUGAUUUUAAAUUGUGUACUCUGUUUUUAAAGUGGUUAAAACUGCUAGAAUGUGUGACCUACAGCUCAUGGCCGACGUUCGUGCUUCAUUUUUUCAGAGUUGCAGAUUCUAGAGAUUCUGAGGACAGAUAUCUACAUAGUCCAGGCUUCCUCAAACUCGGCCCUCCAGAUAUUUUGAGACUACAAUUCCCAUCAUCCCUGAUCACUGGUCCUGCUAGCUAGGGAUCAUGGGAGUUGUAGACCAGAAACAUCUGGAGGACUGAGUUUGAGGAAGCCUAACAUAGUCUGUGUUGAUUAGUUUAGUGUUACAGAAUUCCUUACCUUUCCCUUCCGCUUUCUGUCUGAAUUUUCAUCACAGUUGCUAUUCUAACAGUUCGUGCAAACAGCCUAGUGGGCACCCUGUGGAUUUUGGCUAAAAGACAGAAGAAGGCAUAAAGAGGACCAAACAACUUGGAGGGAAGUGUUUUGGGGUGGGAGUGGUAUCCUGAGCAUGUAAUUUCUCACAAUUCAAAAAAGAAGGCACGGGAAAGUUUUCUGCUGUACAUUCUUGAAAGUUAACUUAAAAUAUUGCAGUUCUUGGUGAAGAGAAGACUUCAUGCAGCUACACUCUUGUUUUACUUUAAAAUGCAAGUGAGAUUUAUUUAUUUACUUGGAAGUGGCAUUUAACAAUAAAAUAUGCAUACAGUUUGCACUUUAGUCAUAAAUCUUGUCAAAUUGAGUGUACAGCACUAUAUUCUUUGUGUGAAUUUGAUGAUAUCACUCUGUUCUAGCCUAGUUUAGCCUAGCUUUUGGACCAAGAUUGUUCUAAGCACCUCUGAUCUUUUUACACAGCAGAUAAAUCAUAAAAAGCCCAUAUGUCUGAAGGACAACCAUCUCUGGCAAUAUAGUAGUGACAAGUGGCAUACUAUUUAUAGACAGCAUUUGCUAAGUUUCCCAGCAGGGACUUAUAUAUCUGACAUUGUAGUCCAGAAAGAAGAGAGCUGCCUGCUAAGCAACAAUGACAGUUUUUCUUACUAUUCCAAACAGUAUAUCAAGGUAAUAUACUGUACCAAGAAGGUUGAAGAGUAAUGUGUUGCCUUACAAAGCUUACUAUACUUUUUAUGGCUUCUUUUGGAGUGAGUUUUAACUUUUUAAUCCAAGCUCCUUGAAACUGAAACGAUAAGUGUAUAAUUAAAACAACAAUCUGGUGAAACAGACCCAAGAAAGACCAGGGGGAAGCUCAUCAUUCUGUUGCUUAUCCACCAAGGAUCCAAUUUUUUUGGAUAAAGGGUAGCAUAUAAAUUUAAUAAAAACAAAACAUUAAAAAUGCCCUGCUCUGUCAGGGUAGUGUGCAUCCCACCCUGUUAUAAUUGAAAGUACAGGGGGCAACCAUUUUGCUCGAGGGUUCCGUUCCUGGCCUCCACACACAUUGGUGGAGGAAGCCAACCUCACGGUUCCAUCUUCUGGGUCCAAAAGGACCUGCAUGUCAGCGGCCGCGUGUCAAUUGGACAUGCACAAAAAGGUCACCCCACCUGUACUGUAAGGGAAGUACUAAUUCUUCAAGAGUCCACAUUCUCCCAAAGUCCCACUGAAUCAUAGUCUGGCUUUGCACGAAAUGUGAACCAGGUCAUUCUCUGCUUGCAUUUCUUUUGCCAAAGUUUGUGUUCCUUUUUGUUCUUAUUUGGACCAGAUUUUCAUUUUCUGAAGGAAGCCUCCUUGCCUUAGCUUCUGACAUUCAACUUGUUAACCAUGCUAGAAGUUUCAUGACCUUGGUAGUGAGUAUUCUGAUCUGUGGUAUAUGUUCUAGCUGAGCUUCUAUUAUUGUGGAUUUUAAUUAUCAUCCUAAGCAUUCUGGGGAGAUUUGACCCUCUUGACUUUCCUUUCAACUUCCCUUUUACCAAUCCCUUCAUUUUAAAGAAAUUUUCUCUUUUGAAGUGUAAUCUGACUGUACUAGGCUUUGUGAGCAAUUACUCACUUAUAUGUUAAAUUUGAAAGCACUAUGGUCACUGUUUCUAAACUGCCCACAGCGCUUUUAUAUUGCACCAGGCCCUGGGCACCACUUAAGUCCAGGGUUGCCUCCCCUUUGGAUCAACUCCAUGACCAACUGUUCUUGAGCACAGUCAUAUAGGGUAUCUAGAAAUUUUAUCUUAGUUGUGACUGGAGCAAGCAUUUAUCCUUUUUUUGUUUGGGCAGUUGAAGUCAUCCAUUACUACAACGUUUCCUCCUUUGAUACUUUUUUGAAUUCAUUAUCUCAAGACCACUCUAGGCAUCUUGGUCAUGGGGAUGGUAAUACACCCUCUUUCCUAAGCUACUCUUGGGACUUGGUGUGCCACUCGCAUCUAUUCUGUGGUGAAAUCUACCCCUUUUGGGAUUUUCAGCUCCUUGAACACUAUGUCCUCUUUGAUGGUGCAGAGUAGCAUUGUCUCCAGCAUGCCAUUCCCUGCCCUUCCUAUAGACUUUGUACCCAGAGAUAAUUGUGCCCCACUGAUUGUCUCCUGGUUUUAUUAUAAUGCCUAGGAGAAUACCUUCUACUAAAGUGCUCACUCACAUUGAAUAGUCAUGAUACCAUAUGAUUUAUUUACUUUAUUGCACUAGAUUUUAGCUUCAUACAUUUUAUAUUUCAGCAUUAGGUAGCUAAUACUUGCAUAUUCCAGCUCUAAGCUUGAUUUUAAAUGUCAGUGCUAUUGUACUGGUUUCAUUUAAAUAAUUUUGCUUUACUUUGUAAGUCUAUCAAACUAACAGGUUGAGUGUUUGGCUGUUGGAGGCUUUGUAGGUGAUCUAAUAAAUCAUUUUGUAAAAAUGCUGCUCUGAAUGGGUUAAAACAGUUCUUUUCAGUGUUUCUUUUUACAAGCCACCUGUUGCCUUCGAUGCAUAAGUGUAUAAAUUUGAACAAAGUGCUCAUCACUUGUCAGCCAUCAGUGGCAGCAUAAAAAUUACUUGUGGUGCUUGCUUUGCAAGAAGUUCUUUUGUGUUUGUGACACCAGCUUUGUUUUAUACAAUUAAAGUAUUACACGCUAGAAUAAUCUAAAUUGCAGCCACUAAACGGUGAUGUAGUUCUUUUUUUUCAUAGAGCUGAAUUUGUUUACUGAUUGUAUGCAGCUAUUGACUACUGCUUUAACAUGACAGGUCCCUUGGAGAAGUGCUUUUCCCCCUGCUAGUACGGAAAGCUUUUCAUGCUCAUUAAAAAGUUCAUUUAUUUAUGAUUAGUCUUUUAUUCCCUAUAUUUUUUUAAAAUAGCAAACUAAGAGCAUUUUUAAGUGAUUUUGAGAUCUAUAAUAAAAUGAAGUAAUUUAUACUUCAAGGGGGAUUGUAUAAUGUUUCACAACAUGGUUAGCAGUUAUAGUGUAUAACAUUAGAACUGUGCUAGUCCCUUAAGGGCAACUGGGCUCAUGUACCAGGUGCAGCUCUAGGCUAAGUGACUCUGUCUGCUGUACCUCCAAACUUUGCAAUUCUAUAUAUAUAUAUAUAUAUAUAUAUAUAUAUAUAUAUAUGGGGGUGUGGUGUGGUGUGGGUGUGUACACCUAUCUAUAUUGAAAAUCCUCCCAUCCAAAACAUGUAAAGAAAAACAUUGUCUACAGCUUGGCUCUUGGAAUCAAAUGCAUUUGCAACAACAAAGAUAAAUAUCAAAAAAGGAUCGUUGGACUUAAAGAGCACCUUCUACAUAUCCACGUGUAAUUGAUUGCAACACAUGUAAUUGAUCCACUGGGCUUCCAUUGUGUCUAGAGAAAACCUCCUCCAUCAAAAUGAGGUGUCAGUAAACAAAGAAUGUUUCCCAUUUGUGGUAGCUUUCCAUAUAUCUUCCAUUGUCUGGCAAUCAGAGAAAGAUACCCCUGGUUAGCAAAUUCUGAAUGUCAUGCUAAAGCUGUCAACAAGCCUCCUGGUAACAGCAUUUUGCCAGCCUCCAACUAAAUACAUGCAGACUAUCAGUGAGAGCUUUACUGAAUCCACUUAACAACAUUCCUGGAUCUCAUCUUUGUAACGCUAAAUACUGUAUCACCUGUUUGCAUCUCAUGGAAGCAGCUACUUUCAAAAGCACCAGGACAGGUAGGACAUACUACAUCAAGCAGAAUAUCACUUGCAGGUCCUGCAGUAUAAUCUCUAUUGAGUGCAAAAAAAAAGGAUGUCAUAUCCAGUACAUAGGUAAAACUACAACUGACCUAUGCACACGUGUUAGAAACCACAAAUCUGCAAUUUUGACAGAAAGUUGAGCAAUCAGUUGUUAAAACAUUUCAGUUCUGAGAAACACAGACUGUCAGGCAUAUCAAUAACUGCUAUAAAGGUGCUAACAGAUCCAACAAUUUUGGUUAAGAGGGAGAAUGUCAGACUGGGGCCACGUGGUGCCAAUGUGUCCAGUGUGUACAUGCAGGAAGAUAAUACUAGUAUCACUUAGCAUCAGCAAGUGAAGCCCGUUUGAGCAUUCCAUCUUCAUCACAGCAGCUGAUGAAGGUGGAAGCCAAAAUGUUUUGCCACAUAAUUUUUAAAAAUACAUACAGCUUGGAAGAAUACAUACAGCUUGGAAGAACUGGUUUCUCCAGAGAACAUUUCUUUAGAAAGCAGAAAUAUAGAGGAAAACCCAAGAUCAGCAUUCAAAAAUCCCCAUUGUUCUAGGUACAUUUUGUGACAGGGAAUUUCCUUAGCGUGAGCAGUUUCUGAGCUCUGGGCACAGUACUGCACCUGAGAUAUCAGAUUAAAACUGCAGAGUGGAAGGAAAGGAGGACCUUUUUCUGCCUCCCAACUUCCAGCUACUUUCUGAAAACUGGAGAAGAUACCCUCUUAAGAAUAUUAGGGGUGUGGGGAGGGGACGGACUAGACCAUGUGAAAAAUGAACACAAUAUUUUAGCUGCAGUUCAUUCAUUUUUAGCUUUGAAUUCUUGUUAUAAAAAAGUGCACCUAGACAUUCCGUUGUUGCGCCCAUAACCUAGGUUUAAGGUGCCAUUUAGCUCCUAGCUUUCAUAUCUCAGUUUCUAACACUGCCCAAGAGUGUCUCAAGUGAAAGCAUUCAACAAUGGAGAAGGAAUGUAGCUCAGUGGUAGACAUCUGCCUACCACUUGCCUUGCAUACCAUAUGCCUUGCAUAUCAAGGUCUGAGGCUUCAUCCUCACCAUCUCCAAGUAUAGCUAGGAGACACCCCUAUCUGAAACCUUGGAGAUCUGCUACCAGUUAGUGUAGACCAUACUGAGCUCAAUGGAACAAUGGUCUGACUCAACAUAAGGUGGAUUCCUACAUUCUUAUGUCCCCAAGCAUGAAAUUGAAUGAUCAGGAUCUUCUACAAGUUUGUUCUGGUAUCUUUUUAAUGAGAUACAGUCAAAUAAGAAGCUAAGAACAAUUUUUUUGUAGGGGAAGUGGAGAAUCUAGGCCAGUUUUCCCCAAUUUGAUGCCCUCCAGAAGUUUUGGAGUACAGCUCCCAUCAUCCCUGAUCAUUGGCAGUGCUGACUGGAGCUGAUGAUAGUUGAAGUCCACAGCAUUUGGAUGACACCAAGUUGAGGAAGGCUGACCUUGGCUAAAAGCAAGCCUCCAGCAGGCCUAAACAGUUGCCCUAUACUAGCAUAAGAUUUCGAGGCUUUAUAUGUGAGCCCUGAGAAUCAUUGCAGGUUGCAGAAGGUGCUUGUGUGAGUAAGCAUUUGUGUAUUUCGGAAUCCAAAGCUCUACAAAACAAGGUUGGUUCUGUCCUCCCCCAGUGUGCGGAAUAUGACAUGUAUCAAUUCAGUUGCUAGCAUAUGUCCCUCUUGCAGGCCAAUCUUCUAUGUGGGGGAUUAUGUAGCAUGCUUGGAAGUUACCAACUUAUUGAAUUGUUUCUGGAUUUGCUUUAUAGCAUUGGCAUAUCCAGCAGGUUUCUUGGUAGUGGAAGUAGGAAGUAGGUAUUCUGGCUUUCUUGGUCAUGGAAGUCGGAAAGGGAAACCAGCGCCCUCUUGCAUUGAUGUUUUUCAUCUGCCCCAUAAUUUGCUGGAGAUGAUCAGUAAUAAUGGUCAGCAACAGUGUGUAGGAAGAGAAUUGCCCAGAUGCUACAAAACUCCAAACAGCAGAAAUUGAAUCUUCCAGUGAUGGUUAGCAUAACUGGUGACGAUGGUCAGGAGCAGUGUAGGGCAGUGCCAUUAGUCCCACAUAAUCAAAGGCAAUAGUUGAAGCUGGAAAGUGGAAGGCAUUGCACACUAAAUCUGGUUCUAAAACUGCUGUUUAGUAAAUUAACCCAUUAAGCCGCCCAGGAGCUACUAGGGUGGCACUGGCUGCCAGAAAGGCGGUGGGAGUGGAAGACUACAUUUUACCUUUGUAUUUUAAAACUACAAUAGCUUUGAGUGUUAAUGGAACAGAAUUGCUAUCUUCAAGCAAAUUAUUGUUGAUUUUUAAAGAAACCUUUUAAAGUAUUGCUGUUAGGCUUCUUUAAGGCUAUUGUUACAAACUGAAAGUACAGUGUAAGUACAUUUAGUAAGGUAAAGGUACACCUUCAAACUGAAUUGACCUGACAACCCCCACAGUGAUUUUGUUCACUAAAGCGCUACAGGAUUUCAGUGAUUAGACCCUAAAAGGAGCAUGCAAACAAGGUUACUACCUGUUUUGAUUGUUUUCUAAAUGACAACCUGAAACUAGUUGGAAGCUUUAAGCAUAUGUGAGUACAAUUUCCUAUAGUUUCUCCCUAUUUUUGCGGUGUGCUUAGUGUGAUGUUACAGUGGUAAAAGUGUCAUCUACGGUACUUGUAGAAGUAAAACCGGCGGAUGCUGGCAAAUGUGGUGGAAGAAGAAAAAGUUUGUAUAAAUAUAUAGAACUGCUAGCUUCAGUGUACAUUUGUGUGCUAUUUGUGUGGGGCAGCAAUGUAUGUCUCAGAAUUAUGAGAACAAUGAAUUAUGCGAACAAUUGCAAGUUCUUUAAUUUUGCAAUUGAGAUUGAAGAUACAUCUGCAGAGAGUGGCUUUGAGAUUUUUUAAAACUAAGACCUUAAAAUAUUUUAUUUAAGAAAGUAGCUUCCAAAAAGUAAGCAAGAAUGGAAAACGUCAACAACCUUGUUACAUACAUUGUAUUGGCCUCCUUGUUUUGUUUUGUUUGUUCAAAUAUUCUUCACCACUGCCACAUAAGGAGAAUCUGAUUUUCCUAUUAAAAAAACACAUGCAGUCAUCAAUAUUUUUAGAGAAAUUAUUUUGAUAUUUCCAUGUAUUAACUUUUCUGCUACUUUACAUGGAGUGAAAUGGAGCAUGUAUAUAAGAGUAAGGCACUGUGAGUGUUGCUGCUGGUAGCAAAGGGGCUGGUGAUGUUUUACCCCAGAAAUUAUACCCUAGCAGCACAUUGUCUGGUUCUUCCAUAGUUUCUUACACAAUAGGCAGUUCAGAGAUCAACAGUACAUUCCUAACUAUGUCUACUCAGAAGUAAGUCCUACUGAAUUAAUUGGAGCUUGCUCCCAGGUAAGAGGAUUUAGGGUUGCAGCCCAAGUCUCAAUUCCCUAACAGGUAGAUUUUCCAUAAGCGAAAUUCUGUCCAUUUGUAAAUUGAAAAUAUCCAUAUAUUUUAUAACAUCAUUGGCCCUCCGCUAAGUGAAGUUUUUUAUACUAUUAAUUAACUAGUGAACAUUGUUUUCAUUAUUCUUCCACUACUGUAUGUUUUGAAAUAAUUGUAAUAGCUUUCUGGAUUGUUGACGGUGUCUUAGCACAUCAGUGAGAUUUAGGUGGUUGCAGAAGAGGUAAACAAAAAAAUGGUACCUUCUCCUGGGUUUCCUAAUAGGUGACUAUUAGGUAAUAGUUACAGGUGACUAAUACGUAAGAGUUACAGACUGUCUGCAAUAUUGGAAGUGCCCCUGUAAAGUUGUGGCCUAUUGAACACAGUUCUGUUUGUGCUCUUGACCUUUUGGUUCAUCCUAUUCUGCUUGAUGGGAUGUGGGUGGUGCUGUGGGUUAAACCACAGAGCCUAGGACUUGCCGAUCAGAAGGUUGGUGGUUCGAAUCCCCGCGACGGGGUGAGCUCCCGUUGCUGGGUCCCUACUUCUGCCAACCUAGCAGUUCAAAAACACAUCAAAGUGCAAGUAGAUAAAUAGGUACCGCUCCGGCGGGAAGGUAAAUGGCAUUUCCAUGCGCUUCUCUGGUUUGCCAGAAGUGGCUUAGUCAUGCUGACCACAUGACCCGGAAGCUGUACGCCGGCUCCCUCAGCCAAUAAAACAAGAUGAGUGCUGCAACCCCAGAGUCGGUCAUGACUGGACCUAAUGGUCAGGGGUCCCUUUACCUUUACCUUUAUUCUGCUUCAUAUUUUAAGCAAAAAUGGAUUUCUAUAUACAGCAUAAAACAAAAGGGAAUAAGGUGUGCUGACUGUGUUCAUACAUCAUGUUAAACCAUAGUUAAUGUUUAACUAUUGUUGUUUUUUUUCCAUAAAAUUUUUUAUUAAUUUACAACAAAACAAAACAUACAUAAAAUUUUUCACAUCCAAUUUUCACAAAUUGCUUCUUUUCUGGACUUCUUCAGCUUCUCCGUAAAUCAUCCAUAGUCAUUAUUUUAAAUGCACAUUUCAUAAUUUAUAUUGUCAUUAUUUAUACCCUUAGUAUCCUUUCUCUUUAAACAAUACUUCUUAGUUUUUCACAGUGCUUUUUUAAACCCCUCUAGCGUUAUCUGUCCCUCACUUAUACUUUCCAGAUAUUCCACAAAUUUCCCCCAGUCCUCGAUGAACUUUUGGUCUCUUAAAUAUCUAAUUUUCCCAGUCAAUUUAUCCAACUCAGCAUAGUCUAACAGCUUCAUUCGCCAUUCUUCUACUGUCGGUAUUUCCUGUUGUUUCCAUUUCUGAGCCUAAUGUUUAACUAUUGCUAAUAUGAAUGGGAAGUGUAUUGGUGCAUGCUUCUCAAAAGUCAUUGCUUCAUUUCUUCUCUGCUCCUAGCCAUGCCAGGAGCAACAAACCACAUCACAUAUGUCAUCUGAGCCUGGGCUUAUGGUUUUAAACUCCAAAACAAAUCAAGAGCAGUAAGCAAAGAAUGAACACUGCUUAUAAUUCCCACAAUUGUGCCCAUGAUACAAAAGUAUUUGUAUGUCACAGUAACUACAUGUGGUUUUACAGGGAAUUUCCACAUCAAGGAUCUAUAAUAGGCUACCUCUGGAACUUCAUAUGAAAAUUCUAUAUGAAAAAUCAGAUCAUUUUUGCCAUAUAUAACACAGCCUGGCUCACAUAGAAAAUAUAGCAUCAAAGUGAGUCUAGGGCCUGGUUCAGACUGUCAUUCCAGGCUUCAUAAAUAUGGCUUAUUUGCCUGGUUCAUUAACUGACAAGCAUUAAGCCAGAGUUGCUCAUUAUGGAAAUAAUUGUGAACGCAGGCUUAGUGCCAUCUUAGAUCUUGGUUCAGAAGCUGGUGCACAGUGAGAAGAGAGAUGGGGAGUUGCAAGAGAGCCAUGCUUGGCCUAGGUGGUCACACCCAACUUCACAAACCAUGGCAUGACCCAUGUGGUUAAACUACUUUAGCUUCCCUUUAGACUUAUUAAAUCUGAGUAAGAUAAACAAACUGUGGCUUAUGAAGCCUUGAAUGGUUGUUUGAACCAGCCUAAGUCUGUUUGCAGUGCAGAUUAAUAUGGGUUUUAGACACAGAUGCAGAUCAAAUGCAUAUUAGUCCAAACAUAAGCUAAUAAUUAGAAACAAACCAAUUUCAUUUUAUUGGCAGUUACUGGUUAAACCUCUUUUUGGUCUUAUUCAGUCUGGGUAAUUAAAUUUUAUAGUUUAUUGUUGUAUUUGUUUUUAAAAAAUAUUAGGACUUGAAUCUCUCUAAAUUUGUCCUUGGUAUAUUUUACUAAGAUUUAAACAUUUAAAAAUUUAAAACUAUUUUUUUAUUAAGCAGUAAAUGCAGAUUUCUCAAUAAUUAAGCAAAAUCUGGUGAAGUUUGUUGUGUAGAUUUUAUUAAUGUUGGACUAAAAUGUUAAGAAUGUGCCACCUACCACAUUUAAUGCUUUAGUAAUUAAUGGCUGCAGUACUUAAGAGAAAAAAAUGUUGCUUUUCAGGAGCAAACCAAUAUGAGGAAUGCCUUAGGAACAUUAUUAAUGCUUUAGUUUACAAACUUUACUGGCACAUAUUCAAACUCCUUCAGAAUUUUACUGAUCAUUUCAAUUCUUUUUAAGUGCUUUAAGCCAAAUCUAGUAUAUAGAAAUUUUCAUUUAUUUGCUUCCAUGCAUUUGUUUUUAAAGAAAAGUAUGAAUACAGCCUUUUUACUGUUUGUAAGAAACAUUUACAGAAGCAGGCUUAGAGUGCAGAGAUGCAUGUCAGUAUUCAGAAUUCAUAUUUCCCUUGAACAGAUGAUUGUGAUAAAAAUGGUGCAUGGUGUGUUUUCAUUGCCUGUUGAAAGACUUGCAUGCAGUUAAAAUAAGCAUUUUGAUGGUGGUUGAAUUAAGAGUUUUUUUUGUCAGUCUCUUCUCAUCAUGGAUGAUUAGACUAAAAUGUCUGCUUGUCUUGACUUGAGAUCACCACAGCUUCAGAUAACAUGCUUUGUGAUUGAAGGUCGAAAUAUUUUGAAUUCUAAUAGGCUGCCAGAUGAAUUGCUUGAAAUAGACUGUAAAAUUUCAAGGCUUCCUUUUCCAUCUGCUGUGAAAAGAACCAUUGGGAAUGGUCGAGCUUGAUGAUCAUAGAAUUACUGGAUGGUGAUUCUAAAACCCUCAAAGGGAAGUUGCUAUGGCGAUCUAGUUCCAAACUGUGAAAUGAUUCACCUUUGAAAGGCUUCAGGGUCUGAGAAGCUGAACACAUCAUUGUUCAGGUGGUCAUUGGUUAGGAAAUUGCUGGUGCCUGUGUAAUCAGCACUCCUGUGGUAGUUAACGAUCUAAAAAGGUUUGUUCUGAAUGAUGUGGGACAACAGCAAUAUGCAUGAGAUGGCUUCUCAAUCUUAGUUUGUUAGUCUGGUGCUUGUAAAAAUAUAGUCAACUAAAUGCGGGAGAACAGAACUGCUUUAUCUGGAAGCCUUUUUAAAGACAGAAAUUUGCUCCGUGAUGGAUGUGGCAUGUAAAGUGGAUAGAAGUGGAAAUACGGUCUUCUAGCAUCCAUCUGGGCAAAAAUCCUUUUUAAAUGAAUGAAGGGAAUAUGGUGUGUGCAUUGGGUGGGGUAUUCAUAAUCACAUUUUUUUUUAAAAAAAAUUGUAAUACCACUAAAAUGUGAUUUUAUUGUAACUCAGGAUCUACACAAUAUUUAGAAUGAGCCCUAUUACCAAGCAAAUCCCAAUUGUUCUUGGUCCUUCAAGGAAAUACGCUGGUUACAUUCUGCUUAUGAAGAAGUAGACUACAAUUGAGUUGGGGUGUUGAGCAAGGAUUUAAACGUUUUUGGUUAUUUGGCAUCUUGUUGUUCAAGAUGGAGAAGCUAAGAACCUCAGCUAGCAAAGACCCCAGUUUGCUGUUAUCAGGAAGGAUGGACCUGUGUUCCUUACACAGCUGACUUGCCAACGUUCACUUAUUUAUUUAAUUUGUAUAUUGUCCAGUAACACAUGUUCUCUGGGUAGUUUACAAGUGUAAAUUCAGACAAUGAGGUAUAAAAACAGGACUUGAAAUCUGAAACAAAAACAAAUCUAUAUAUAAAGGAUGCCAAUUCACAAUGAUAUUAAAGGUAGUGACGGAUCCUACAAUACGGGAAGGAAAUAAAUUUAUGGAAAGAAAGUUUCCCUUCUUCUCUGCUUCAAGCAACCUUUUAUUUUAUUUUAAAAAUUUUGUUUCCAAAAUACAAACACAAAGAACAAAAUGGUUACAUAAUGCUGUUACCAACAGAAGGUGAUGAUGUAUGUAAGAUUCUUUGGCAUCUUGACAAUUUUCUGUAUAUUUUAUCCUAAUAUUACAGCUUGUACUUAAUUUCCCUAAUCUGAGGAAAGCCCACUGUGAACAAUGUGUUUGAUCAGUCAUGGAUGGAUUGCUGCUGGGGAGAGUGGGUAGUUGCCCAAAUUGAGACACCUACUGGUUUGGGGCUGUAGCAGAUCCUGCCUCCCCACCAAGGCUUUUCAGGAGACUUGGGAACCACAGGGGUGAGGAAAAGAUAGAGAAGUUUUCUUCCGUUAGCUUUUUGCUGUUCACAUUUUAAGAUCCAAGCAAGCAUCUUCCAGACUUCAAAAUCUCCUUUUACAGAUUAAUUGGCAGAUUCUAAUCAUGCUCUCAACAGUCCCAUUUAGGCUGCAAAGUUGAUAACUAGUUAAUUGCAACAUGCAAAAACUGUAGUUCUGGUUGAGACUGCUUGAAUUUGCUAGGCCAUUCACUAUUGACUGGAUCAACCUUUUCAGAUGUUUCAGCAGCUAGAAAAGCAUAUUUCUUAGUUCUCAUCACCCUUUCUUAAAAAGAAAAUGCCACUAUUAGCAUCUGAACAGUUGAGUGCUCCUCUUCCAUAGCAGAUCACUAUGCAACAUCUAUGCACCUGCAAUGAUUGCAGAAUUUACUCAAUUUGUGCCCUCUUUCAAAAUGGCUAGAUAACCCUUCCCCAUAAUCAGGUAUUAUUAUCCAGUUACUCUACUCUCUCUACUUUAUCCCCUGCAUAGCUCCUGUGCCCUACCUCAUUGCUUCAUCUCCAAUAUGAGAUAAUUGAACUAAUGACCAUUAGAGGCCCAUGAUCCCAAUGAGGUUGGAGAACACACUUUGGCAAAUCUUGGAUCUCCUUCUGACUUACACACACAUGGUCUAAAUUGUUCUCCUGUGCUAGUGCCCCACUUCAUAUUAGGCAUUUUUAUCUUUUAGCCCUGCCCUGGUUUGAGAACAACUGGGUUAGUUAUCAUGAUGACUAAGCUCUUCCCAUUCACCAGCAGUGCAUUUCUGACAUAAAUUUAGUACUUGCAUAUUAUUAGUCUUACCGUUCAUAAAAGUAGGGGGAAUUGGGACAAAGAGAUCCUCUCUGAUCCUUGCAAGAUGAUGGUAGAUGGGGUGGGUGGGUGAGUAAGCUAGCAUUGCUAUCACUCAAACCUAUACAGUACAUAUUUACUUGGAAGCACUUCAGAGCCUUUGUCCUAGUUCUUGUGUGUUUCUUAUUUGUCACUGGCUGGGUCCCUUGAGCCUCCCUAAAGGUUAUUACAAUCUAAUAGAAUUUCAGUUAACAGAAUAAUCUCUCUCUCUCUCUCUCUGUGUGUGUCUGUCUGUCUCUGUGUAUAAUGUAUGUACAUUACGUAUAAAAUGUGUGUGUUUGUAUGUGUGUGUGUGUAUAGAUAUAUAUAUAUAUAUAAAUUGCACAUACUAUAAGUUACUAGUUCAUUAGAACCAGUGAAAAAUUGAGAAUUAAAAUAUGCUUUGGUGGCACAAACUCUAAACAGGACUUGUAAAUCAAACAAAAUGAUUAUUUCCAAAGUCACUGAGUACUUCCAUUUAAACUAUAUUUAUACAUAAUAUUGAAAAAAAAUAUCUAGUUAACUUUAAAAUAUGUAAGUUCUUGCCAUUUAGGGUUCUAUGAAGCUGAUCAUCAAGAGGGUUGCAAAUCAUUGACUGUUUCUAUUUUCAGAAUUCCACAUCCCUGAGUAAUUUGCUUUAAUUUCACCCAAUCUAACCUAUACUUCACACCGUCACCAUUCAGCUCUUAAUAGCUAUGUUCUGUGCAUAAGAAAAGCAUAUAAAUGUCCACAAUUACACUGCAAAUGAUUACAACUAGUUAGUGUUUUAUGAAGCACUGUAGAACCAAAGUUAUAAAGUAUUUGAAAAAUUAUUCUCCCGAAGGCAUUUGUCAAGAGAAUUUUCUUUUUCAGCUAUAUAUUUAACUUGUUGACAUGCAUGCCUCUAGCUGGAAAAAAAUGUUCAUUCUUACAAAAUGCUGAAGUAGAGAUUGCAUAAAUUGACUUUUAAUUCUUUCAGCAUAUGUUUAUGUGUUAUCCUCUUUACAUAGAAAUUUAUUGUCAUGGAAUCAAAGCUAGACUUCCACUCUGACUUCACAAUAUUAUCUCCCACGAAAUUUAUUCUGGUCUCAGAUUCUAUACUUUUAUCGAACAAUUCUGGGAAGAUAGUGUGUUAGCCUGAGAGAAGGCAUUCCCUCCUUUCAACUGAAAGUUUUGAGCAGGUUUUAAAAAGUUUAUUGAACAGGUGCAUCAUAAUACUAGCAAUUGGACUGAGCAGCCAGUGUUUUAUCUUUCCCAAUUACUGGAAGCUGUCUGCGGACAAACGCUGACUCUCUCGGCCAAUAUGAGCGCCACAACCCCAGAGUCGUCCCCAACUGGACUUAACGGUCAGGGGUCCCUUUUCCUUUAAUUACUGAUGAGUUAGGGGGAAUAACUUUGGCUUCAUCAAGAGGAAGCCAAAGCAAAAAUGGACAGAAAUGCUGGGAAAGUAGUUCAGGUCACUUAGCCAGUGUUUUCUGCCUAUAACCUGAUUAAACCAAGAAUGAGCUUUUCUCUUUUUUGGCAGAGUUGAAGCAAGAGCAAAGAACUUGCAUAAAUACUUUCCAGGCCUUGGAUCCAAUAUUAGAAACUGGGGUAGGAAUGCUAGGAACCAUGUGGCUCCUGGGACCUAGUUUGUGGGCACCAAAACAAAAGGUCUAGGGACCUAUUGUUGUUGUUGCUGCUGCUGCUGGUGCAUCAGGUGGUCAGCAGGGUAGCACGGUAGGAAAAAGAGGCUUUUGCUACCUCUGUACCCUGCCAAACACCUGAUUCACCUGGCAGAGCAGUGAAGAGCUGUUUGGCGGGGAUAGUUCUGCAGCAAAAGAUGUGUGUCUUCUGCUGCCAUUGUGCCCGGCAGACCAGCUGACUGCAGCCAGGCAGGUGGAGAUGCUAGGCUUCAAGGGUGACACCUGACAUCUCCAACGAGUCACAAAAGGCCGGUUGCCAGUUGCAAAAUGCUACUGGAGUCUGGCAAAUUUGAAUGCUGCUUGGAUCUAGAUGUCUUUUGCAUGAUCAGAAAAGCACUUGUACAGUACAGGCUUGCCAAAUUCCUCCAGUUUUCCCAUUCUUCUACAGCCCCCUGUAGCCCAUCCUACACCAUUUUAGGUGGAGCAUCAAGUGGGGUGUUUUUUGGGGGACGAGGAAUAGAAUAGAAUAGAAGCCAGGAAAUCCUUCCUGUGCAAACAGAGGUCUGCUUGAUUGCCUCUGGAUCCCACCUUGUGGUUUCAUUUUCACAUUUCUCCUUCUGUGAGAGUCCAAAUAUCCAGCCAGGCAACUCUUAUGUCUCUGCAUCAAUAGCCACAGGUUACAGGUCAUUUGUUUGUUAGAGAGCAAUUCAUCCCUCAUGCUCGCUAAGCAGGGGGGCCAACUUGAGAAAAAUAUUGUGGUGGCCCAGGUAAGCCUCACCCCUGCAUCACAUGAGGCAAUGCCCACACACAAUUUGAAUGGGAAUGCCCAUCAACUUUGUGGGGCCCCCGCCCCCUCAAACAUUUUAUUGGGGGAUCAAGCCCCCAUGGCCCCUAGGUGUUGGCUCCUAUGUUGCUGAGCUUUCCCAAGGUAUAUAUAGAAGCUACAGUAUACUUACAUUGCAGCCUAAUGUUUUGUAGCUGAAUUGGUAUUUUUUCAUCUACAGAAUGUAUCAAAAGAAAGAGACCAGUUUCUUUCUAAUGAAAGUAUAAAAGUGAAAUAAGCAAAUUGGUAGGUAAAAGGGACAUGUUUAGAAAAAUGUGAAAGAGCAGAUCUGUCUAUUGGACCAUAACAGUUAUUUAUUCCAUGUUUGCUUAGAGACAUAAAUAUCAAAAGUGAAUUGGUGCACAUAUUAUUUUAGUUUUCUGCAUUACUUUCCACAGUAGACAAAGCACAGGCUCCUUCAUAUUUAAGUCAAACUAGUUUCCUGUGCUGUAUCAUAAAACUUUCAGUCCAAUCAGCAACUGCAUUUAAAUACUGCAAAUUGUAGCAGCAAAACAAUAAUUCUGCUGAUUAGCCCCUUUCCAUUUCUUGUAAGUGAACUGUUUAUGCUGUUGAGUACCUUUUGAAAAAAGAAAAAGCCAAAACAGCCUUGAUUAGUCAAGGAGUAAUUGGAUGACUUGAUUUUAGCAAGAGAAUGAAUUGGUUGAUGAUAGCCUGUAACUAAGUGUAGUGGUUCUGUUCAGAGGAAUACAUAACAUAGAGUCAUCAGAUCUUGACAGGUAUAACAUAAGCACUGGCAAAAUCUCUGGAUGUUUUGAAAUAAUUGUCAUAUGGACGGUGUAAGAAAUGGCAGAAGAGUGUGCAUAUUGUAGAAUAUAUCUGAAGGCAACUUAUAAUUUAAAGUGUGCAUACAAAAUGUAGAUAGAUUUUGCCAUACUAAAAUAUGGGGGUGGGGAGAAGCAAGGUAGACUGCUAAGAAUGUCUUAGAAGAUCAUGGUGCUUUUACUAUAGUGCAGAAAGAGAAAAUUCAGCCUGUGAUUGAGAAAAAAAGUGCUGUUGGUGAGGUGUGGUCCUUAAGGAUGGGAAAAAGGCCCUGAAUAAAGCUACAUAGAGUAAGGAAAGAACUCCGUGUAAAGAAAGUGUUGCUGCUGAAUAUUUGUGGUUAUUUAAAAGUUCUGCUUAGGUGAAUCAUGAAUUGGGCAAGGAAAGGAGGAGGAAUGCACAGUCAUUGAGACUGCUCCUCAACAUUUUAUCAAGAUCAAAGGAGUAAAGCGAUGAAGACAAACUGGAGAUGGUGUGAGGUGGGAUGCUGGAAUUGUUUGCUCCUGGCAAUGAUGCAAGAAAGGGAAUUUGCUAUCUGAUAGGGGUCAAACGAACUACAAGCGUACUCUUUUGAGGCAGACUUACUGUGUGGCCCAUGCAAAGCUGGGAUUUCAGAUCAAAUGGAAUUGAGUUGCUUAUUUGGUUUAUUAAAAUCUGUAAUGGUUUCCUUACUUGUUGUUGUUGGAAGGUGUUCUUGCACCUAUUUAGAUAAAGAUGGCCUUUAUAAAUGUUCACAUAAUUUCUUCGUUUCAUACAUUAGGCAUGGUUCCAUGGUUUCAAUAGGGGCUUGCUUAGGAAUUUUGAGCCUAAACAGGAAGAAAACUUGUGCUUUCUAUGUCUGUGUCACAGGAACAUCAGUCAUUGAAUCCUUCUUCCUUCUCUUGUGACUGUGUCCUCCAAGAGGCAGAAUAUUGCUCUUGCAUUUGAGAGUUGUACUCUCAGUGUACAAACUCAGGACUUGCUUGUACAAAGUGUACAGGAAUUAUAAUUGCCUGUUACUGUACAAAGCCUUGCAUGGAGGGAUAUGGCUUACCCCGCUUUUAGAUCUGUCUCUGCAAAUAUCCAAGAAAACUUCUUAAAAAUAGCCCGUUGAUGGUUCUUGACUCCAGUCCACCUUGCACAUAUAAAUAGACUUGUUUCCCCUAUGUGUUGUGAGGGGAUGUAAUGAAAAUGGAAGCUAUUAGCACAUGUGACGGUGUUGUAAACAUGUAUACACAUUUUGGGAAAAGAUGAUGAAGGAAAUCUCUGAAGUAAUAGUUUUACCAGUGCCUUUAAACCCCAAAAUUAUGUCUUUUAUCAAUAUGCACUUAAUGUGUAAACAACAUGCAAGUUUUCUGUUAGUAGAUUUUGUUCUACCAUAUUACAGGACUGGAAAGAAUCCUCAGAUUUUUCUUUAAAUAUUUGGUUUAAUAAAGUUAUUUUUAUCCUCAUUUCUGAAAAAAAAGACUAAUAAAUUACAGAUAUCUCAGGUUGCAGCGAAACCUAUUGGGUUUGCCUCCAUUUGGCAGCCAUUUGUUAUUUAUAUCAUAUUAUGCCAAUUCUGGGGAUGGCAAACCUUGGUGAAAUAUGGCUUUAUUUGAUAUUCAUAACCCUUUUUUUGUGCAGUGGUACCUCUGGUUACGUAUGCGUCGGGUUACGAGCUCUGCUAACCCGGAAGUAGUUGCUCCUGGUUGCUACCUUUGCCUCAGGAUGUGAGCGGAAAUUGCGUGCCGGAGGCGCCAUUGGCAAAAGCGUGCCUCUGGUUGAGAACGGUUUCCGGUUACGAUUGCACCUCCGGAACAGAUUAAGUUCGUAACCAGAGGUACCACUGUAUUCUCUUUGUAUCACAUCAGUUUUAUAGUAACAUACAAUUUGUUGCAUUGUCUCUAGAAAUUGUACUUUCUUUUAGGUGGUAACGGCUGUGAAACCAGUUUCUUGUUUUGUAUAGGUUUUCUUUUGUAUUUUUUACAGAACUGCUAUUUCAACUUCAUAAUAUAAUUUUGAUUAUUUAUUUAUUUAUUUAUUUAAAGAAUUGGGUAGAUGACCUGUUUUAUAUGGGAAUAUUUAAGGAACAGUUUUCUCACUGGAGGCUCAAGUGGCUUCAGUGAUACAGAGUGCCUUUUUUCAGCUUCAUUUGGUUUGCCAUUCUACAGUCAUUCCUGGACAGAGAUAGCCUGUGCUCUGAUAGCUACCUAUUUUGGUUUACUGUAAUUGCACCCAACAGUCUACCACUGAGAUACGGGUGGGGCUGUAAUUCAAUAAAAGAGCAACUGCUUUACAUGCAGAAAGUCCCAGGUGUGAACCCUGGAAACAUUGGUGGGGUGCUUUACAUGGCCACCAUAACACCUGACAGUCAGCUGAUCGUUGGGUCUUGUGAAGCCCUUAUGAAGUGCCCCACAAGACCUGAUCAGUGCUGUGGACUGUGUAUUUGUUUGCAUAGUUGGAUUUAAAAUCAUGUGGGUUAAUAAGUGUUGACUGAUGUCAUUAUUAUGUCACAUUUAGCCUGCAAGGGGUGGGAUAGAUAACAGUCUGACCUACUGGACAGAUCCAGUUCACCACUUCUGCUUUAUAUGUCAACAGAUGCAAAACGUGUGAAGGGUAAUAAUGUACUAUAAUGUUGCAAUGUUCAGUGAAUUUGUUUGUGACUUCCUCUGUUAUCAUACAAAACUUACCCUUCAGAGGCUUUGACAAGCAUUUGCUUCCAGAAAUGGAACUCACUGAGUGCUUGUAUGAAUGAUACAGUAUUCAGUGUCCUACCUAAUGCAGUUUGUACUCUUUGAAGCAACAGCACCACUCAUUUGAUUGAUUAGUUCUGCAUUCUCUUGCAGUGCUUUCUGCAUAUCAGACAAUAUUUUCCAGAUCUUCUCUGCAAAUGUAAAAAAGAAAAAGAAAGCAUUUUUGUCAAUCUACACAGGACACAUAUUCCAGAGAAUGAUGUGUAUUCUAAUUAUGUGUACAUCUGUUCAUUGGAUGUUGUGCUGAACUAUAAUAUGGUUCCUCUUACAAACUCUUGAUUUCAGAACCCUGAAGGCCAUAUUCUGGAGCUCUGUUUCUAAAAGUUGCAAGUGCCGCAGUUACUCAUGGAGUUCCCUUCAUCAAGCCACCUUGAGCAGCAUUUGGUAGAAUGUGAGCUACAAAUGUAACGAAUAAAGUAAUAAUAUCAUUGUAGUACUAUCUUAUUGCCCUGUUCCAGUGUGGCACACUGUGUAUUGGAUGGAGGACCAUGUGUAUAACCAGAUGCGGCACAUGUAUUUCCCCUAUCUAAUCCAGUAGCUGGGAGUGCAUUCCUGGAUUUUAGAGUACUGAAGAGAGCUCUGGCUAGGAUGGGGAGUCUCUCAGUUCUCAUUGUAGAUGGUAUAUUGGUCACUACUCAUCAGUGCAAGUUUUAUUUGAUGUCAGGGACUGGUUGAAGCAAUGGUGGAAGGAACCAGUUGCGGAACCCUCAAGGGAAGAAGGCUCAGAGCCCGGGGAUUGGUGGUGGGACGACAAUGAGUGGUCAGAGGGCAAAAACAGGGAGGAGGAGGUGUUGGAAGCUGAAGAGGUUACAGGGCUUAAUGAUCAGUGAGAGCCUGUGGCAGAGAGAAGUCCAGAAUCAGAAGCUGAUGCAGGAAAGUGGGAUGAGGGAGGCCAAGAUGAGUUUGACUAGUGAAGCGGCAUGGGUGCCUCCCCCUCCUGCUGCGACAAGCUCCUGUCCCCACUAGUCUACCAGAACCAGGAGAGGCAUGAAGAGGGCAGAGGAGAAAUUCGUGUCACAUAGGCACAGUCCCAGAUUGCUUAGGGAAAACCCUGGAGAGGAGGUGACUUUAGGCAGUUGGGAGGGGAGGGCCUGGGACCUUCUGGAGAUUACUUGCUGUGCUCAUUAGGCCUGGCACUGCUGUGAAAAUCCUGUUCCCUCCUCCUAAUAAAGAGUUUACUUCUCUUUACUGCUGGCUUGUUAACAGUCAUUCAGCCUUGUUUAACUAUGUUUUUAAAAAGCCAUUUUUUUUUGUCUAGAAAUAACACUUAAAUAAGCUGCCUGAUACUUAGUCAGCCUGUUGAUCCAUCUAGUUAAUUGUUGUCUGUGCUGACUGGCAGCAGCUCUCUAGGAUUUCAGGCAGGAGUCCUUUCCAGCCCUACCUGGAGAUUUUGGGGAUCUUCUGCGUGUGAAGCAGCUGCUUUGUCAUGAAGCCACAACCCUUCUGCAUAACACCACCUCCUUGUCCUCCUUCCUCAGGCUACAGAGAAACACAAGCUUGAUGUAAAGCAUUUUGCAUAUGAUUCAUAAACAGCAGAUACCGUAGUUUUCCGAGUAUAAGACUAGGUUUUUUUCAAUAGAAAAGAAUGUUCAAAAUUGGGGGUUGUCUUAUACACGGAUAAUGCAGAGGGGGCACAGGAGAUUGGUUGGAGCCACGAGCAGGAGAUUUUCAGCGGCGAUUGAGCAGGUGACUGGCGGCUGCAGCAAGGGCUGUUGUUGAUUGGCUGCCACUGCGGCAAUUGUGCGGGUGAUUGGUGGCUGCUGGUGGCGAGCAGGCAGACGAUUGUUGUCUUCGGCAAUGCGUGAGAUUGGCAGUGGCGUUCUGGCGGGUGAGUGAUUUUCAGCACCCCCCCCUCCAAAUCUCAACAACUUUGGGCAAUCCCCCCCCCAAAAGCUUAACAACUCUGGGCAAUCUCCCUCAUUUUCUGACUUUGGAGUCCCCAAAAAUAUGGGUCGUCUUAUACAUGGGGGCAUGUUAUACAUGGAAAAAUACGGUAAUUCUGGGAAGAUAGUUGAACUGGUGGCUUGUGACUGCUUUUGCUUGGUGGGUGAUCUCAAGAAUUCAGGGCUAAAUGCAUACACUCUCCUCUUCACUGGACAUUCACAUUGUCCCCAAAUGGGAAAGGGACACAAACUAUUGAUGCUUUCCCACCACUAUAUGCUGUGUGCAUAAGGAGUCUGGCAAGGCAACUCCUUUUGUUGGCCAGGUGACAUUAGUUUGAGUAGUUGCUAAUCUGAAGUUGUUUUUGUUUGUAAAAUACAUUUCCACGAUAUGUGGGGAAAUGCUACAAAAUGUAGGAAAGGUUUGAUGGCCAUCGAUCAAGGAUGAAGUACUAGUACAUUUCCUGAACUGGCAGAGAGUUGGACCUUUAAGAGUCUUACCAAAUCUGCUAGACUGUGUUAGUUGAAUGGAAAAGGCAAGGGGAGGGGGUAAGAAUGCAUCUACUCAUGGAAUCUGAGAGAGAAGUUGCAAGUUCUGAGGAUUUGCAGCCUAUUAUCUCUUCUGUGGUUAGCUGAUAAGAUUUCACUUGCUGUAGGUUGUUUUUGUUGUUUUUGUUUUGUUUUUACAAAUGAGAAAAUAGUUUCAGCAAAUUGUUAGUAUAGGCUCUCCUAAAAUUGUACAUUGUGAUUACUAUACAUAUUUAAGCUAGACCCUAUCAGUUCAUUUGUAUAAAUAAAAUGUUAAAGAAAAUUAUUAUUACAGUCGUUCAUUAGUAUAAAUAAAUGUUUAAGAAUGUUGUUAUUAUUUUUUCAGUAAUAUAUAAUAACCUGCAAUUAUUAGAAUACAUUGAUAACAAAAUAUGUAAUAAUAAUAACUAUUAUUAUUAUUAUUAUUAUUAUUUAUAAUUUCACCCUUCACCAAAUCAUCCAAGGGUGGUUUAUGCACAAUUACAAGAAUGAAAAGAGUAAAUACAGAAAACUAGCAGCUAACACUGGGGUAAGACAGUUUAAGCAUAUAACGCCAAUCCUGACUUGAUUGCACUGGCUGCCUGUUAGUUUCCAGGUCAAAUUCAAAGGGCUGGUUUUGACCUAUGAAGCCUUAAAUGGCUCAGGACCACAAUACAUCAACAACCACCUCUCCCCAUAUGAACCAACCAUGACCCUGUGAUCAUCAUCUGAGGCCCUUCAAAAUGUGCUGCCUCCAUGAGAGAUCCGGAGAGUGGCAACAUGAGAAUGGGCCUUUUCUGUGGUGGCUUCCUGAAUGUUCUCCAGAGUGAAGCUUGCCUGGUGCUUUCAUUACAUAUAUUUAGGUGCUAGGCAGAAACAUUCCUCUUCUUUCAGGUCUUUGGCUUAAUAAUAAUAAUAAUAAUAAUAAUAAUAAUAAUAAUACCACCACACCCAUCUGGCUGGAUUUCCCCAGCCACUCUGGGUGGCUUCCAACAGAAUAUUAAAAAUGCGGUAAAACAUCAAACAUUAAAAACUUCCCUAAACGGGGAAUUCCCUAAAUUAAAUAAUCAAUGGCCUUUUAAGCUCUCUCUCUCUCUCUCUCUCUCUCUUUCUCUCUCUUUCUCUCUCUUUCUCUCUGUGUUAGGGUUGCCAUAUUUUAAAAAGUAAAAACCAGGACACUCCAAAAGCUGUUGAGUUGUUUUUUAAAAAAACAAAACGAGAUUUUUCGAUUCAUUUGUGAAAGUUGCUAUGCUAUGUGAUUUUCUCUUUUUGCACUUUGAACUGUCCUGUGGUCCUUGGAUGAAGGGCGAUAUUAUUAUUAUUAACAGUAAUAAAUAAGAAGAAUAAACAUGUUUGAAGAUCAGGAGGAAUAUUUUAAAUUUAGUGUGGAAAAAAAUUGGUAGGUGAUGGAGCAGAUGAUAAAGAAUGAAAAUUCGCUAGAUAUGAUGAGCAAAAAUUUAAUAAGGACCAUGGAAUUCACAGAAAUUAAUGUGUGUGAGAAAGCGGCAUAGAAUAUUACAAAAGUUAAAAUGGGAGAUGAUACUUCUAAGGCUAUGGUCCAGGUUAACAUCAACAGAGAGAGAGAGAAGGUAAAAAAUAGAGAUAUUCCAAAAGAAGAAACACUUACUGGGAUUUUUGCCUUUGAACAAUGUUGUACCUUUCAAUGUCCACAUGGCAAAAUGCAUCUGAUUUGCCCUCAGUAUGCUAAUUGAGAAGCUGCUGUUAAUGAUUCCGGUUGUGUAAUUAGGACAAAUUUUUUUUAGCUCUACUGUUCCAUGGGUCCUGAGGUGUAAGUAUUGUGACAUUCCCCAUGUGAGGGGAAAGUGAUGUGUGAAUUGUCUCAAAAUAUGGAAGACUUGCAUCUCUCUAAAAAUAUGUAGUAGAUGUUCCUUUAUUUUUUAUGACCUCAUAUGAAAAUACAGUAGCUAGCAUUCAUUCUUUAAAAUGUUUUAAAGUCUCAUUUCUAGAGUCAGUGGGAUUGUUACUAAAUAGUGCCUAAAAUUUAUGUUGCGCAUUAAUUCAUGACUAGGUCUAAAUUUUUAAAUUAUAGUUUGCUACUAAGACAUAUUUUUAAUUUUUGUUUUCAUGCUAUUAUUUAUUGAUAACUCAAGAGUAUCUCAGUUGAAUUACAUUGCCACAUUAUGUCUUUAGAGGGGCAUAAAGUCAGUACACAUGCUUCAGUAAUAUCUGGUUGUUUUACCCUUAUGUUUCCAUUGGCAAUUUGAAAUUAUGGCUUCAACUGCACUUUAAAUAUGUGAUAAUAGCAUGUGUUUCUAAUAAGGGCCAGCACCAUUUUGUUGAGAUAGUGUGAAUGGUUGUCACUCAUAUAUGACAAAUGCACCUUCAUCUGCUUCUUUGAUGGCCCCCUAAAAACCGUACCCUCAAAUCAGACCGAUGAAAUUAGCUGCUGUGUAAAUUGUGUGUCUGAGUGGUUCAUUAUCUAAUCACCGUCAGAACCAUAGUGAUAAAGUAGUUUGAAGCAGAGAAGAGGUCUGCCAGAUGAUUUCAGGCCUCCCCCCUUUUUUGUAAAUCCUGUUUCCCUUGGAAACCCAUUAGUACUGUGUAGAACUUCAGAAUUCUUUGACAUAAACUUCAUAGCAAUUCUAAUGUUUACUGUGUCUAAUGAGUGACUUAAAAUGUUCCUAUAUUAUUUUGAACCAUUUAUUUAUUAAGUGCUAUAUAAAAAAUACUUUUAUUUGGCCACCUCUAAUACAUUGUAAGAUGCAGUGACUGAAAAUACUGAAGAUUACUGACAGAUUUCUUGUUUGAAAAACACUUAAAAUGCUUGUCAUUAAGUUUUGCUCUGCCCUGGUGCCUAUGACUGGUAGAUUGUUUCUACUUUGUGUAUCUUUCUUUCGUCGUCGUCCCCCCUCCACUCAGAAUACUGCUUAACAUCUGAAUUUUGCUCCCCCUCAAAGGAUCAUUUGAUGAUGAUGAUAUCACACACAUUGAAGGAAGUGUUGCACCUGUUCGUGACAUUGAAAUAAUACAUGAAGAACUUAGGCUAAAAGAUGAGGAAAUGAUCAUGCCCAUUAUAGACAAACUAGAAAAAGUGGCUGUACGAGGAGGUGACAAGAAAUUAAAACCUGAAUAUGUAAGUAAGAAUUUCUUCAAUUUUUAAAAUAUUUUUUUCUUGUGUAGGAAUGAUUUUACACAGGCAUGGUGCUUAUCAGCUGCAGACUGGGAAAAAGGUGCUAGUCUCAGUUUUAAGACACCUCAACUUUCUACCUCAAAAUUAUUCCAUCUAGUACGUAACGUGUUGCAAUGUGUUAGUUACCUCAAUUCUAGUUGCAUAUGUAAAUGGUGACUGAGUAAAACAGUUCAAUAGUGAGGACCAUUUGCUAUGCCUAUUUUUAAAAAUUGCUUGGAAAUGCUGUACCAGUGUUUUCAUCCUCAGUUUCCGAUUCUACUACUUAAUGUAUUUUAGGAGAAAUCAUAAUUGUUCUGGUCUCUAUACUUUCCACACUGUAUUUUGCAAAAAUACUCCUCAUAUGUUCUGCUCUUCUAUUCAUAUUUCUUUAGUUAUUUCUGUAUCUAAAAUUUGGUCUUUGUAUGAUAUGUAUUUGUAUACCAAUUCCAAAGUACACAAUAGGUUGUAUUAAUAGAAUUGCAAGCACCCCUUCUUCUGACUCCCAGAAAGCCCCUCCUGAUCCUCAGGAGACCCACUGGAAUGAAGGGGGGGGCGACUGAAAUUUUGUGCAGCUCUCAUACUCAUCCCACACAUUUUAGAGGCUCCCCCAAGCUUUAAGAAUGGAUUUUUGGGGAGUGCAGUAGGAAGAAGAAAUUCAUUUGUGUGAACAUCUUCAUGCUCACAUUUCCAAUAAUACAAUCUAAUAUGGGUAUUGCAUCUGAUUUCACAUAUAAGCUUCUCAUUAAAUAUUUUAGAACAGCAAGUUGUAUUCACUGUGGUUUAAGUAUUGAAAGUGGUAUAGUAACAUGAACACUAUUGAGCUAUAGAUUGAUUUCCAUGAAGGUGAAAGGGUACCUUAUUUCAGAAUUCCUAUAUUAAUCACAUUGUUAAUUGGAAUAAUAUAAGUGAUUGUAUAUAUCCAGGUAAGUAAGACUGUCAGCCUGGCUGUUUGAUGUUAGAAAUCUAGAUGUAGUCACAAUCUAAAUUCAAAUAAAUUGCUAUAAAUAACAUAAUAUCCUCUCUGUAUAUUUAAAAUUUUGCUCACCACAGUUAAAAAUCAAGAAAACUCUAUAAUUUUAGUGCUUCUGAAAGGACAAAGGGACAGGAUAGUUUCUAAAAAGAAGAAGAAAACCAGUGCAGGUGGCAGAACAUGAUAAAAUGCUACAAACAGGAACAAGACAAUUGUGUCUUUGAAGCGGUGAAUUGAUUCCAGGGCCUUCCCAUGGACAUUGUUUCCAGACCAUUUGGAAAACCUGAAGGAGGAUUUGAAGACCUCUGGAGAUAGAAGGACUCUUGUUUCUGCUCCGAAGAGGAGAUUUGUGGUGGUAGUUGGUGACCCCACUACUGAGAGGGACCGAGACAAUAGCUUGUCCUCCUGACAAGUUGUGGGAUGUUUGUGGUCUCCCAGGUGUGUGCAUUCAAAAUGUCUACAGUCUACUGACCGCUAUCCCUUCCUGUGGAUCCAUGUGGGAACAAAUACUCCUGCUAGGCACAGAGUUGAAAGUGUUACAAGCCCCUGGCUCUGGGUAGGAAGAGGAAGAAUAUUGGUGCAUGGGUGGUGUUUUUGUCACUUUUCCUGUUGAAGGUUAUGUCUAAGGAAGAGAGAGAAUACUGGCUAUGAAUUUGGUAUCAUUAGGAAAGGUUUGAAUUCUUAGAACAUGGUUUAUGCCAGGAUGGGCAGACUGUGGUCCAGAUUCAACUAACUCAUUUUGUUAGUGGAAGCCAGCUCAAGGAGUCCUGCUCGUGCAAGGGGCUUUCCCCAUUUGCUUCCUCCUUUGUGCAGCUGCUGUCCCAUCUCCCAAAUCUGUACUGGAGGGAGGGGAGAACCCCCAGAACAGCCCAUAGAAGAGGGAAGAUUGUUCCACUGGGAAGGCAGAAAUGCUUGCACUUACGGAAUGAUUUCCUUGGUACUACGUUGAAUUCUACCCAACUCUAAGAAUUAAGGGCAGGAUCGCUCUGAGCACCUGCUUACUCCAGAACAAAACUCCAUUCUCUUCAACAUUUGUAAGUUCCAGCAGCCUAAUUUAGCACACGUCUGGGAAGCCUUUUAGUUAUUGCUGCUGUUAGACGAUUGGGAUUCAAAACUUGCCGAUGAACUGCAAAAUCACCUGGACAUCUACCAGUGGACCCUGAUAUACCUUCUGCCUGGUCUUUACUUUCAAGGGCAAGGACAUUUGGCAGAAGUUGGAUUUGGACUUUUGGCAGAGGCACAUGACAAAGGUUUGGAAGUACAGUAUGUGUUUUGCAGGAGUCUCCCAAGCUUCUUCAGAAGGUAUUUAAAUGAUUCCUGCCAAGGGGGGGUGGGGUGGCAAUGAGGUGCUAGACAGCAUGACUCCAUGUACUACCAGGAGAGUGAGUGAAAGUGGGACCAUGAUGAAAGUUCCCGCAGACAUAUAGGGAAAAACUGCAAGGGAAUUGUCAGUGUAUAGCACACAAUUGUUGAUGUCUCCAUACUAACAGACAUAUAUACACACAAUUUCCUUUUUAUAGCCUGGUAGAUUAAGGAAAUUAUGGGGGUGUAGUUUAUUUUGAUUUCGGCAAGACUUUGAAAAGGCCCCCAUGAUAAAUUUUUGACAAGCUGGUAGAAUAUGGGCUAGAUGCUGCUACUGCUGUUUGUGGCUGGUUGAUGGACUGUACGAGCCAAUAUCAAUGACUCCCUGUCACCCCGGAGAGAUGUGAUAGUACAGUUUUGUCCUGGGCCCAUUGUUUAACAUCCUUAUAAGUGAAUAGGAUGGAGAAGGAGAGGGAAUGCUCAUCAGAUAUGCAGAUGAUACCAAACUGGGUGAGUUAUGAAGAACCUGUUGGAUGAGGCCAGUCACUUCAAAAUCUUAAGUUCAGAAAUGGCAAUACUUUCCUUAAACAAAUAUUUAAAGUCAUGGGUAAACACAGUGGCGUAGCGUGGGGGGUGCAGGGGGGGCCGACCGCACCGGGCGCAACAUCUGGGGGUUAGGGUUAGGGGGCGCAAAUCCACUGGUUAUGGGGCGCAAAUCCACGGGUUAGGGGGCGCAAAUUACUUGCCUUGCCCCGGGUGCUGACAACCCACGCUACGCCACUGGGUAAACAGGAAAACAAUCAAGGUGUGUGUUUGGAAUGUGAAAGCUUGGUUACACUAUUGUUGACAGUUCAUCUUCUUUUUGAAAAAGGGAGUAAAGAGAGUUGGCCAUCCAAUUUUCUUAUUAUUAUUUUUGCUGUGGCAUGUGAUUUUAUUUUCAUGAUGCUCCUGUAGUCUGGCUGACCCCCCCCCCGAAAAAGAGUACAUGCACAUUGUUAAGCAUGGAGGAACAGACCUUUCUUCCUGCACAUAAUUACUUUGAAGUCUAAAGAUGGGGGUGAAAACAUAGUAUCAAGUUAUUUGUCUUUUAGUUUAAAGCAAUGUUAAGCUAACCAGAAUAAUUAAGUAUUUAUAGAAAACACUGUUAGUUAACAAAGGCAGUAAGUUAGAAUUUGUUUUUAAAAAGAAAUGAAGUUUAGUCCCUGUCUCUCACCCCCUAAAGCCAGAAAUGUAAAAUUAUCUGAAAUGCUGUUGUUGGCUCCCAACUCACACCUUUAUUCCAUGAAUAUAUGUACUAGAAAUGGGUACCUUAACUUGCUUAUCAAUGUUAUUGUUUGAUUAGGCUGUGAUUCAUGAUUUAAAAAAUCUUACCCUCUCAUUGUACUGUUAAAAUGUUACUGUUAAGCUAUUAAAUAUGUCAUGUGAGAUGUCCACAUUUCUCGUUUGUGUGACAGGCCUUUCUGCAUACUACCUCCUUGCUCUGAACUAGGUCUCAGUUCUAGGUGACAGAGUUGAUUUACAAGCUUUGUUCAAGUUUCUGAUCUGUUUUGGCUGCUUGUUCUCUUUUUAAUACUGUUUGGAUUUUUGGAAAUAAGUCACUGGUGAAAGAAUUCUCCUGUAUUUGCAGUGUAGCACAACAGGCCCUAGCUACCAUAAGCUUUUACAAAUGGAGGACCCCUGAGAGACAGAUCUAGUUUUCCUCUGGUUUCCCCAAAAGCUACUGUCAUCACUUUGCCAAACUUAAAAAUAGUUGUUAGAAUGUUGAAAUCCAGGAGAGAGAUUACAUCCAAACUAGCUAACAAGCACUUUGUUUUUGCAGAUGCCAUUAUGGAGCAAUUUAGGAUCCUACAGUCAGGAGCUCAUAUAAUAGCCUUGCUCCCCAAGCAAUCAUGCUAGCUUGAUGGUUAAGGAUUUCACAGGCUCUCCUGCAUUGAGUGAAUCUUGGCAGUUCUCAAGAAGGGCUUUGAAGUUUCCGCUGUGGCAGUUUUGCACAUUUAACAAUUCUCUGUUCACCAAGGUUGACUGGAGUGUACCUUAGUUUGGAGAGCAGAACCAGAUGUGCCCCAAUACCAUGAGGUACUGAGGCUUUCAGUCACAUUUGCCCAGUUUUCUUUUGGCAGGCAUUACGGUCCUUGGGGAGUUGCCUUUUGCCUGUCCUGGUCAAAGUAGGAAGAAAGUCUUCAUCUUGACAAGGCAGAGCUACAGAGCUAAGGGAGGUUCUGAAGGUCUGAGAUGGGCAGUGUGUUGUGUUAAAGAAUUCUUCAUUUGUCCAUGGACUUCCUGAGUAGGCUCUGAAUUGGGUAAUCAGACUCUGAUCUGUUCUCCUUUUGAAUUGACACUGCAGUUCGGAGGUUCUCAUAGGUGGGUGCACUGUCAGCCAAUAAGGAGUUGUGUAUCUUCGUCAAAAUGAAGUAUUGCUCAGGUUUUAGCCUUUGCAUGUGCUAAAAGUCAUGUUUUUCACAGGUCUUGGAAAUUAGAUUUACCAAAAGUCUGCACUCAUUCAAAGGAGGCAGCAAUGGCAUUAGCUUGAUCAUAGAAUAAUAGAGUUGGAAGAUACCCUGAGGAUCAUUUCGUCCAACCCCUGCACUGCAGGAAUACGCAGCUGUCCCAUACGGGGAUCAAACCUUCAACCUUGGCAUUAUCAGCACUAUGCUCUUAACCAACUGAGCUAUCCAGGCUGAUGUGAGAAGUGCUCUUACAUUCUAGCCUGUGAGAACAGCUGACACCAGAGAAAUGAAAUGUAUUUUCUAGGGUUUCAUGUUGCAGGCCAGAAAACGUCAUGAAGGCUUAAGGAGGCCGCCAUUUCUGCUUGGGAAGCAGUGGAUAUCAGCUGCUGGUAUUACUGCACACACAUUGAUAACAUAGCAUUUGAGGGCAGGUUUCUCUUGGAGGAGUUCUAUAGAUAUGCAGUGUUAGCAUCUCCUCACAUAGGUGGACAUCCCAUGGAUGGAGGCUUCUGUUUCCAGAGUUGUGACCUUGCAUAAAGCACAAACUUACUUGAGGGAGAAUACUGGGUUUAAUAAGAAAAUAUUCCAGAUAGAGAGAGAGCCCUCUGUACAUGGUGGAAGGGAGGAGAGUGAGACUAUUACUUAGCAUAUUUUUUUGUUCUUCUAGGUGUACCAAAGGUUGCUGGUCUCACCAUAAUUUUGUGUUUUGCAUGAUCUACACUCAUAGGCACCACACAGAGUUUCUUGUUUUUACUGCUUUGGUUCUUUUCUCUUCUAAAAUGUUACUAUUUUGGUAUCUGGGUGUGGUUAUACUUCGUUUUCUAGUUACUGUGAUCCUCCCCCGCACUCCAACGCCAAGUAGUUUGCUUCCUGCUCCGCCAGUUAGGGUCAAGUAGGGAAACCAUCCUGCUGAUAAGAUCAAAUUUUGUUCGUCUCUUCCUAACAGAAGAAGAUGUUAUCCCAGUUUUGUUUUGAAAUAUUUAUAUCCCACCUUUCUGCUUGGCAUCCAAAGCAGCUGAAAAGAAUGAAAUUACCCCAAGGCAGGUUAUAAAUAAAACAGUAAAGUAAUUAAAUUCAAAAUACAACACACCAAUUCACAAAACAUGGAUAAGUGAUAAAAUGAAUAGUCACCAGCAUAUUAACUCAGUCCCUACCAAAGGCCUACAAAGAGGUGUGCUUUGAACUGCUAAUAUAAUGGCAUUCUCCAUACAAAACCCUCCCCUGGCAUAUAAGAAAAGGGGCAUGCGACGGGAAAGGCAGGGGUUGGAAACCUCCUUCUUGAAACUCAGCUCUAUACCUACAAGAUUUGUUUUUUUAAAAAAACAACAACCAUGUAGUACCAUUCAGGUAUGUGAAGUGUUACACACAUAGGUUUAACCACCUCUCUGAAAACUAGGUUGGUAGAGACUGCGUUCCAUACACUUAGGAGAAAGGAAUACUAACUCCAAAGUUCCCUUUUCAACCACUAUUCAAAUAUGGUUAAUAGUUCAGAAGUGCUCCCUCUGUACCUUCAAACUAUUCACAUUACAUUAUAUUUAUUUUAUUUACAUUUCCAAAAGUCUGAACAUUGCUUCAAAAAUACCAUUUCUGUUUCUUUGUUUGAGUCAUUUAUCUGGUCUCAAAAGCAGAAGGAAUGUCAUGCAGUACUUUACUUCAGUAGAAUACCAUAAUCAUUCAUAAUGGCCAUGGUCCAGCAAGUCUCCAGAGCACAUGCUGGUGACUUUAUUGUUUUUUUCCUCCAAAGGUUUUGAAGUACGGCUUUUCUGUUUGAGAGGGGGUGGUGGAGGAUGUGUGUGAGGGGGUGGGGGGGGAGAGCCUGCUAGAAUGGAAAGAAGAGGAGAAAUCCCAGCAGCUCUCACAACAUAACUUGCUGGAUCAUAGACAGCAUGUUGUAAGGUUUGCUGGUAACUUUCCCAACCUUUCCAUUAUUUUGGUUUAAUUUGGUAGUUGUGUGCUCUUAUUCCUAUAAAGCAAAAUAUUUGAAAACUCUUAAAACCACCAGAUGGAACAAGAGGAAGACCAACUAUAAUUCACGUUGCUCAGGAUUAUCUUUUAAACCUUAUUUCUGAGAUUUGUGAAUUAAAAAAAAUCUCAGAUGCAUCAUUAUUACAUCUGUUUAGAUUUAGAUUUGGGACUGUUCUAGUAUAUUAACCACUUAAGGACAGGACUUCAAAAUUCUCUCUCUUUAGUUCAUGUUCAGUGUUGCUUUCAUUGGAAAGCUUGAUUUGAGUAGCACAUAAAUGCAGUACGUGAAAUAUAAAAUGAAAUAUAAAACAUUGUAGUGUGUGUACUUAAAUAUCCAUGUUCAUGUCUGCUUCACCCUGGUCAUUGAAAACCAGCCCAGAGAAGUCUUACAAACAGUUUUUAGCAGAUAUUUAGGCUCAGGUUUGUGACAUAUUUCCAGGGGAAUUGAGUUUGACUGUUGAAAAGCAUCUACGGAGUGGCUCUCUGCCUAUUCUUUAUUUUUAGUUUUGGGAGUAAAAGGGUAUAUUUUCACUGAUCUGAAAUAUUGUUAGAAUUACCUUUAAACUAGAGCUAGUUUGCCAAAUAUGAGUUGAGGUACCUAAGUUUAAACUAGAGUAAUAUAUUGUGUGCAUAUUAACAGUGAAGACGGUCAGUUGAACAAUUGGGGCAGGAAUGGAAAAUCUACAUUGACACUUUAACUGCUGUUUGCUUGUGCAGAGAUAAUUGAGGGAUAUACCAAAUAUAAAAGACAGCUUUCUAGUCUUUAUCAUGUAGAGUCUAGAACCUGAACUGUUCAGUCCCAAAGAUUUUACCAUCUACUUUACAAAAUGGAAUAUAUCAAUGUUUUGGGGAAACUAUAAUACUAAUGGCUUUUUAAAGAUGAAAUUUGUAACUAAGUUUUUGUUCUAAAUUGUAAAACUGCAUAAAAUUCCACCACUAGUAAAGAAGGAUUACUUGAGGAAUUCUUCUAAUAACGAAGAGAAGUUUGGCUUUAGAAAUGCAUAUUUUAAACUUAAGUGAAGUAUUUAUUUAUUGAAUAAAGCACAAAACAUAGAUAGGUCCCCAAGAUAAGAUAGUUCUACUAUGUUGUUUUUUUUGAAAUGUGUAAUCUUGUUGCAUGUCUCUACAUAAGCUAUUCUGGCCACUCAUCAUAGUAACCAGCUGGGCCAUUUCACCUGCUGGAGCCAUUAAAGAGGACUCUCUCCCCCUAGAUUAAUCCCCUCCGACAUUAGUUUUUAGCUAUGACAACUGGAGCAGGCAUUCAGAACUUGCAGGUGGCCAGUGUGACGCACAUAAUUGCCUACAAUUUUAGGCAAUGAAUAAAAAUGGUCUACAUUACUUGUCAAAGGUUGUAUAUGCAGUGCCAAGUGAGAUCUAUGGGAAGCCUUUUAGGGUUUAAAGAACAUUUAAUAGCAAGGCUGCACAGUGCUUUUUUAAUCAUAAUGCAUUUGUAAUAUAGCACUUUGAUCUUCUCCUUGUAGGAAAUGGUGUUACAUUAGCCACUUUUAAAACAUUUAUGAGUGAAAAUCAGUUAUAGGAGAGUAAAAGUGAUUAUUCUUAGGCAGAACAUGUUAUAUUUCAUUAAAAGUUUUCAGCUAGCCCCUUUCUUGUUAAAAUCUGUGGGGAGCCCUGUUCCUGGAGGGUUACAAAUCAGGAUCUAAGGAUUUAGAAGAGCUUUCCUCUUGUUUUUCCCCUGAAGCAGUUGCGAGAUGGGAAACAUUAGUACACUAAAUACUGAAGCUGUGUGUUUGUAAAUGUUUAACCUAUUUAUUGAGAAGGUAAACAUGUGCUUUUGAGAAAAUUCUGAUGACUAGAAAUCCAUUUAAAAUUAUCUAAUUGAAUAUCAUACCCGUGGUAAAUUUUGUGAAAUGCAAAAUUUAAAGCAUGACCAUAAAUUAUCUCUGGCAAAAAUUGACACUAAAACGCACUACUUCUAGAAGAGCUUGGUUUGACCUUUCAGACCUAAGAGCCUUUUAUUAACACCUGCCUGUAAGGCAGACCUUGCCACACGCAGCUUUCAGAUUCAGAGCCACAAAACUGAUGAGGAAAGGCUUGAAGGGUUCAGUUUGUGUCACUUGCUGUUUGCCGUUUCCAUUUCACAGAUGAUUAAUCUUUCUGUGAAGAAAGGCCAGAGAAACAAAGCACAUUGGGCUCUUCCUGCAGUUACUCCUUCUGAAUGCACACUAGCUUGCUAACUAAAAGGCCUUUAGAUUUCCUGCAGGGAGAGAUGUUCUGAAAGUGAAUGCAGCUGGUUGGAGGUCACUAGUGCAAGGCUCUUGCCAUUGUGUAAUGGAAGCUUUGGCAGGUUUCAUUUUUGGAGGAAAGGAGAAGGUGUUGACAAAAAAAAUUAAUGUCGAAUAUUGAGGCCUUUGGCCAUUUGAAUUAAUAUCUUGAAUGGUAGAUCAUCAAUAAUCAGCUCAGUUUCUUUGGCUGUCAGUGGUUUUUUUUUUAAACACACAUCACUUUUUGCACCUAUUCCUUUGUCACAGCAGCAUGUUUCUCUCAUACAUGGUUUCUUAUAAGGGAUGCUUAAUUACUACACCAAUACGCAGUUUCAGGAAACAGAUUUAUUUAUACAUGUAAUAUUUCAUCCAGCUUGGGGAGCAGAAAAUAUCAUUCGUAUUUCUCAAUGAAGUCACUAAAAGGUUUAUUUCCUGUUCAUCUGCUCCUAGCCCUAACGUGACUCCUGUGUCCCUUUCUUAUUCAUUAUAUAUGAAAUUUCAGUUAGAAGGCACAUAAUAUUUUGUUACCUAAAACGACUCCCUCAUGAGAAAUAACUGAUAACAGUCUGGCAUAUAACUGAGUAUAUUCUACUUUAAUGUCUUUUGUUUCUUCCUAAUUCUGUGCAGGACAUAAUGUGCAAAAUCAAAAGCUGGGUAAUAGAAGAAAAAAAGCCUGUCCGUUUCUAUCAUGAUUGGAAUGACAAAGAGGUAGGCUUAUGACUGUUACCUCAUCCACUGUCUAAUGCCUUUCCUUUAAAAAACCAACAACAGCACAAAAGUAUAUCAGAUCUUUGUGUAAACCUUUUGAUUUACCACCAGUAAAUUAAUGCCAACAUUUGGAAAUAAUGUGCAUUCUUUUUAACAAUUUACUUUAUACUUCAGAUGUUAAACAGUUUUAUUUAUUUAUUUAUAAUCUAAUUCACAACACAACACUCUGUUUCUUGUUGUCUGUGUUAACGUAGCUUUUAUUUUCUUACUUUUAGAUUGAUGUGCUGAACAAACACUUGUUUUUAACUUCAAAACCAAUGAUCUACUUGGUUAACCUCUCUGAAAAAGACUAUAUUAGAAAGAAAAACAAAUGGUGAGUUUGUUGCCUUUAUAUUUUGUAGAAAAUUCACGAUGCUUCUGAAAGGCACCUUUGUCAAAAUAAUGGUUAGUCGUGAUUUUUGUACUUGGAGUAAAUCUAAAUGUCUUAAAGCUAAUACUGGCAAUGUACCUAUUACCUUGUCUUUGGAAUGCAGUAAAAGUAAUAAAAUAAAAAAAACUCCCUUGAAGAUCCAUAAAACUAAAGUAGCAAUUUUCUCGCCUACCUUUUAGUUUAUUUUGCAAUAUUGAAGGAAAAUUAACCAUAAAUAGUCUUGUAAGUUGUCUAUAAUAUUUAACUUUCGAAAGAAGUCAUUUUUCAUGCCAACCUUCUAUUUAUUGGAUGUUGAAGGGUAAAAAUGAUGCCAUAAUAUGGUUGGUAAUAUGAUAAAAAGGAGAUGGAGUGCUCCAUAUUUGCAUAGAAUCAUGUGUCCCAUAUAGUUCAGGGUAAAUUCAAGGUGUUUACAACAUUCUGCUUGCUGGGCCACUUCUUAAAAUGCAGCAGAUGUCAUGCAUAUGGUUUGCCAAAUGCUGUUCAGAAACUUUUAUUAAUGUUGUCAGUAUGAAUGCAUAUAUAAUGGCUGAAGAAUAAGAUGUCUGUCAGACAGGCAGUGACCGGGAUGAAGAUCCAACCCCAGAGUGUGAGGAUACAUUAGAAAUGGAGAGAUUGAAAAUCAUGCUGCAUUUGCUUUUUGUGCAAAAGUUUCAGAUGAGAUAAAACAGUAGUUUUAGGGAAGAGGCGCUUAAACUGUUGCAUUGGAAGGAAACAUUAAAUCACUCUUCUUUUAGUUUUGUUACACAUUUUCAUAGCAUACAAAAUUACAAAAAUAUCACUCUGAAACACAUUUGCUUAUUGCUUUGUCAAAGUAUCCAGACCAGUGUAUCAGAAUUCUCUUAGAACAUACCCUUUCACUCUCCCUGUACUUCAUUAAGUACUUAGAUGCACAUGGUUUCAAUUUUCCAUUAAAAUUUCUCAUUUCCAUAUGAUAUCAAAGAGUGAGAAGGCUUUAAACUGAAAAAUAAACAUUCAUAGACUGGAAGCCCAAGCAAUAAUUAAUGUCAGAUGGUUAACUCCAAUAAGUUAUUAGAAUAAAUUCUGUAAAAUAAUUUCAGCUGAAAACUGCCCUGCUCCUAGUGUUGUUGUGCAUUUAUACUUAUUCUAAGGAGCAUAAUGCAACUUUAAAAAUGGUCACUUUAAGGGCAUUUUAAAACUUCUGGUUCAGAAUCUUUCCCCAUAAUGAGUUACUGUUUUUGAAACUGCAUCUAGCCUUCAAGAAACUUUGUGCAAUCAAGCAACCGUGCCUUCAGUGUUGUGGUCUGGAAGGCAUUUUCAAGUUUCACACAAAUGUAAUGUAGUAAAUCUUAGCAUUCUUUAUUAAGGGCUCUUGUAGAGGUUUCUCAAGUGCCACAGUAAAGAUAAUAAGCAUCAGAAUUUAUUUGCAAAUGGGCAGGUUAGUUUCCCUACACAAAAUGGAUCAUCACACCUACAUUAGGGUGAUCACAGGUAGAGCUCACUGCCUUUAAUUGUAUAGUAAAUACCUUUUCUCAGACCUUAAUGGUAGACAGUCUGUUAGGAGACGCCAGUCUGUGAUUUAGCCGUCUCCAGAACCACAACCACCCUGCCUUUCUUGGUGAGACCAAGUUGUGAUGAUGGAAUGGAAAACUUAGCAUAUAUAUUACAAUUUUUAAAUUUAUAACUAUUUUAUUUAUAUUGUGAAAUCAUAGUAAAAAAAAUCUUACUGUGUUCAUGCAGAACUGAUGGUUGAGGUUUGGUUUAAAAAAAAUAUCCUGGUUUUACGGAUGUUAGUGUAAUUGUAGCUGAAAGAUCAAAGCCUGGGAUAGCUGAGUGAUGUUCCAGAAGAAAAUUUACCACAUAGCCAUUUUCAGUACAGUUUCUGCCGCCUGCUGUUCCUAUUUUCCCUCAGGCUAGCCAUUGACAACCCCCUGUGCAUCCCUGCUCGUAAAAAAUGAUUGAGGAAGUAUUUGUCAUGUAUUUAUGAGUGGGAAACAUCGUCUGAUAUGGAAUGGCAUCUACUGAAGUCAGAAUGAUGACCAGUUUUUCCUUCCUUCUGGCAGAGUUGCUGAUCUUUAAAUCCACUCUUUUUAUGUUGUAUAUAUAUUUUGCAUUAAAGUGCAGAAUAAUUUUUUUUAUUAUGAAUUGUGUAAUGAUGAGCCUUUCAUUGUUUUUGGCAGUGUAAGCAGAUGCAAACAAUUAGAAUAUAUUUUAUUGGCAGAUGUAUUUUAAUUUGCUUUUUGGUACAUGUUCUUAAUCUGAACUACAGUUGGAUUAGUUGCUCAGCUAGCACGACAUAUUUCUUGAUUUAAUUUGUGGUAAUGCUAUAAGGAGGUUAAUGUUAAUUCAGGAAGGAUGCAGCAGUAAAUAUUUUCAUAGGGUUUUUUCUCUUUUUUUUUGCAAUGGAGUAGUAUUUACAUCAACAUCAAAGAGUUGUUUUAAGGUUGUGGCAGAAGGAGGAUAUGGAAAGCUAAAGUGAUCAUUUUUUGUUUCCUGUAUAUCACCUUUUUUCAACAAAUGAACAUUUUUAAUUGCUAGUAAAACACACUAACAUUUAAAUAACAUGUCAUUUUUCAAUCUUAGGGGAGAAAACAGUGUGAAUGAUAGGACUUUUGUGUACUAGAGUAGGUAGCGUAUUGACCUUUUGAAAGGUAUAAAAACUGGAAUGACUCCAAGGAACUACUUACUGGUGUUAACAAUGUUAAAUUAGUCAUUCAGUUGAUUUAUGAUUAAGACCUUGUUCCUGAGGUGAAACUGACAUGGCAGCUGUGUUAGUUGCACUUUUAUUAUGAUCAGAUGACACUAAUCAUGAUGUAUAUAGGAAUCUACUUCAGCAUUUUAAAAUACAACUUACUAUUCUUUAAACAAAUAGUUAAAUAAUCAAAAGCCUUUACAGUAAUUAAAGCUUUCUUUAGAGAAUGUAGAAAUGUAACUCUUUAUCUAGUACUAUUUCUAUACUAUAUACUGGAAAUAAAGUGUGAUUUCUGGUAGUGAAAUGCUGCCUUGUAAAACCUGAGCUAUGAAACUGGAUGGGGCACAAACAUUCUUGUGGAAUCAAUUGGGGAUUAAAUUUAUUGUAGCUUUGUAUACCAGGGGGCCAUUGCAGUGCAUGCUGACUGAUCAUCUUAUACAAGAGUACAUAUGUCACCCAUGUGUUCAGUAUGUUGACACAUUCUCCCUUUAGAACAAUAAAGUGAAUUGUAUAUUAUGUACACAUCCCAAUGCAGAUUUUGGAAACACAUCUUCUUCGUUAAUGCUUGCAUUUAUUUGAGCUAACAUUUGCAGAUGGAAAGAUAAUUUUGUAUUCUACUUUAAUAUUAUUUUUGAACCUCAGUAAGUUAAGUAAGUUAAUAAGUUUGCACAUCCAAAUCAAGCAACGAAAGAAUAUUUGGGGAGGUGAGUGCUUUUUAGUCUGGGCUUUAGGCUAUUAACUCUUGGAAAUCCCAACACACAUGAUGACCCUGACGUUUCAGGAAUAUUUGUUGUGUACCAAUCAACAGGAUAAAUUUGUGGUUAUCUUUAGUUGUAUUUUUAAUUCUAAGGUGAAGAUAUUUUAAAGUAUUUAACUUUAAGGUUUAUUUGCUUCUCAACAGGUUUCCCAAUUUCAUGAUAAAUUGAUGCAAACAAUACCAUUUUCAUAGUUUAAGGAUGAGAACAAAAAUCCAUGAAACUACUUCCUAUGCUGUUGUAGUGUUGCUGAACACUGUAGAGUUAUUGCUGUUACUUUUUCUUCCUCACUGUUCACCACAAAGUUCCAGGUCGGUUUACAACAAUAUUAAACAUACAAGAAGAAUAGAUUGGGUCAUAUAUAGGGUUACAAAAAUGAGGGUAAAGAGCUGCAUUGCCAGCAUAUGAUGAAAGCUAGGGUUGCCAUAUUUCAAGAGGGGAAAAUCCAGACACAAAAAGUUGUCGAGCUUUUUUAGGGCAAUUGCCUGAUAACCCUGCCAUUGCCCAAGCUGCCCAAGCCUAAACCUGGGUCGUCCAUGCCAGAGCCUGAAUCAGAGCCCAAGUUGAUACAGCCCAAGCCUGAACCAGAACCCGGGCCUCCCAUGCCAGAACCAGUGCCUGAAUCAGAGUCCAGGUUGCUAAAGCUUGAACCAGAGCCACACAAUCAAAAUUUAAAAAACUUAAAAACAAAAAAUCCAGGACAUUUGCUUUAAAAUGUAAAACUGCCCAUUUAUGGGCAUGUAGGACUCCCCCAAAGAGGACACAUUCGGGAAUUCCCAGACAUAUGACAACCCUAUGAAAGCUAUGCAAUUAAGGUGCCAGAUGCAGACCUGUAGGGAGGCUGCAACAGAGAAUUCCCUCUCCUGAGAUGCUGCUCCCCAAGUUUCUAAGGGCAGUGGAUCUACCAAGAGGGUCCCUUGGCUAGCCAUAACUUCUGAGAAGGUCUGUAGGCAAGGAGGCAGUCUUUCAGAUAUUUGUAGCCUAAGUUGUUUAGGGCUUUAAACAUUUAAUGCCCUUGUCCCCUUGUGAUGCAUGUUUGUCUUCCAUAAACACGGUCUUAACAGUGAGUCUGUAAGUGACUGUGGAGGCUGCUUCUGGAUCCCCACGUCCUUCCACAGUAAGGACAUAGGUUUCCAGGCGGGAGUUGAUCACAGGCUUUGCCAAGAGUGCCUUCCUCUUAGCCCGUUUCAGUUUUUGCCCUGAGUUUGUGCUUCUUCAAAGUCCGCAACACCUUUGGUAAAGGCUGUUCUCCUGUUGGAGCACUCACAGGCCAGUGUUUCCUGGUGAGUACAUGAUGCAUGUAUUCACCAUGCCAUUACUAGAAAUGGAAGGCUUGGAGAUGAAGAAAUUUGCAUCAAGGAAGGAAGAUAAUAUGCAUCAGAGGGGCUCGAUACUGACACAUGAGACAUGCAUUUCUUACCAUGCACCUGUCAUAAUGAUGGAAAUGAUGGAACGCUCCUUGUUGAGCCUUGUGUGGUCAUACACUGUGUCUGCAAAAAAGUAAUAAUAAAAACAUAUUGAAGCACAUACAACCAGUAAAAUCAGACUCAUCUGCUCCAGGUGGGUGUAGUAGACAAGAGGAGGCAAGGCAUUUGGGACAGACAGCUUAGUGUGGGAUUCAAGCUAAAGCAAGUUUAGAACAUUGCUUCAGCAAUACAUAACCCCACAUGGACUUAAAUAAGGUAGCUCAGUCUGGGUGGUUAGCUCCACCCCUAGCAGAAGGAGCUUCUGGUUAAAGGGACUUUUCCUGUUCCAGCAGCCAUAGACUCCUAAAGUGUGGGAGACAUGAUAAUUCUGUUGGAGCUUCUGGACUGGAGUUCUCCGAGCUGGAUGGGCAGCAGUGCAGUGACCCAAAGCCAUAAAGGGAUUGACAAAAUGGCCGCCUCCUGUGCUGGAGCUUCCAGUGUAUUUGGGGCCAUUGUGCCCUGCUCUGUGAGCAGUUCUCUUUUACCAUCUGGUUCUUCCAUAAAGUCCAUGGCCUUGUCGCUUAAAGGGGAGAAGUUGAACUCUGAGGUCAUGGCACAGACAAACCAGUACAGCUGAUACAAAUGUAAGGAUGUAAAAAGAAUAUUGAAGGAAGAAUUCCUUCAUCAGCCUUCACUGUAGAAGAUACUGGAAAUAAUCCAUACUGGAGUCCAGAUUAUUUGAACAGCAUGUGCGCAGUCUAACCAAAUAACAUUUCUUCAGCUUCACCAUGGAGAGGUAGAGAAUAUCCCUCCAAAAAUGAGAAGCUUCCAAAGUUAUCCAAAAUUUUUCACUUCAGGACCAGUUAGCUAUUAUUUUACCUUCUUUCUUUCAUGUUUUAGACUUUCAGUAAGUGAAUGAACAUGAAAUGAUUAUAGUCCUCGGGGGCACACUUUCCCCUCAACAUCCUUACUAAUUUGUACCUCAUAUAUUUCUCUAACAUUUCUUCUUAUGGUGCACAGAGGGCAAUGUUUAAAAAAGUAUGCCUAAGAUUGGAGCUAAGUAGCCCGUUCAGACAACUGGACUUUGUGUUACAGCAGUUGUUAAUGAACAAAAGGUUAAUAAGUGUGAAAAUACCCAGCAUUUAUCCCAUAUGGCAAAAUUUGACUGAAUGUUGCGGCUAAAGGCAGGCCGAGGGAAAAGCACUUUGGUUUGGGAUGAGGGCAGUUCACCCCAAAACAAAUCAGAGUAGAGGCCAUUAGCCAUAGCAUGUACCAAGAAGUCCCUGAAGACUUUUAAGCUCAGCCUAGAACCAAGAAAUAUAAAAAAUCAGUGUGGUCAUCAAAACAACUCAGUCUGCAUUGCCUCAGAAGAUAGUAAUGGCAAGUGCUAAAGACUGGAAGACAUCAACCUCAGAAGCAGAAGAACCAGACGAAGAAUUAUCCAUGGUCUCAUAGGCCUUCCCAAAUUUUCCUGGAAAAAAAUGAUUAAUGGGAUCUUUUUCAGUCUGGCUUAGAACUGAAAUUGCCUUGGUCAUCAUGGGUUGACCUGGAGAUGAGUAGGGGGAGUGUGGCCCUGUUUAUUAUUUUGAACCUCUCAGUGGCUUUUUAUAUAAUCAGCUGUGAAUAUUCUUCUGGGGCACCUUGCCAGGAUAGAACUGAGAAUACUGUAGUUACAGUCCUUCCUAGAGGGGGAAGCCUCAGAAGGUGUUGCUGGAAUACUGCUUCUUUGUGCCAUCCAGCCAGCAUCUGUGUGAUCGCUUUUGGUAGUGGUCUGGAUAGAGGUGGAUGAAGUAAGACUUCAAUCCACACAGAUGUAUGGCUGCUCCUCUGUGAUCACCUGGCAGGGGUGGCCAGGAAUGCUUUUUAACUGAUAUGCCAACCGUGACCAUAUCAUUUAAAAAAUGACCUGGCCACAAUUAUUCAAGCUAUAAUACAGUAACAUCCAUAUUGAAUUACACCAAUAUGCUCUACACGAGGCUGCUUUUGGAGAGUGCUUGGAAACAACUGGCCCAAAAUACAGCAGCCAGACUUUUAGCAAGGGCUCAUGGCAUAUAAUUAUGAUUUUAUCCCAAUUUAUUUCAGUUUGUAGCCAAGUCCAAUUCAAGGUGCUGGUGCUUUUAAAGCCCCAACCCGUUUGGGGCCAAGAUAUCUGAAAGACUGCUUUGUCCUGUAUGUACCAUCCUGUGCGCUCAGAUCCACACCUGAGGCUGUUUCCUUUGUAGAUUGUGCGGUAGGCAGAAGAGUUGGGACCUUUUCAGUUUUGGUGCUGCAUUUUAAUUGAAUAUAUUUAGUUCAUUUGUAUCCCAACUUUCUUCCGAGGAAGUCAAAGCAGUAUCCAUAGGCUCCCCACUCCACUUUAUCCUCACAAUGUUGUUGUUGUUUAGUCAUUUAGUUGUGUCUGACUCUUCGUGACCCCAUGGACCAGAGCAUGCCAGGCACUCCUGCCUUCCACUGCCUCCCGCAGUUUAGUCAAACUCAUGCUAGUAGCUUCGAGAACACUAUCCAACCAUCUCGUCCUCUGCCGUCCCCUUCUCCUUGUGCCCUCCAUCUUUCCCAACAUCAGAGUCUUUUCCAGGGAGUCGAGUCUUCUCAUGAGGUGGCCAAAGUAUUGGAGCCUCAGCUUCAGGAUCUGUCCUUCCAGUGAGCACUCAGGGCUGAUUUCCUUCAGAAUGGAUAGGUUUGAUCUUCUUGCAGUCCAUGGAACUCUCAAGAGUCUCCUCCAGCACCAUAAUUCAAAAGCAUCCAUUCUUCGGCGAUCAGCCUUCUUUAUGGUCCAGCUCUCACUUCCAUACAUCACUACUGGGAAAACCAUAGCUUUAACUAUACGGACCUUUGUUGGCAAGGUGAUGUCUCUGCUUUUUAAGAUGCUGUCUAGGUUUGUUAUUGUGAGGGGUAUAAUGGAGAAAUAAUGAGGGUCCCCCAGUGAGCUUUAGGACUGAGUGUGUAUUAGAAUUUGGAUCUCCCCAGUUCUAGUCUGAAAGUCUAACCACUAUGCUACAUUGGCUGUCAAUACACUUCAGAAUAUUUUUCCAAUAGAGAUCUGCUUGAUAGCUGCUUGGCAAACUGAACUCUUUAGAAAAAAAGGCUAUUGCUGAUUGUUGUUUUAUUUAGAUGCUGAUCUUGUUUUAUAUAAUCUGAUUUUGAUGUAUAUUUUGUCAUUUUCUAAAACUACUUUGGUACAAAAACCAUAGGAUGUCAAAUAAGUAUAUCAAGCCACCUGCACUGUAAUCUGCAGUCCUACGCACACUUACUUGGGAUCAAGUCUUGUCUUAAUUCAUUGUUACUUACUUCUGAGUAAAUGGUUUUUGAGGGUAGACGGUAAGGUAGAUAAGAGCAUAAGAUGAGCCCUACUGUUGCUGUGGAGAAACUUAGACCAGCAAAAUAGUUAAGAUGACAAGUUUUGAACUGUUUCUGGCAUUUAGUGUCUCAUCUCCUGUGACUCCCAAAUCAAUUAACUACAUCUCUGCUUGUGCAACAUAAUAUGUGUACCUAUAGCAGCCAUAAAUGUCAUCAAUGUUACCAAGUAACUAGGUUUUUCCUGCUUUCCUCUAGUAAUAGUGACUCUAGAAACUACUGCACUGCAAGAAACUUCUGUAACUUUUUAUUCUGUGGGCCUUUGAAAAGACUUCGCCUACAAUGCAUUUCUAUCUGGGUGCAUACUUUUUUGUUCCAAGCUUAUAUUAUUUUCAUUAUCAAUCAUCUUCAGUCUAGAAACAGACUGUCAACCACUGCAGCUAAGAGAACACCAAUUUUACUUCUUCCUGCCAAAGGGUAGGCAGCUGUAUUGUAGGCUUGGUCUUCUUUAUAGAGAACCAAAAUAUUUACAUUUCAUUUUAAAAGUAAUAAGGGUGGAAGUGGUUAUGUUGGCCCCGUUGGAAUAAUACGUGGAGUAAGGCACUCUAGACCGUGCUCACUUGCUGCUAAACGACAACUCGCUAAAUUGUGCCCAGAAAUUAAUCUCAGUAUCAGUUUUAGACAUUCCCACGGGCUCACUCUUUAGAUGUAGCUAAGUAUUUUGAACUAAUUGAAGUUUCCAAACAGUCUUCAGGGUCUUUCUCUUUCUUACAGUAAACGAGCCUCAUAGUUACCAGGACUUCUGUCAUAAUGGCCAGGAGUGGCUACAACUGGAAUCACAGCCUGAACUUAGGAAAAAGAAGCCCUGGCCAUUCCCUCCCCCCUUGCCACCUGGAGCAAUGGUUGGUCCAGAAGCACCUCCAGUAGCAUCCGCCUCUUAAGUGGUUCUCUAGUGGGAACCACUUGCUGCAAGUGCAUCAUUACUGACUGGCUAGCACUCAGCAUCCUGCAUUUUAGCAAUCGUGAAACGUGUGCUUCCAGUGUGCUAAUUGAGCUGUCUAAGGUGAUCGAGAGCAGGGAAGCCGAGGGGGGAAGGUAGCUCCUGCCAGACCAAGACUUCACUGGCCACUGGCUACUUGCCACCCUUGGCUUCCCUCAAGGCUGUUACAGAGUCCUUCAGGAGAAGUGCCAGCCUUAUGCAACAGAAAAUACAACUCCCUGAUCAGUUUAGAUUGACAAUCACAGGGUAAAUCACCUCGCUGCAGAUGUUUCACAAGCCUACCAGGACAUGAAUAACUUUGGCAAGAUCACUAUUGUGCAAGCCAAAGUCCUUGUGCAGGGCUUCUGCUAAUGGGACUCGGUAGAUUAAUCCCACUCAGAAUGAUGAACUAGAUGGACCUUUAGCCUGAUCCAGCAGUCUUUUCUUAUGUUUUCCCUUGAAUAUAAGGAUCUGCUUGCUGAACUGCCAUUCAGCACCUAGGAUUAAAUGCGCAUAGGGUGUUGCACUUGAAUUUAGCUGGGUAUAUUAUUUUGUGUUAUUUCCUUUGUUACUUUUUGUUACCUACUCUGAUUUUUUUGAAAAGCUAGCAGUUUAACAGCAGCAGCAGCAGCAAAAUAGUGCUAAUAAAUAACAAUAAUAACUUUCUCUGAACCACACAUGAUAACAUAACCAGUAGGGGCAUUAAAUACAUAGAUUUUUCAGUCUCUAGAUUACUGCAUGCCUCUCAUAGAAACUUUAUAAGCAGAUUGUACAUUUUUAACCUACUGCAAAUGACUGAAUAGCCUUUGUCUUGUGAACAAAAAUCAAAACUCUAUUCAGUGGUACUAGCAGUUAAUAUGAAAUUCGGGCAUUAUUACCUGGGUCACCUAUAAUUUGGGGAUCUUAAUUUUUUUUAAAAAACAUUAAAAAACCUUUCAGUGUGAUAAAUGUUUGUCUUUGGCUCCCUCUAUCAGUCUCUCUUAUUUGACUUUGGGAAUUACUGAUUUUCCACAGCGCAUGCCUGUCUAACAGAUUGAGUAGGUAUAAAUGUAUCAGCAGGUACACCCCUCCCUGUGUGUUCUGUUUGGUUAAAUAAAAAUAUAAUAAAUAAUUCAGAUUGCAAGGGGUGGUAUGUAUCUAGCUGCCCCUAAAAAAUAAUUGCCACAUGUCAGUGUGAGGCCUUCUUAAACAUUUCUUCUGGCAAGAAGUCUGCCAUAUUCUAGGGUAUCAAUAUGUUAUAUAUGAAAGUCUUCCUUGUUUUUUAAGUGUGUUUUUUUCCUUUAAUGGCAGUGCAUUAUAUACAUUUUGAGGAGUUUUAAUAUCCAGCUAUUUCAUUGCCCUGCUGACAUUGUGGGUAACUGGAUUGUUCUAUUCAUGGUUUGCAGCAGAUCAAAAUGAUUUGAUAUGCUAAGCUUUUUCUGACAGAAGAUACAAAGUUUUGACAAACAUGCAUGGCACAGCAAGUGUCCAAUUCUAAAGAGCAAAAAUAAAUGCAAACCACCAUUAUGGGGAACACAAACAGGCUGAAAGCAAGUUAUUAGUAAGCAAAUAAUUGUUGAACUGUUAUGAAUGGAAUAGGAUGUUGAAAUAAGACAUGAUUGGCUGAUGUUACAUAUGUCCUUGAUUACCUUCCCUGUGCUUUUAUCCUAAUAAGUGACAUUCUUUGUAUUCCCUUGGAUGGCUAGACAGUCUGACACUAAAGAAGAAUAAAUAUUGCAUGUGGUACACAUUAAGCUGUCAUCUAAGACAGCAUUUAUAAAAAGUAACUGGAGAAAUUCAUAAGAAAUUCUGUGGUGCUACAGUUUCCUGGCUCCAGUCAUAAUUGUCAAACUUCUUGACACAUUCAGGUCUUCUAAAUGCCUCCAGUUUACCAUGGCUUAGUGUGUGAAUAUUUUCAUGGAUUUUUAUUUUCAAAUAUUGUUGACUAUUAACAUUGGUUUAUCUUAAUUUAAUCUGUUAGCUGCUGGAUAUUUACUUUAAUGGAGCAAGGCAAAGAAAUAGUAGUAAAAGACCUGGAAAUGCAUUAGAUGGAACCUUGAAAGCCUAUGAAGAAAAUAGAAUACUUUAAUGCAGCCCAUCUAAUAUGUAAGUCGAUAUCUAUGUACAGGCUACUAGUUGAAUCUUAUAGAGCAAAAGCAACCAAGAUUGGAAUUCUUUAUAAAAUGAUAGCAGAACCUCUCUAGAAUGGUGUUAGGGUUUUUUUUUGGGGGGGGUGCAUUUUGCUUUAGUAGAGCAAUUACCAUUCUUUUCUGACAAACUAAAAUACAUAGUAUAGAUACCUUUCAUUGGCGUAACAUGAUUAUAAACACAAUAGACUAAACAAGACCUGGCAUUUAUGUACUUAAGAAUGAAUGGCCAGAUCAAAUAUUGUAACAGUUUCCAGAAAAGAAGCAAUGGUCCUUAAUGGUGCCCAAUGACAUUUGAAAGCCCACCCCUCUCUAUAGUGGAUUCUACCUUUACUUUGAAAUAUGACUGUUCUGAACAAACCUUGCUGGUGUCCUGCAUUUCUACCAUCAGAUUGGCCCUUUGAAUGAUCUAAUAUUUAUCUACUGAAUUAAGUGAAUGUCACCUUUAAAGAAGGAAUUAGUAAAAGAACUUGGGUCUCUGGGUAGUUUGUUCUGUAGAAGAAGGAAAUCCGUAAAGUUACAAGUUUUGUACAAGAAUGCAAAGCAGCAUUGUUGACUUGAGGCAUUAUAUUGCAGCUGUAAUGUAUAUUCUAACAAUCUUUCGUAUUUACCAGCUUUCUAGAUUACAUGUAAAUGUUCCAGGUUUUUCUUUUUAUGGCGUGUUUUCAAUAAUUUAGUUCUAAAAUACUAUGUUUCCUAUGACUACCAAGUCAUUUUUGUUGCAUUAUAUCAGUGCUCUUAUCGUGACCUGAAGAAAUAUAGUACACUCUGGAUCAGAAUUUACUUGCGCCGUAUUUUUAUUAUUCUAAGAUGCCUUGGAUGGGCAUUGCCCGAAAAAGCAGAUUAGAAGUAUUUUAAGUUAAUAAAUAAAAACUCCAUGUUCAAUUUUAUAUAGUUUCUGGCAAAGUGAUUUUUUCCAGGUAAAAAAAGGACAAGUUCAAAUACUACAUUUCUGCAGUUUCCCCUCCCACAGAUACAGUAUUGACUUUGACAUCUGCAAAACUUAUAAAACAUAAAAUUUGAAUUAGCGUAUCUGCAAUUUAAACAUAUUUCCCUAGAAAUAAUAUUGAUUGAUAUGAAUGAGUUUUAUUGUAAGUAAAGUGCCAGGGAUUGGGAUGUAAAUAACCUAUUUGGCUUGAAGAAACUUUUCUCCAAGUAUAACACUGCUCAAAUGUUAGCUGUAACUGUUAACUCUCUAGACCACUACAGAGCACAAAAUAUUUGCCCAACUGGUAAAUUGAACUGUAAGUCCCACUGUGGGAAAUUGCUUUGCUGUGCUCCAAACAGCAGUUAUCUUAGUAAUUGUAGCUGAAUUCUUUUGUAGCUAAUAGACCACUGAUGCCCUUUUCCAGUGGCAGAAUUAUUUUAUCGUUAGUAUUUUAAUUGCAAAAUGAAAAAUACACCAUGUGUUCUAGUGAUUUAAAAAUGAUUAAGCAGCACCAUUUUAAUUGGCGUUAAGAGAUAGCUCUAUUUUUGUUCCAGUUUAUAGUGUACAUACCUAGCAUUUCACAUUCUAAACUGGAGCUCACAACAAGGAGCUUAUCAGAGCAAAUUGUCUAGUCCAUCCCCUUCCUCACUCAAAACCUAAUGACCCUUUAUCAUCAUGGUUUAGAUUGCUGGACACAGAUGUGAGAAAAUACAAGUAAUCUACAGGUAACUACAGUAGCUGCACUGAUGUUCUCGGAAAACUGACUGCUGAGAAGAUAAAAAGCUUCCCACAGAGUUUGUGACUUUCCAGCAGCAAAGCACAUCAUGAGCUCAUACAUGAAGUUUUAUUUGUUGAAGACUCACAAUAAGAUGCAUUAGGACAUUCAGCAGGGACUCUUUUUAGAUGAGCUCAAAAUUUUUGUGAGGUUGAUGCACUUUUAGUUGAUGUACUAGUGCAUAGUAUCAGACAUAAUAGUUCUGACAAUGCCAAUAAGCUUUUCUUUUUUGAAAAGACUUCAAGGAGUAGAAACAAGUAAAGGAGUAUUAAUAUUGAAAUAGCACAUUCAUUUUCUAUAGAAUCUAAUGUAGUUCUGGCAUUCCUUUGUUAUAAUAUUGAAGUAUUUGUGCUAAGAAGCAUUUUUUGUAUGUUGGAGAGAAGUUUUCUGAAGUUUUUCAAUGAAUGGUAUUUGAAAGGAAUUGUUUAUGGGCAGACAACUGUUUUUUUUCCUGCUUUUGACUGAUCACAAUGCUAAACACAAUGCUAAAUAUGUUAAACUGCUAGUUGCAAGAAAGGGGGUCUUUAGUCUAAAUCAGGAGUAGUCAACAUGAUGCCCUCCACAUAUUAUGGAUUCUUAUUUGUGCCCAUUGGACAUGCUGGCUGAGGUUUAUGGGAGUUGUAGUCCAAAACAUAGAAUGCUACUCCUACUCUAAAGGACGAUGUUCACCUCAGUUCUUGUUAGCAGCUGCAUUUGCAUCAUGAGGAAGCAUACAUAAUAUCUUAAAAAUUAUUUAUAUUGUUCUGACGUUAACAUAUGAGAGUGCUGGAGGUGAAAUAGUUAAACAGGUUACCCAAUCAGAACCCAGGGGGGUGGAGUCAGAGGGACUAUAAAACCAGCUCUGGGAGGGGCGACGGGAGGAGUUGGGAGUUGGGUGGUUGGUUGGUUGGAGUUGAGUGGAUUGGGAUAGAGUCUGUGGGUAGGUUGAGUUAGUGUAGCGAAAUAAGCUGAGUCAGGAACAGCUAGGGGCUAGGAAGACAAGUAAAUAUCUGAGAGGUGGUUUAGUGAGUGAGAGCAGGUAGCGGAAGUUAUAGGUCUGGAUAGGCACCCCAUGAUUGUAAUUGACCGAUACCGUUUAUGAAACCACAUGCUUGUUAAAUUGCAAUAAAUAAACAGAAGUUUAUGUUCCAGUUUAACCCUGACUGGACUCAGUAUUGUACCAGGUAGGGCCUGGGUGGUGGCAGCGAGAAAUAAAGUGGUGGCACAGGGAUCAACAGACGGUGAAACGUCCAGGGACCCUGUGUGAUCGCCACAAUUGUCACAAUCUUACUUUAAGAUUGUAGGCACAGGAAACUUGUGAACUUUCAGACUUUAUUGGAUUCCCAACAACCAUCAGACUCAGUCAGCAUGAAGGUUGAUGAGAAUUGUAGUCCAGCAAGAUCUGGAGGAGCACAGUUUUUCUAUCCUGGAAGUAAGAGCAGAUGCACAUCUUUGCUCUUGUCAAUAGAAUAAUAGAAUUGUAGAGUUGGAUGUGAUCCCGGGGGUCAUCUAGUCCAACCCCCUGCGAGGCAGGAAUCUCAACUAAAGCAUCCAUGGCAGAUGACCACCCAACCUUUGUUUAAAAACCUCCAACAAAGGAGAGUCCACAACCUCCCGAGGGAGUCCAUUCCACUGUUGAACAGCUCUUGCUUUCAGAAACUUCUUCCUGAUAUUUAUAAUAGUAGUGAGUAUUGAUUCUGUUUUUCUGUUUACUUAAGCAUAAAUAGUUAUUAUUUAUUAAACAUAUCAUUCACGUUGUAAACAAAAAGUAACUCAGAGAGGCUUAAAACAAGCAAAAUAAUUGAUAAAGUUUUGUGAUUCAGCUAUAGAGAUGAAAGACUUGACUUCUACCAUAUAUACUUUUAUUUCAAAAAUGAAUAGGUGACUUAGACUCAGCUGAGACACCAGUGAGAAAACAACUUGGGCACCAACGUACAUCCUGCACAUGUUGGGAUCUUCCGUUCUUUUUAAAUCUGUUCCUACCGGGGUGAAUGAACAAUCCUUAAAGACUGUAUAUAGAUUGUACCUGAUCACCCUUAGCCAAAUAUCUUCUUCCAGCUCUCCCACAUGCUAGAGGGAAUAUGGCGGAUUAGGUACAUAUAUUCACAUGGGGGUGGCGUCAUCCACUUGUUGAGACAUUUUGGAAGAAGAUAUUUUAGGAAGUUAGUCUUACUACAAUUCACCAAAUUGCUCAGAAUCCUGGAAUAGCACCCCUUUCAAUAUUUGAUGAAGAAGAUUCAUCGGAUGUGAGGGCGAUCUGGCUGCGACAUCUGUCACCCCAUUGAUCGCCAGGGUUGAUUCAGCUGAUCUGGCUGGCUAGGUGGGUGUCCCCUUCCUCCCUCACCGCUCCAUGUGCAUCCCUCCCGAAGCUGCGCGCUCAGUGGAAGAGACGGCCAUCCCAGAUAGAAGGAGUGUACCGUUCUUCGGUCAAGGGUAUACGAUAGCUGCGCUCCCCUGCUAGAACCUCCAAACAAGCUCAAGGUCCAUUUGUAGGAGAACGUAGGGUAGUCAAGCUUCCAAGACUCCAGACACAUCCAAGUAAAGCGCUGCAUGUGGCAGUUUGCCAUUCUUUAAAAAAAAAGAAAAGAAAAAAAGAGAAGAAGAUUCAUCAUUGUAUAUACAUUGGAUCUACUAAGAAUUUUAUUUACAGCAGCCAGGCUUAAUGUAGAAAUAUUUUGGAAGUCUGUAUUGCCUCACGUGCUUGAGACUUGUUUCCAAGAAAUUUGGACCCUGGUCAGCUCAACAUUAAUUUAGAGUAAAGAGCAUGUGAGUAGAUACAUUCAACACAAUGUGGUAUAGUUUUAUUAUAUACAUAAUUAGAACAACAUAAUUAUCAGUCCCUUAUAACACGUAGUACUUUAUAGAAAGACAUAAUGAAACAAUUGGAUACUUGCUCUGUAUUAAGUGGUCUCUUUGUAAUUGAUCAUUGUAUUGAAUCGAAGGCCCAACUCUUGUUAUACUUUUGGUUUUUGUUGUUGAUGUAUUUAUAUUCUGAAAAUAAAUAACAUUUUUUAAAGUGCUGUCAUGGUUUAUGAAAGCUAGCUGAAAUCCUAAACCAUGCUUUAACUUAGCUUGUUUCCUAAAUCAUAGUUAACACUAAGCACAUUUGGUCUGGGUUUGCAUAGAACAAGUAACCAAGCAAAAGUUUCCAAUCUUUGUAACCUUGAGACACUGUCAUGUUACGUUAAACCAUAGUUUAGUGUUAUGUGGAAAGUGCACAAGGUGUUAGCCUUAUGCUAUACACUAGGGAAUAGGUUCUGUUGAGCACAAUGAGACUGAAUGCAACUUGUAUCUCUGCCGUAACUUUAAAUACAUUACUGAAUUGAGGAAGGUUCUUGUACAGUUCAUCAGAAAGGUGUUUUAACAGACAAAUAAAAUAAAUAAAAAUCAACCAUAAAUUUCCAUACAAAAACCAAUGGUAUAUGAUUAGUUUUAGUGGUCCUUGUUAUGCACAUGUCUUGAUCUUAUAAUAGAUAAAAGAAAAUAUCAGUUUCAUUCUGGCUACGUUUAACUAGAAUGCAAACAUUGAUCAUAUUUUGCAGCCUUCCUGAAUAUGUGUGUUUGCAUUAAAAUACAUUUCCUGGUUGAAGAGGAUUAUGAGCAUCAGAGGCAUAACAUUACGCAGUCCGUUGCCUCCUACGUGCAAAGAAGUCCACUCUUCUGUUAAUUGAAAUCCUACCAGAUUGUGAGUGUUGCGAUAUCAGCAAGUGUCGCUUAAAGUCCCUUCUCAUUUUACAUUUGGGGUAUGGGAUCACUGCCAUGCACCUUCUUCCUGUGCUGCUCAAGUAACAUGGGAAGCUAUAUGGGAGGAGUGCAGAUUGUGGCUUCUCACACUUUACAGUUGCUCCUGACAGAAAUGGGAAACAGUAUUGGUAGUGGUUGGAGCUGCUCUGUAGCAGUUCCUAUGAUGCUGUUGUCACAAGAGAAAGAACCUUUAGAAGAGAGCAGUUUCAUAAAGUCAGCUAUCACUGUUUUCUUCUGUCUUUGAUGAAGUAAAGGUAAAGGGACCCCUGACCACUAGGUCCAGUCGUGACCGACUCUGGGGUUGCGGCGCUUAUCUCGCUUUAUUGGCCGAGGGAGCCGGCAUACAGCUUCCGGGUCACGUGGCCAGCAUGACUAAGCCGCUUCUGGCGAACCAGAGGAGCGCACGGAAACCCCGUUUACCUUCCCGCCGGAGUGGUCCCUAUUUAUCUACUUGCACUUUGACGUGCUUUCAAACUGCUAGGUUGGCAGGAGCAGGGACCGAGCAACGGGAGCUCAACCCGUCACAGGGAUUCGAACCGCCGACCUUCUGAUCGGCAGGUCCUAGGCUCUAUGGUUUAACCCACAGCGCCACCCGCGUCCCCUUUGGUGAAGGGGACUCUGAUGAAGACAUGACCUCAAAGCAGGCGACAUCAUUCUGUUGGCUCUGUGGGGAUGUAGUGAUGCUAUUUCCUAGCAAUAACUAUGUUUGCUAGUAUACAAAGAUUGGCUCUGACCCAUGGGAAUUGUGAUACAAUAGCCAUUACUGACCAGUGGCUUGCCAUUGGCUCCCCAUGCUUCUCUUUGCUUUUUUUGGGGGGGGGGUCAAAUCCUUGCCUUGGUGAAUCAUCAGUAAUAUGCUUCAGGGCUGGAAGUAUUGAAUGGUGUAGUUAUUUUCCUUCAGCUUUCCAGACUAUAUGAAGUCUUAUUGAUGGACCUUGAUCCAUAUUAUACAGGUAGCUAUGUAAAGAAUGAUUGGGAAGGAGAUCAGGCUGGUAGGAACAUGUAGAUGUAGCUUUAAUAUUAACGUUCUAUCAAGAUGACCAAGAUGGUUUCAGCACUUCUGCAAUGAGUCGUGCUGUAUUCAGCACAAUAGCAAAUCAGUAACAAUACCAGAGCCCUAGACUACUACUAUAGGAAUCCAUUCUUGGGUAUUGCACUGAUAGAAUCUGAAAUAUUGCUUGAUAAUUUGCAUAAUACAUUAAAUGUGUAUUCAGUGCCUGAAUGGGUACGUUCAUUCAUUUUAUCACCACUUUUUUCCCCUAGGAAGGCAAAAGAUGAGAACUGGCAUGUGCUUGUAGUCAGGCAGCCAUGUGUAAUCCUGUUUUGAAUCUGUUGGAAUGCUAUGGAUGGAUAAGGAUGAAUAAUGUUGUCUGAGCUACAAAUUUUCACGUUUUAUUACGUUUCUAAGCAUAUUUAUGAAAGUGUAGGUGUAAUAAGUUGCUGUAUUGCAUCAUUAAGUCUUUCAUAGCAACUGUUUUAUAUGGCUGUAUAAUGCAAGAGACCAUCACCUGAAACCAGGAAUAAAAAUAUGUGAUAUUAGCCAUCUGUGGAAUUCCAUCCCCCUCCCACCUCACCCCCUGGCAAUCUUUUCAUAGCCAGAUGAUAUGUUUUUGUGUUCUGCGUGCUUGUCUCUCUCUACCUGCUACUUAGGUGGUAGCCACAUAUAACUGUGUGCCGGAGGUAGCCUUUUCUAAAUUGAAGCACGUGGGCUGCAAUUCAGCAGCAGUCUUCAGUGGAAACUACACAGGGCAACAGAUGUGAUUAAAAACAAUUGGUAUUGGCAAGGAGAAGCUCCCACCCAAGUGAGCAUCGGGGAGGGGGGGAGUAACUUUUUGUUGUAAGAUUUGCUUGCUAGUCAUUACAUAUCAUUUGUACCAGACGCAAGUAAUGGCUAGUGGCAGUUAAGUCUAUUAAACAGCAAAUACAGUGGUACCUCGGGUUAAGUACUUAAUUCGUUCCAGAGGUCCGUUCUUAACCUGAAACUGUUCUUAACCUUGAAGCACCACUUUAGCUAAUGGGGCCUCCUGCUGCCGCCACGCCUCCAGGGCACAGUUUCUGUUCUCAUCCUGAAGCAAAGUUCUUAACCUGAAGCACUAUUUCUGGGUUAGCCGAGUCUGUAACCUGAAGCGUCUGUAACCUGAGGUACCACUGUAUAGUCAUACCUCAUGUUGCAUCCACUUCAGGUUAUAUGUUUUUGUGUUGCGUCCCAUGGCAACACAGAAGUACCAGAACAGGUUGCUUUCGGGUUCGCCGCUCACGCAUGCACAGAAGCGUUAAAUUGCGCUGUGCGCAGAUGUGGCACUUCGGCUUGCGUCAGUUCCAUGUUACUGACGGGCCUCCGGAACCGAUCCUGUCCGUAACACGAGUUUCCACUGUAGUAAAGAAGCUGACUUAGUUCAUUGCUUCACCUUCUAUUACAGAAGAUGUGCAGAGGAGAGCAACCAAGAAAGACAGAUGAUCCAAGGGUCAGGAAACCAAGCCUUAUGAGGAACGGUUAAGGGAAUUGGGUAUGUUUAGCCUGGUGAAAAGGAGACUGAGAGGAGAUGUGAUAGCUAUCUUCAAAUAUAUGAAAGGGUGUCACAUGGAGGAUGGAGCAAACUUUCUUUCUCCUGCUUUGGAGGAUCGGACCUGAACCAGUGUAUUCCAAGUUAUAAGAAAGGAGAGGUCAACUAAACAUUAGGAAGAACUUUCUGGCAGUAAGGGCUGUUUAACAAUGGAACAGACCCUCCUUCCUUGGAGAUUUUUAAGCAGAGGUUGGGUGGUCAGCUGUCAUGUAUGAUUUAGUUGAGAUUCCUGCCUUGCAGGGGAUUGGACUACAUGACCGUUGGGGUCCCUUCCAACCCUACACCUCUAUAAUAGCAUAUUGACAUUUGAAUCAUUACUUCUCCCCCCAAAAAGAUGGCAGCUGUGAAGCUUUAUGACUCAUUGACAUAUUUAAAAGCUUCCCUUCAUACCUAGACCUAGGGGGCAUGGGAGAUGGUGUGGUCUCACUCUGCUGCUGCAUGUGUGUGGACAAUGUAGUCACAUGCAUGAGACUGUUUCUUCACCUUCUGAUGGAAAAGUAACAUGUGAAUGGAAUUAACUGCAUUUACCUAAUAAUUCCUACUGCAAAUGUGGCCUUAUAGAACUAUUAACUAAAUUUAUUAUUUAAUAACAAAUAUUAAAUUUGUUACUUCUCACUAGGUCAGCCCCCUUACAAGAGGACUUGUAGAUGACAAGUCUUUAUAAAAGAGGAGUAAUACAGUUGAUGCUAUACUUGGGUUGUCAUAAAACUUUGACAUUGCUGAAAAUUUGAUAUUUUAAAUACAGCAAGCUUAAGUUAUCGGAGCACAAUCCUGCCCUGUUUGCUUGUAUUGGUUUUGGCUUUUCUCAUCUACCGAAGGAUGUGUUCAGGAGUUAUGUCCAUUUUGCAAGCUGGUCUCAGAAAUAGGUAAUUAAAACCAGAGAAGGGACAGAAUAGAGCAACUGAAAUAGCCAGAGCUCACUUGCUAUGAAGAAAAGUUUUAAGAUGUUGGGGCAUUAUAUAUAUAUAUAUAUAUAUAUAUAUAUAUAUAUAUAUAUAUAGAAAGACAAUUGGGAGUAUAAUAGAUAUUUAUAGCACUGUGGAUUCUGUGACGAGAAAAAUACAAUGGUGUGUCUGAAGAAAUGUGCAUGCAUAUGAAAGCUUACACCAGAACAAGCUUAGUUGGUCUAUAAGGUGCUACUAGACAAUUUUUUAUUAUUUUUAUUUUUAUUUCGACUGCGUCAGACCAACACGGCUACCUACCUGAAUCGAGAACAAGGAUGGUGUGAUUAAAUCAGUUGGCAAGUGGAUUCAGGGCUAAUAUGCAACGCAUACCUAAAAUAGGAGUUUCAGUGGCACAGAAUGUGGGAAUGGGCACUAUCAUAAGCAGGGUUUUUUUUAGGAUUAAAUAAAUUUAUAGAGGAAAAGGCUAUCCGGGGCCAUUAGGUAUGAUUGCUUAAAAAUGAAAGGUCUAUGUCAGAGGCAAGGCAUCCUGGUUAUCAAAAUGCUGAGGACAUACUGGCUACCUCAGUACAUCUUACUAUCUGUUGUGUGUGCUCGAAUAGUAGACCUUUCAUUUGAUUCAGCAAGGCGAUUCUUACAGUAGCUAACAUAGAAAAGUGGUAGUAGUUUAAAAGAAAAAGCCAGGACUUGAAUAUAACACAAUACUGAAAAGCAUACCCUUUCUGAAAACAUCCCCCCCCCCCAUUAUAUGGAAAGGAACUAUAGAAGUAAAUACUCCAUUAAGUCUUUUUUUAUCCCCCCCCUCAAGAGAGUAAGAGAUUAUUGGGUCUAUACAUGUGAAAUGCAAUGAAUCUAUAUUUUUAGUGGCCUUAAAUUCUCUUAUACAGUCAAUACACAAUUAAAAAGAUUGUCUGUUAUAAACUUUUGUUUGAGCUCUUUAAACUGAAUGAUUAGCAGAAAUAAUGACCCUGUCAGACUUAAUCACAUUAAAAUGUGGUUAACAUCAUUUAAUUUUUUCUACUUAAUAUGCGAAAAUUUCCAGUAGAUUUGCAGUGAAGGCCAUUGAAAUUCCAUUAGAACAAGAAUAAAAAUUUCAGGCAUCAUUUAUUCAGAGAAGGAAUAAAGGUCUUGAUUGAAAACUGCUGAAUCUUUCUAUUAGAGAACCUAUGAAUCACUACAUUGAAUUGCACCUUCAGUUUCUGUAAUUCUGACUGUUAGGUUUGGAGGGAUAGAAAGCAUUUAUACUGUGCUUUUAUUAAGGGACAACAGAAAUUUGACUAAUUCUAUACAUGAUAGAAACAAAAGGUCAUUCAGUGUUUUAAAGUAUUGUGUUCAGAAAAUUUAGUUUUAAGUUAUCUUUCAUAGUUUACACUUUUAUUGUCCUAAUAAUUGAUAAUUAUGAGUGUUUAUAAUUUAUGUAAUGGCCAAGAACCUUUUCCUUUAAGACAUAGUUAUGCAGGAGCUGUUUUCUGUGCAUCCAACAAUAAACCAUGCUUUAAGGCUACACUUUCCUCUGUCCAGUUAGUUUACACACCAGUGGACGACUGAAAUGGAAGUGAUGAGCUGCACACAUCAGCCUAUAGCUCAUGUUCAGUAUGCUUUUAUUAUGCCACAAUUAUUGGCUUACAUGCACAUUUGACCAUUGGUUGCAGUCUGCUGUUAUGUGGUUUAUCAUGACAGCAACAAACCUUAGUGCUGCUUCUCUAGUGUGGUUGCUCAGAAACUUUUCUUUCCAUUUUCAGUUAACUAUAAUGUAGUGUUAUCUCUGAAACCUAAACUGUGGUUAUUCUUAAGUAUGUUUUGUUGAUAACUCAUGGUCUGAAGUUGGCUUGUUCCAAGUAGCCCACAGUUAAGAUUAAUCGCAGCUAAUUGUAGAAUACAGUCAUACCUUGAGUUGAAGUAGCUUCGGGUUGAGCAUUUUUGGGUUGCGCUCCACAGUGACCCGGAAGUAAUGGAGCACGUUACUUCCAGGUUUUGCCGCAUGCGCAGAUGCUCAAAAUGACGUCAUGCAUGGAAGCGGGGACCUGCGCACGCGCAGAUGUGGGUUGCGUUCGCUUCAGGAUGUGAAUGGGGCUCGGUUCGCAUCCAGAGGUACCACUGCAAUAUGACAAGCUGUGGAUUAUCACUUAAGCUAAAGUUUCUGAAUUCUUCAUAAUGAUGCUGGAGAAGGGAGGGAGAUGCUCACAAACACAAGGUUUGCCCUAGAUUUGUUCCCCACAAAAUGAGCCAUCAUGACAUCAGAAUGCAGCUGCUGUGAAGCCUAGGUAAAAUGAUUAAAGCUGCUUGUAGCGAGUAUUGGAAUCCGGACCUUUCAAUGUAUGUCAUUUUUCACUGAAUCACAUAUGCUCUUUUGGGGAAAGUUGCUCAAGAGGGUGGUGGCUAUGCAGUUUCAGAUGUACUUGGAUGAAACUGAUUACCUAGAUCCAUUUCAGCCUGGCUUCAGGCCUGAAAUCAGUUUAGACACACUGUUUUCCUUGAACUCUCAAUGGAUUUUGAUCCCAUUGACUGUGGCAUCCUCCUGGACCAGCUCUGUGGUUUGGGAAUUGGAGGUGCAAUGACACACUGGUUCCUCUCCUUCCACUUCUGGAGUGUGCUGCUUAGGCCCAUUGCAGCUUGCAUGGAGAUUCUCUAGAGUUCCAUCUUGUGCCCAUCACUUUUUAUGCAUAAGAAUGUGCACACAUAAGAAUGCAUAAAAAGAUGUCUGAGCACUUAUUUUUACUCUUCAUGUUUGUAACCAUGGUUUGUUAAUGUUUGUAGCUGUAAACAAACUGUUUUUUUAAAAAAAAACUUGAAGGGAAAUCUUUUUACUCUCUAUAUAUUAAACUUUGUGUAUACAGUGGUACCGCAAGCCGGAGCAACUACUUCCGGGUUAGUGGAGUUUGUAACCUGAAGCAUUUGUAAGGAGGGCAGUACGUAACCUGAGGUUCCACUGUACUUACAAAUGUCAUUACAUUUAUAAAUUUUCCUUCCAAUUAUCUAUAUGCAAGGGGAAAAUUAAGUGCAACAAGGGGGGGAAACAUUUGAAACGUGGAUGUACUUAGCAAUUUGUGUUUAGGCAGACACUGUCAACACUUGCAUUAUGUUGAGAUUUUAAAAACAUUUUUUGCUGUAUACUCUUCUUCAUAAGCUUGAAUUUCAUCUAGAGCCAUUCUCGUAUUUUAGUAAUUAUACAGCAGGUUGUUGUUGUUUUGUUUUUUAAAAAUGGUAUAUUGUUGCAAAGCUAUUUCAGCCUAUUAUGUAAUUAUACUGCUUGCUUGUACAGUAAGUGUAUCAUCAACUUCAAGACUUUCAGGCGUGUGCCUUUGCUGGUAAAUUAGCAAACAAAGUUUAUAAUGUGCAAACUGCAAAGGUGUAGGAACAGGUCAUCUUUGUUUUCUUCCUUUGCAAUUCAAAAAGAUGUAGAAUGUGUGAGCAUAACUUUAGUUCAUUACCUGAUGAGCUGCUCUGGUACACUCUCAGUGUUCUUAAGCUUUUUAUUUGUUUGUUUUUAGUGAACUGGGGAUUAGUAUAUCUCCAGUAUUGGUACCGCCACCAUGUCUGCUUUGUUGCAUUGAGGAGGGAAGCAUGAAUGAAGAAUUCUAAAUAUGCUUCCUCCUGGAAUUUAUGUACUGUACUUUAAACCCAGAAGUACCGGAGGUGGGGGGCAAAAUAAGGACGGAUGAUCCAACCAAAAGAAAUCAACAAAUUGGGUGCACUAUUUGCUUAUACUAAAGAUGGAUCUUGGGAGGAGUAUGUGUCCCAAAUGUAAUAGCUGUAGCUGACUCUUCAUCUGCAAUGAUACAACCCUUUCGCUGAUUAAUAUUCUUGUAAUUGCUAUAAUGCCAACAACAUUCAUGACUUCCUGUUUAAGAUUCCAUUGAGCCAGCGAUCAUGCAUUCAUCAGGAGCAGACACUGAAAUAGGGUAGUGGAGUGUACAUCAUGAUAAUCCACCGCGUGGAUGAUUUCCCGUGACCGCUUCCUAGGCUUCAUGGAAAUGCCAUUCCCAAAGUUUAUCUACCUCAAGAAGGUGCGGAAGAGAGGUAGACAUAUUUAUGGAAUUGGCUAUCCAUAUGGAGGCUGCAGUUGACACAGGAAGUUAUUUGAAUGGUGGAAGGAAGGAGAUCAUUCUGCUCCACCAUGUUGAAUUAAGCUCUAGAAUCUGGUGAAUGUAUGAACCAGCAUAUUCACUUGAUUGUUUAGAAAUAUUUAUAUCAAAGACUAUGACUAUAUGGAGCAGGCUUAUAUGGAACUAACAAGUCAUAAGGAUGGACAGUGAGUGGCAUCCAGUGCACUUGUUUUGUUAGCACAAAGAUUUACGCUUGCACAAUGGAACUCACCAAACCCUCCCCCAAUCUGCUUUGGAGGGAUGUGGGAACAGAUUUAAGGGCCACUGGGGGAGGAGAGCGUAAAUCCUUCUGCUAACAGAACAAGUUACUUAGCGUUGCUUUGGAUACAAUCCAUUAUCACUAAAGAACAUGUCUAUAAUAAUGCAGUCUUUGCCUUGCUGCCAGGGUAGCCUGUUUAUGUUGCUUCUACAUGAGCUUAAUUGCUGACCUUCGAAGAAAUACAGUGAAGGAAUCCAUUGGGUUGUUCAGUGGCCACCUGCUUUUAUUCUUGGGAGAUUUGCUGGGUGUAUACUACUAAACUUGUGUAUCAACUAGAAGCUGGAUUUGGCAAGUGGGCUAAUGUUCAAGCCAUUGCGUCUGAGACUGAGGAUAGAUUUAUGUCGGGGUGCGGCCCAUAGGGCUUUAAAAGAUCCACACGCUAGAUAGAAUCCUAGCAGCUUAUAUAUAUUCUAUCCCGAAAACAGCUCCAUAUUUUGUGGAAUUGUCAAAUCUUACACCCCUUUUCAAAAAGACAAUAUGGAGGCUCACUGCAUCAGGGAAUGGGGGAAAUCCUGAAUCAGAAAGGUCUAUGAUGAAAAUUAAUUAUUAUUUAUGCUAUCAAAACAGCCUGUCUAUGGAAAGUAGACCUAGCUUCAGCCAUGCAUGCACUUCUUACAUCCAAGCUGGACUACUGUAAAGUACUUCACAUGGGGCAGCCUUUGAAGAACACGCAGAAAUACUAUGAUGAUUAUUUCCAUUUACACACUGCUUACCUUCUGGAGUUCUCAAAAUGGUUUACAAUAAAUAAAAAUGCAUAAUCAGUACAACUUUUAAGAUACCUUCUGAAUCUGUCCAAACACCAGUGUUUGCAUAUGUAAAUAAGUAUUAGGCAGCCAUGUUGAAACCCUUUGCUUCUCAUUUUCUCAUGCCAUUAUCCCCAAUGCAAACUAUUUCCAGAUUUCUGUUGAAAUAUUGAAGCAGCAUAAUUAAAUUUAAAAAAUAAAUGUUUUGAAAUUCUACAUUUAAGGCUUCGCUCUGAAGAGACAGGUUUUCAAUGUUUACUUCAUAACUUUGAAACUCGCACAAGUACAGAAGAUUCUUAAAUGGUAUAAUUAUCUGCUUACUGUCCUUGAUCCUUAUAAAGCAGAAAAGCAGCAAAGACUAGAGCUUUCCAAUCUUUGCUUUUUACUGUUUUGUGUGUGUUUUCAUGAGAUCUGCAGAAGUGCAGCAAGAAAACCCAUUUUCAGUUUCUGACAGAUAUCUAGUAGUCAUAAUGUAUUUUACUUCAUUGUGCCUUGUUCCAAAACCAAUAGUUUCUCUUCUUUGGCGUGGUUUUGAGGAUGAUUUGAUUUGUAUAGGUGAAAAUGUGUCAAAAUCAUUAACUGACUCUCUUCAGGAAUUAAGCUUUAGUUUAUGGGAUUGCCUUUGAGCAAAUACAGUAUUAGAUAUAUCUUUCCUCCUUUUAAGGAUCGUACUCUUACCUUCUGUCCUAUAUCUCUUCCACUCAUUAAAUGAAUGUAAAUGAGCAAAAUUGCCUCUUGGGUGUCUCAUGCCGCUUAGACAAGGGGACAAAAACUAAGAAAUUAAUUCGAAGCACUUCUAGAAAUGUUGCGAAAUUCUACCUUAAUGGAAUUUUUGGCCAGAUUUCUGGUUUCUGAUGGGGGUGGACAUGCAAAUAUGUUCUGGCUCAACUCCAGAAAAAGCAGGUGAGAAAAGGCACUGUCUGAUGAUGUCACUAAACAUGCACGGCUUCCCUGCACACUCAAGGCUUUGAGGGGAUGAUAGUAUCACUGACUCUUCAACAAACCAGAUACCUCUGUAAGUGUACAGAGUUUUGAGUGGUUCAGAACCAGUUUAUUCUAGGUUUUAACUAAUUUUUACAAUCAAAUCCCAGUGCCACCUUUCAUUUCUAAACACUUCAGGAGCACAUCAGGAAUCAUAGUUUCCUAUUUUCAUUUACUUCUGACAUGUUCAUUUAUGAUUGUGGAAGUAGGAGUCUGGAACUGGGUGUGGCUGAAAGCAUUCAAGUGCCAAGCCAUAAAACCUCAAAGAGCCCCAUUUUGCACUGCCUUGUCCUGUACUUCAAAGCAGCUGUGCAGGGAGGCAAAGACUGAAGCACUACAAAGAAGAACAUUGCAAGAGAGAGAGAGAGAGAGAGAGAGAGAGAGAGAGAGAGAGAGAGAAUAGUUGACAUUCUUUAGGUGUGAGAAGAGACCUCUUAAGUCUACAGUAUCUGCAUUUUCCAGAACCUUUUUUAUUCAAACUGCUGUAUUUAUCUGGAAAAGAAAAUAAUAUAGCUGUGUCUGCAGAAGUGAGUUGAUUAUGGAGUUGAUGUUAGCAUUUUAGAUGAAGUUUGGUAGACAGAUUUUUUGGGUUGAUAUGUGGAGCCAAAGAGCUAGAAGUUCCCUCUGGCAAAUGGAUAGGCUCAAGUCUUGCAAUCCAGGGCAAGUGAUGCUUCACUGUGUAGCAUACAUGGAAAACUAAAUGCCUUUUGCCUUCUCUCUGACCGAUUGCUAUGCUCUCUUUCAUAGUGCAAAGAAUGAUGUUGGGCAAUGAAUCCUUUUAGUUAUUAUUAUUAGAUAAUAAUUAAUUAUUUAGUCAUUCUUAUUAGAUAAACCCAGAACUGGUUUCUGGAGUAGAUACGAUGGAACGGAAUACCUGUUUGACUAUCCAGUUUUUUGCUUGUUUGACUAUCCAAUUGACUACACUACACUUAAGAGUGGUGAUAUGUUGGUGUUGUUUGAUAUCAACAUAGCUUUGGAUAAGUAUCCUUUACAAUGGUGGUUUUGUUGACCUAAACAUAAGAGAUUGCUGCUUAGAGACAGCCACCUUCCAUUUUAGUUUCAUUAGUUUAUAUUAAUGUUUUGAGUAUUCUGUAAUGCAUCUUUUAAACUAUUUUUUAUUUUACACUGAAAGUCACAAAAGUGAGAUGUGCAAGCAAAGAACCUGUCUUUACAGGAUGAUGCAGUACCCUAUUUGUGUACUGAGCUAGUGGCAGGUCUGAUGUCAGUCACUUCAGAGACCUUUAGACCUCCAUGCUCAUUUAUUGCUAAAAUGUACCAGCUCUGCUUCUGCAUUAUGAAGAUCAUCUGUCAACACUCUGAGAUAUUCUCCUUUGUUAUUAAGCUUGUGAUGCUCUACACACUGUCAGGUUUUUUGCCAAUUAUAGUUAAGGUACAAUAGUGUAUUCACUGGAUCAAAGUCUCUCACUGGCAGUGGAGGAAUGAUUUGUAAGUCUUUAUUCAUCUGAAUUGUACAAUAGAAUACCUGAGGAAUGCAAAUAAUCUCUCUAAGGACUCGACAGAAAAGCCCUUAAAAUGAGUGUAGCACUAUUAUUAUUCGGAAUUGGUGUUUUAGCCAAAGUAAUUAUUUCUUAUCUUGUUCCACAGCAUUCUUAGUUUUAGUUAUGAUGACCAUUUUUAGAAAACAAAAACCCGUAUUGAAUUUUAGAAAUAUAUUAAAACUGCUUUUUGCUUUUAUGUUUUGUGCUUUCUUUUAGAUGUGGUCACAUGGUACAUUAUCUCAAUUAGUCCAAAAACACAGCACAUUGAUACAAACCCAAAACAAAUGCUUGCACACCUCUGCACAUUAUUAGGGAAUUUUUUUAGUAGAAUGGCAAUCUGGUAGCUUGGGAUGAAAUUCUGCUGCCCCACACAUGUUGAACUAAAAUGAAAGCUGCUCCAUAGAAGUUAGUAUAGACCUCUUACCAUGCUGUCCCGCACCCUUAACCCCCUUGUUGGGGCCUGCAGUAUCGCCAUUAGCCCAUGCAAAGCUUUCUUCACAUUCCCCGUGUGCACGUUCAGCAGUGAGUUCUCCCCACCGCAGCGCCACAGUGUGCAGGCAGCUGCUCAAAGAAGACUGUGCAGAGCUGCAAACAGUGUCCUGGGGGAACAACAAACUUUCUGGAAAGGAAUCAUGAGACCCUCGACUUGGAAUGGGCUGGCUAUUGCCGUGUGAGGGGGUGUUAUGAAAUUGCAGGUGUGGGAACUUUUGCUAUCCAAUUAUUUUAUAGACCAAAGCUGUCAUACCUAUAAAAUAAAGCUGCUGUUAAAUUCUUAAAAUGCCAACAAUGACUCAGUAACUGUCUUUGGUGCUAAACUGUGUCCUUCCAAUAUUCUGGAGAGGAAGCAGCAAUGCAAUAUAAAGAGCACUGAAAACUAUGGACUGGGCAUUUGCACAAGUAACGAAAGGACAGCGUUAUGUAACACACGUGUGCAAACUGUUGAAGGAACUUCUGUAUUCUUUGUCCACCGUAUACGUAAUCUUAUAAUAGCUCUGAUCUCCUGCUGUUUUUUUUGACAAAUGAGAACUGAUGAACUUUUGGUUUCGUUUAAUUUUGACAUUUGCAUGAAUUAUUUAAAGGUUUGUAUGCCCACAGUUUCAAACUAUGUUACCAAAAUAGCAUAAAACCCAUAGUCCAGAGCUGGAAAAUGAAUAGGUCUAAAAAUCUAAAUAAAACUCGCUUCAGGCCUGUAUGUGGCUUGCUUCCUUAUAUUUCAAAGUGUGUGUAACAUCCACAAUAUUACAACCCUCACAUAUCUAGUCUUAAUCCUCAGACAACUACAUUUAAAUUACAUCCGAAUUGAUUGUGUACUAUGCUACAAGCAUCCUGUGUCCACUAAUGUGAAUUCUGUGGAGUUCAGCAGAAACAUGAGACGAACAAAGUCUUGUUUCCCCACAGCUAACUGCCAACCAGGAAAAUGGAGUAAUGUAUAAUGUGCCUGGGCCUGCAGCCUACUAGUGUGAAUCUUUUUACCAGCUGGAAACAUCGUUCUAGGCCUCUGAUGUCCCUGUACCUGCGCUGGGUCCUGCUUGGCCACUAGCAGCUAUUAAUUUACAGGGUGCUGACUCAGUUGUCUCUGCUGCUGUCUCCGACGGCCAACAAGCCUUCUGUUUUCCUCCAUAGUCAACUGGCUAUUAAUUUUUACUAAGCUGGCCGCUGAUGAUUGCUUGUUUUCUGGCAGGAUUUGGACAUUGUCCAAGGCAAACCACAAGUGGUACAAGAGGCUGUUAUGCCCAUUCCUCUCUCCACAGCCUAGAUCAGCCUUCCCAACCUAGUGCCCUAAAGGGUUGUGGGUUUUUUUGGACACAUGGGGCUAAAUGGAGUUAACAUCCAAAACCUAUAGAGAGCACCAGAUUGGCCAGUGGUAGCCUAGAAGAUGGCAUGCAGAAAUUGUGUUCACCACUGUAUAGGCAAGUAGGUCAGGGGAUAGGCUGUGCCUGAACCUAGUUUACUGUUAAGGAUGGGCAUGUAUAGAGUUUUGCACUGGGUUGUACCUCUGGUGAUCAUAACGUGCUCCAUUAGCAGCCUUAUACGUAAGCGGUAGGGAGGUUUUCAAGUGGAAAUGUGUUUGCUCACAGCUUCCUCCUGUUGGACUGGAGUGCCAUCUGUUUGAUAUCCUAAUAUCUUGUCUGUGUUUAUAACCAAGCGCUAUUUUCACACUGACCUUUUUGCUUGUGAAGGAAUGUUGUGUUUCUUACCCCCAUCACCAAGGUUUUAAUCUAUUCCACGGAACCAACUUAGCAUCAAUGUUACACUCAAAUAUUACUGCCAUUUGUUUCUUUUGCCAUAUAUGCAUUAUUGUACUAAUACUGGUUAUUGCUGUUUAAUCUGGCAAGACAGUAACCAUAGAUAAUGAAGUAUUUUGUAUAUUGAAGUGCAGGUGGGGUUACUGGGUUGUUUUUAUUUUGAUUUAUGUAUUUUGUGGUUUUAUAUUUCUGAUUUUAUCCUGUGAACCGCCCUGAGACCUGCAGGUAUAGGGUGGAUGAUGAUAAUAAUAAUAAUAAUAAUAAUAAUAAUAAUAAUAAUAAUAAUAAUAAUGGGCUAGUUUAGCACAUAAAGCCUAAGAGGGGAACACUCCCAAAAGCAGCCCAUUGAGAACAGAAUGCUCACUUGGCACAGAAUACUAAUUAUUAUCUGAACUGCCCUAAGAUGCCUGGGUAUAGGGCGGUAUAUAAAUUCAAUAAUUACUACUACUACUACUACUACUACUACUAAUAAUAAUAGUAAUGGUUGAGGAGGGGAUUAUGGUUUAAGAAGGCAUGACUAUAACUGUAAGAACUCUGAACAGGAACAUUUUACACUGCAAUGUUUUGUUGCAGUUUUGUUGGUAAUAGCGGUAGUGGGGAGCUCAAGCGGUCUAACGUUGCCAUUGUUGGUCGCUACAAAAACUGGCACAUGCGCUGCUGGUACCGCAGUGACUAAGUAGAAAAAAGAUGGUGGAUGGUUUAUUCAGAAUGUUGACCAGGUGUAUGGCAGCUUUGAAAAAGACAAAUUCCGUGUUGGGAGUUCAGUAGGGAAACUAAAAUGAAAAUUAAACUGCCAGUAUCCUAAUGCUGUUACGAAGAUCUCAUGGUGCAACCACACUUCAAAUAUUGUGUACAGUUCUACGUUUUGCAACUCAGAAAUUAUAUUGCAGAGUUGGAAAAGAUGCAGGAAAGGGCAGCUGAAAUGGUCGAGGGGCUGGAGCAGCUCUCUGGUGAGGAAAUGCUUUGGGGGCUUUUUAGUUUAGAAGAAGAGGAGAAGAAGGGCGGACAUGAUAGAAAUGUAUAAAAUUGUUCAUGAGUGGAGAAAGUGGACAAUUUUUUCUCCCUCAAAAUGUUAGAACCUGAGGUCAUGCAAUGAAGCUGAGGAUUCAGGACAGGCGAAAGGAUGUAUUUCUUCCUACGAAACCUGCCACAAGAUAAUAGCGAUGACCACCAACUUGGAUGAUUUUAACAGGUGAUUUAUGGAGGAUGACAUUCUCGAAGGCUGCUUGCAUUAUUAGUGUGUUCACAACAUAAAAUCGCAAUAUAAAGACACAAAAUACAUAAUGGAAACAAAAACAAAAACCAAUAAUCCCCUUCCUCCCCAACACAUUUUAAAAAGGGCACCGGAUGUCAAUCAGCCAUAGGCUUGGUUAAAGAGGAACGUUUUUGCCUGACGCCUAAAGGUGUAUAAUGAAGGCGUCAGCUGAACCUCCCUGGGGAGAGCGUUCCACAAAUGGGGAGCCACUGCAGAGAAGGCCCGUUCUCGUGUUGCCAGACCUCUGGACCUCUUGCAGAGGAGGCACAUGAAGAAGGACCUUAAGAGAAUUUGCUCUGGUAGGUCAUAUGGAGAGAGGCGAUUCUUGAGGUCUUGCGGUCCUGAGCCGUUUUAAGGUUUUGUAGGUCAAAGCCAGCACUAUGCCAUUGUAUAGGAGUUGCUGGGAAGCACAAGUGGGGAGAGCGCUGUUGCCCUCCAAGUCCUUGUGGGGUUUUCUGUAGGUAUCUGGUUGGCCACUGUGGGAACAGGAUGUUGGCCUAGACAGGCCUUUGGUUUCAUCUAUUACUAAACGACAUUUGUAUGCAUAUUUGGGGGUGGGGUGGGAGAGGUUUAGGGGUAGUACAGUGAAGAGGAUGUGCCUUGUAGAGUUAAUGGAGAUGUAGGUAGUACUGGGAGAAAGAUCCUGAAUGCAUUUGUAGCCAUACGAUACACGUGGCAGAAUCCAGAUAUUGCUUGGUCUGUUGUCCACAGAUAUUUUUACAGUUCCAAAUUGUAGCUGCUCUAGGCAGUUGGAAACAGUAAUAAAAAGAAGGCCUGCAAGGAAUUAAGGCUCUUUUUGGUGUGAUUUUUUAUUUUUUAUUGUAACCAAAUGAUAUUACUUAUGAUAGUCCUACUUCUUUGAGCGCAAGACACAACGCUUGGAGCACACCUAAAGUGUAUUUUGAAUGUGCAGCUUUAGUUUGAGAUCCCUAUCAAAGCCUAGCCAGAUUUCGAGCCCGUUUAAAAAUCCGUUCGUGUUCCAUGUAGAUUAUAAUGUGCGAGAAUAAAAGCAGAUAACAGUAAAAUAUUAAUGGAGUACACCUGAAGCAAUUGCUGCCUGUUAAUGCCUUGACCUUGGAAAGCAAUACACAAAAAGAUGGCAUCAUAAAACCGUGCAAUUCUUAUGAAUAUGUAUGUGCUACUUGAUAAUAAUGAAUGUGGUACAGUCAUGCAUGCACUACAAGAUAAUGUUGUGCCCUUUUUUGUCUACAGGUUGAUAAAAAUUAAAGAGUGGGUGGACAAGCAUGACCCAGGCGCCUUGGUCAUUCCUUUUAGUGGGGCCUUGGAACUCAAGUUGCAAGAAAUGAGUGCUGAGGAGAAACAGAAGUAUCUGGAAGAGAACAUGACACAAAGGUUAAUUAGCAUUCAUUUUCCCUACACUUUAUUAUCAACUAUUUCCUUGCAGUAAUUUAAUUGCUUGCGCUGAUAGAAUAAUAAAUGACAGAGUAAUUACCAUUAUAAAGAGGGAAUCUUCUCCUUUCUUUACCAUGAGACAGAGUGAAAAGAUUUAUUUUAAAUUAAGUUUUUAACUGUCAUCUGUCAUCUCUGUACAGUGUUUUAAUUAUACCAUAGGUAUUAGUUAUGUAUAUUUUUUAAAAGGAAUGAUCACCAAAACUCUCUGGUCAUCCACAGGGAGGAGGCUGGGUUGGGGGGAGAGAGAGAAUAUGUCGCUGUUAGUUUCUCUGAAUAACAGCAAUAAAUUAUUUCAGUGUUUUAAUUUUAGUCAAAUAACAAUGCUCUCGCGACUUGGGGUCCUCCAAUAACGGGAGACCCAAACGCUGCCUUUCUGCAUUUUGCCAAAUUUAUGAAGAAAUCAAGUAUGAUUUCUAUGGCUGCCAUUUCAGAAUAGCAUCUGAGAGCUUUUAUUAUGCACUUAUUACAAUUAUCAGUAUGCUUAAAAGUAGAGAUGAGAAGAAAGAUUCAGAAUCUUUCGAAUGGAUAGUCUCUUCCCCCGCUCCCCCUCCCAAAAUGGAAUGGUUGAGGCAUUUAGGUUUUUUUCUUGUGUAUAAGUUGAAUGGCCUUGUUUCCAUUUUAUUUUAGUGCUUUACCAAAGAUCAUUAAGGCUGGGUAUGCAGCACUCCAGCUAGAAUACUUUUUCACUGCAGGCCCCGAUGAAGUGCGUGCAUGGACCAUCAGGGUAAGAUUCAUACUUAUUCAUCAGCUAUAUCCAGUUCCACACUAUUGAAUUCAGAUUGAUAUCACUGACUUUGAAGUUUGUCAUGGUGGCGGUUAGCUAGUCAUUACAGAUGAGGUUUUUGUCCAGGAUAACUUUAAUUAUUUGUGAGCUGCUGAACAGUGAAAGUGGAGCUGCAUUGAUUGAGGCAGGUAACAAUUGAUUCUGCCUAUUACAUAGUCUGAAUUUCUUCAUCCUGUAGAAUCUGUCUACCCUCCUCCUGUGGUCAGAGAUAAGACAUACCAGUAUUGUGCUUGCUUAAUCUGUGUGACUGGGUUUGUCUGCAGUGAAAUUGAUGUUGCUUUUCAUUUUGUAUUCGCUAAGUUUGUUUGGGUUGCGGGUGGUUCUUUCCUCCUUUUGCUUUGCUCGGAUUACAUUUUCAGCAAUAAAAGCAAUAUAACAUGAUUAUACUCUGUGCGGGUACACAGUUCUGCUGGGGGGGGAUACAGAUUUGAAUAUUUAGGAGUAGUUUAUUUUGAUGGUUUUAUGUGUUCAUAUCAAGUCUUUACAUAUGCCUUAAAAAUGUAUAUUGAUGUAAACUGAUUACUGUCAGGGUGGCUAAUUUAUUCCCUGAGGACAGUAAAAGCUGAGCUGUAUAAUGGUUUGCUUUUUUAAUGUAAAUAUAUUUUAAUAUAGAGGGCAGCUCUCUUUUCAGAUGCAUGUUACUACAAACUCUGUUUUUGAUCUAAUGAAAACAUAAGUUCUUCAAGAUAGUAAAUGCAAUCUUUUGUCCAUUAACAUGCUUCUGCUUCAGUUUGAGUUUGCUAUGUGAUGGAUAUUAUUAGUACUGUUUUUAUAUCUUUUUAUAAUAAUUUGGUUUGGCCUGACCAACUUCAGUAAAUUUUAAAUUAAAAUAAUGCUACAGAUAUUUAGAUACUUCACAACAAGCACACUAAAUCAUUUUGAAAAAUAUAAACGCGUAUUUAGUUUGAUGGUGCACUUUGACAUAGCUCAGGAUAAUGUGUUCAGAGACACUUGCUCACAGAGUAGCAGAAAUGCCUUUCCUUUGCUAGAAAUCUGAAAGCUGGUUUAUCUUAAGACUGAUUGUAAGUAUCUUUGAUUUAAUGUGCUGAGAGAUUUAGUCAGGUAAGCAUCAGUGAGUAGCCAUAUUAACCCAAUACAUCUUUUAUUGUAAAAACUAUGCUUUACAGUGUCAGACUCCUUAGCACUUUAACAUGGUUUAUUAAGCAGCCUUUAGGUCACCAUUAUUUCUCAAAUUUCUUUGCAUGCUUGUGUGUGCAUAGAAUAGAUGCCCUUGUAGUUUAACACAUGAAGCAAUUAUAAUGCAUUCUUCAUAAUUUAAAUAUAUCAGGGCUAUUUGCAUGUAAAUAGGUGGUUAUGGAUUGUUUCAGUUGUUACAUCGCAUUUUAAAUAUACCAUUUAAUGACUUUAAAAUGUUAAUUUUUAAUAUACUUUAUUUCAGUGUUCUCAUGCUUAGACAAUGUCCAUGUUUUGGAUCAAUGCUGUAAAUAAAUUGUUUUUAUAGAAUUUUAAGAUAAUCAGAAUCAUUUAUUUUGAACUAACACCUGGGACCGUAUAGUUUUUAAAGUUAUUUAACGUGUUUAUUUCUCUUUCACUGUAAAGAUCGAAUUCCUGCAAAACCUACACAGUAUCCAAAAUCAAUAUAGCAGUUGAUAUGCAUUAGGAAGAAACAAAGCCUGCCUUUUUUAAUACCAGUUUGUUUAUCUCUGCUAAAAGUGUCUGUCUGUGGCCCAGUGCUGAAAAUUAGCUAUUUGGAUUCCUGACGUUUUAACUGAUACGUAACUAAGUUUCAGCAGAUCUUGAAAGCACAUUACAAUAGAGAAAUCUCUCUUGCACUAUCAAUCUUCCUAAAUACAAUUAAUUUUCUCCUGGUUUUUCUCUUUGACAGAAAGGGACGAAGGCUCCUCAGGCUGCAGGAAAGAUUCACACUGAUUUUGAAAAGGGAUUCAUUAUGGCUGAAGUAAUGAAAUUUGAAGAUUUUAAAGAAGGAGGUUCAGAAUCAGCUGUCAAGGUGAGCUUCCUAUCCUUCCCUUAACACAAUUUUCUUAUUUUAAGACUUUAUUGGAGAGAAGUCAAUGCUAAAAAUAGAGCACAGACAUACUGUUUACAUUUUGGCCAAGAAUUAAGAUACAGUUAAAGAUAUGGCAUAAUAUGGUAUGACAGUUACUAGGACAAAUGUAAACAUUAAAGAGCAAGCAAUAACACUUGAUGUUUCAGACUGGGCAGUAAUACUAACCAUUUUAACUUAAUUAUUGCAAACUGCACCACUUGUUAAUGCUAGCAUAUAUAGCAGUUGUUAGAUCAUUUUCAAACAGUUAAAGAAAGAUAAUAUGUAUCUGUUGGUUCUGUUACAUCUGUUUGGUGUAACAAAACUACGGUUCUUUGGCAAACAUUUAGGGAUGUGUUUUAUAUACAGCAUGAAUGGGAUAUGAUCUAUUCUGUUAAAAUGGUUAACCUAUUUGUGGAUUGAAUAAAACACCUGAACACAUAAUUAAGCAGGUAAUUUCUGAAGUAUAGUAAGCUGUAAGAUUUUCUUCUAACUGUAGCAUCUGAGAACGUUACUUCCUGAUUGUUUCCUUUAUUAUUAUUUCCUUUAUUGUAGCCACAUAAAUUAAUGAGAAGGGAACACUUAUUCUAACAGAUGGUUUGUAUGUUGCUUUACCUUUAUGAAGAUGAGAAGUUUCAUCUUCUUUCCCAACACUAGAGGGCAGAAACUGAUUAGGUGCCCAAAGUUGUGCCCUGCUAACAGCCCAUAACUGUGGUGUUAUCAGAUAAUAACAGAUACAAUCAGAUUUAGAUCUUACUAAAUCUGGAGUUAAAUAACCACAUUUUUGUUGUUGCAAUAUGGUUCAGAUUUUCAGUCUUUUAAGGUGGUCUCGUUUGGGCUUUCCUAUCAUGUUUGUUAGCACGGUAAAAAAAGAAGAAGAAAAGAGUUCAAAUUUGGCAAUAUUCAAAGCAUUCUUUCAGAAUGCAUUAAAAGGUUUAGAAGAUUGUAUCCCUUUGUCUUCUGUUUGAUAGCUUUUAAGGUAUGCAGUAACGUAAUUUGAAAUGUAGGUUAUUCUCAGUAGUGUCACUAAAGAAGAUUGUGCUGAGCAGCAGGGCUUUAAUAGGUCUGUUUGAACCCCGGGAAGUGUAUGUGAUGCGGGGGAGGGGAAUCCCAUUAUAAUUGGUUUGUUGUGGCACGCGAACCACCUUAUAAAAGUGAAAUCGAGCCCUAGCCAAACAAGUAAAAUGCAGCCAUAAAUAAAUCCCACAAUAUUUUGAAGCCAGGAAGCUUAUUCAAAUAUCAAAUCAUAAAUUAUACAAAGCACACACAUUACUGUUAGUUACAAAUGUGAAAAAUAUUUCAUAAAAGGUGUCUUGUGAUCAACUAAAAUUCGCUGAAGACUUUUCUGUGUUUUGAUGUGAAUAUUAAAUAAAUUUGCCUUGCUUAAAGAAAUCUUGUAAAACUGCAAAUCUCGAAAUAUUUGUAAGCUGGAAAUCCGAAUAGUUAAAUAAAUAAGCGUGCAAGGUACCUCUGUAAUUUUUAACAAGGUACACUUCAAAAAUGCAGAGCUCUAGGAGUGUAUGCUUGGGAAAGCUACACUUUUCAUAGGCUUUACAUUGGAACAGAUUGUGAUUGUAGACAAUACAGGCCACUAUUUAUUUCUGUUUAUAUAUCAAAGCUGAUUUUGGGAGUUCCCAGAUUUGGCUGAAACAACAGUGGUCAUGGCUGUUGGUUGCUUUGUAUGUUAUGAAGCUGAUCAAUUUUCAAGUUUAUUUUGUGUGUGUCUAACACCAGUACAGCAUAACUAAUUUAAUGCCAGUGCUGUGAACUAUACACUGAAUAGCUCUGUGUGGGCUUUGUAGUCUACAGGGAUAUCACAUUAUUAGCAAUCAUAUCUGCUUAGGCAAAGCUGGCUUCUACAGAUGGCUGCUUUCAAGUGCAAAUGAACUGGUUAGACGUGUCUUGUUUAAUACAUACUCAAGACUCACAAAUGGGUAUUGAUUUUUUCCCCCCAGUCAGUGUUUCUGAUAGCAAUGAAAAUGGAUUAAAUGGCCUCUGGGGAAUUUAAAGGAACACAGCCACUUUUAAUUAAUUGUGAACUGGUAGCUAAAAUACAUAAUACUUGUAUUAGUAUGUCAGAAUGUAUUUCAUUAAAAGUGACUAUGCCCACUUUGUGAAAGCAAUGAACACAGACACUUUGAAUGAAACAGGCUUAUCCCAAGAAUGCUUGUACAUUAAGCCACUCUACAACAGAAAAGCUAAUAAUUUCCUGGCCAUCGGCUAGUUUUACUGGUGGGACCUAAAGUUGGCUGCCGGCAGGUCCUGUUGUGGUUUACUGUUUCAACAUCCCCACCCCCAAUUCUCUCAGAUCCUCCUCCUUCUCACCCCGUAGGAAAGAGAGGAAGGAUUAACAAAACAGCCUUGCCUAGCAAUGGCCUGAUAUGUCUCAUCCUGGCCAGAUAGUCCAGACCUUAUAGAAGUGCACAAAAUCUUGUUGCCUCAUCCAACUGGGUGCUUCCUGCUCUCCUGGGUUGCCAAACCCAGAAGCAAGACAGUGAGGAACCUUGGGAUCUAUACCUGAAUGAGAAGGUUACACACAUGAGAUCAAGAAAGCCAAGUGAUCCAGCCUUACACUUUCAUAUGCCUCUCAGUCGCCAACCCCUACGAGAGAUCGGGGCUUCCCUUCUGCCUUGCCUGACAUGGUUUCAGGGAUAGGAAAAGGUGGCUUGCGAAAUGAGGCUGUAACACACACAUGCAAGCCCACGUAUUAGAACUCUCGGGCCACCAGAUGCAAGCGUUGAAUUGUAUAAUCUUAAAUUUUAUCCAUGACCACAGCUUAUAUUUGUAGAGAGCAUUUUCUACAUGUCACUAAUUAAACUGCUGUAUUUUUCGCUCUAUAAGACGCACCAGACCACAAGACGCACCUAGUUUUUGGAGGAGGAAAACAAGAAAAAAAAUAUUCUGAAUCUCAGAAGCCAGAACAGCAAGAGGGAUCGCUGCGAAGUGAAAGCAGCAAUCCCUCUUGCUGUUCUGGCUUCUGGGAUAGCUGCGCAGCCUGCAUUCGCUCCAUAAGACGCACACACAUUUCCCCUUACUUUUUAGGAGGGGAAAAGUGAGUCUUAUAGAGCAAAAAAUACGGUAAUUACUCCUGACUUUUGGCGUGGGUGUAGUCUUCGCAGAAUACUCCAAUGCCUGUGUUAUCUAUAAAAUGUGUAGAAGACUAUUAACUUAAAACAGUUAGAACUUGGACUAAUUCUGUAGUAAUAAAUGUGAUGUCGUGGGUUAAAGGCAGCUACUGCAGCACCCAGUGCUCAAAGAAUAGUGCGUCCUUCCUCAAUAUGGUGCUCUCCAAAUGUUGUUGACUGCAGCUCACAUCAGUCCCGGUCAGCAUGGCCAGUGGUGAGGAAUCUUGGAAUUUGUAGUCCCAACAGUAUCCCGAGGGCACCAGGUUGGGAAAGCCUGGUGUCGUGUGUUGUUUCUGAGAUGCUUCUCAGUGCAGUCCUGUACAAGUCUACUCAAAAAGUAAGCUCCACUGAGUUCACUGGGACUUUCUCCCACGUAAGUGGGUAUCGAAUCAAGAACCUGUAUGUAGCAUGUUGGACGUAUAAUAUGGCAUAAUGUCGGAUUGAGAACAAUAGCAGCAGGUUUAUAGAUCUCUAUAAUUCCUGUCACUGAAGUACAAGAAGUAGCUUGUUUUGAAAAGCCAUUAGCUUCACAAAACACUUGUCUUAAAGUUAUUAUUGUCUGCCUGUAACUUGUAUUACAUUCCUGCCAAUAGAUUGUUAUAAAAGUUGCCUCUGGAAACUGCUGGAUAAGAAUGCCUUGUUUCUAGUUUUGCCUUUAAAUUGUAAAGUUUUUUUUAAAAAUUAUAUUCACUUCCUUUGCCUCUUUACCUUAUUUGCAAUGGUCCAUGCUUUCCCUUCAGUACUUAGAAUCGUUUGCAAAAAUGAUUUAGGUCAUAGAGGAAAAAAUAAUCAGUCCUGCAUAAUAAAUUCAUUCGCUGAAAUGCUGAUUGCAGGUGUGUGAUUUAGUUUUGUGGACAGGCUCCUGUGGAUUUAUCAAUGCAAAUCUUUUCAUCUGCUUCUGGUUGCAUUACAACCUAUCCAUGCUAACUCACGAGGUAGAUCGUGGCCCACUUGCUUCCUUAAAAUCCAUUACUUGCACACAGACUGGAUCCCAGGUACACUUCCCCCAACACGUAUUUAACAACAUCACAUUAAGAUGCUUAUUCUGCUCUUCCAUUUUUUAAGUUGGGUUGUUUCCAGGAGAUAUAAUAAAUGCCAAUUUAUUAUCUGCACCAACCAAGCUUCUUCCUUUGUUGAGUCCUCACCUUGCCUGUUCCUCAUUUGAUGCUCCCCUCUCAGCAUGCUGUAGGAAUCACAGGGCCCAGUAAGUUCUUUCCUCUCUGUCGUAGAGUAUGAAAACUGAAAGUGAUAUUGUAUUGGCUCCCAAUGUACCUUUCGACUAUGUAAAACAGUGUAUGUUCAUUCUCAAAACCUAUUUAUGGUUUGAGUGUCUUCACAAGAACCUUUUUUUUUUUCAUUAUACACUGUUUCUUAUUCAAUAAUGCAUCCCCAAUAUUUGGGAAAUAGUAUUUGCAAUAUGUCUCCCAUUCAUUUUAGCACAAGAGAACACAGAAGAGUUCUCCUUCCGCUCAUAGUUCUUUGGAUCCAAUGAUGUUUCUGCAUCCCUCCUUUUCCUUGGGGAAAGAAGGGGAUUGGCUGUUUUCAAAUUGCACGCUGCUUCAUUGACAGAGGGGAAGAGAAAUAUAUUUCCCUAACCAAUUUAAGUCAAGACAUAUUUACUCUUGUUGAUUGAAAAUAGCUCUUAAAGUGCUGGCUCUUCUGUUUAUCAAGAAAACUGUAGAAUUCUUUUUUUUUUAAGGAGGAGGUAUGGAGGAUUUAAAAAUACCUUCUGUUAGCUUUGUUUAGUUUAAUAUAAAAUAAAAUAACACCUUGCUGUUGUUUUGAGGGACCCAAAUCAAAUACACAAUUGACAUUACAUGAGAAAAUCUCAAAGCAAUGUUGUUUUCACUAUCAGCAGUGAGGAAUAAAUUGUGAUUAUAUAUUUGUCAAUCAAAUUCUGCCCAAGUCAAGAAGUUUGCAGCUACCAAAUGUUUUUCUGAGCGGAUAGUAUUUUAUUCAAAAUACGCACUGCAUUUCAAAAUAGUGGUUUUUUAAAUACUUGCAUCAUUUUAAUGCAGUGAUCUAUUCUUCUGUCUCUUCUAGGCUGCUGGGAAAUACAGACAGCAAGGCAGAAAUUACAUAGUUGAAGAUGGAGAUGUUAUCUUCUUUAAAUUUAACACACCUCAACAACCUAAGAAGAAAUGAAUAUCAGAUCUGUUCAUUACUCAAAAUUAAACUCUGUUACUUUAAAAAUCAUAUUGGUUUUUUUUAUUUAGAUAGGGAUAUCUUGAAGACAAAAAAAUAAAUAAAAUCUGUAUACAUAAGGACAAAUAACCCCACAAAUGAAACCCCUUGUGUUUGUUUUGAGUUGAAUUAUGACACCUCCAGUGAAUGUACAAGUUCACUUAAAUGUGAACAGCUCUGCAUUUCAAAUGAUUAAGACUACUCCAAAUUGCAGGAGCUUUUCAGGAACCAUAUUACUCUCAUGAUACUUCAUUAAUCUCCAUCAUAUAUGCCAAGCCUGACAUGUUUGACAGUGAGGACAAUAUGGCUUGCUCCUUUUUGAAUCUACAGAUAAUGCAUGUUUUACAGUACUCCAGAUGUCUACACUCAAUAAAACAUUUGACAAAACCAGCC